CAGGAUUUAUGGUUGCCCGGAAACCCUCCUGCCCAAUGGGAGGCCGCCUUAUUUGCAGCCUGUGCACGGAGCGCCCUGAGAGGCUGUUGCGAGUGGGCGUGCCGCGCCUUGCUCUCGCCCCUCCUCCUCCCUCUAAACUUCCUGUCAUGCUUUCCUUCAGGUUGCAUCAUUUCUAGCCGGUUGGCUGCUGGGCCUACAGCCGGGUGAGUCCGUUGAGCUGGAAGGGCAGGUGCGUUUCGGGGGUGGGGGGGGGGAAGCGGGGUGCGAGGUGGGGGUAGUAGGGAAGAAGUGGGCUCGUCCCUCGCGCUUCCCGCCCUACCUGCCGCUGUUAGUGAGCCUGGCUCAGUGGCUCCCCGCCGCUCCCGGGGCUGACAGCUGUGGGCGUGAUUCUGCCGAGGGCGGGGAGCGAGUGAGAGUUUCUAAAAAAGACCCCGAUAUUUCCUGCCUCAGGAGACUUUAAGGAUGGACUGAGCCCAAUCUUGGGUGGUCACUAUUUAAUCUCAUGUUUUAAGGGAGCAGCAAAAGAGGCUGAUUCCCCAUGUUAAAAGUACUGUAGUAUCUCAUCGCCAGCAAUUUUGCCGAAUAAACGCUGGUGUACUUUUAAAAAGCUUUCGUCUUCUUGCGUUCCUCACGUGGCUUAAUUUUGCUUGCUCCUUGAAGAAAUUUUAUGUUUUUAAAGUUCUUGAUAUUAAGGUUCAAAAUGGAGCUCUUGGCCUAAGCAUUCAUUCAUUUUGUGUGUGUGGGGGGGGGGCUCCUCCCUUUUCCAGGUUUAUGAAGUUUAAAAUGAACUUAAGGAUGACUAGAAAUGCUUUGCUCUCAUUUCCCCUCUCCCCACAGUAGCUUUCCCUUAAGGGUUGCUCUGCAUAGUCUCCUAACAAGAAGAUACACAUUAGGAGGAAAGAGAUGGGUUCAUAUGUACAGGUUCAUUUGUAUGUGUCUAUGAGAGUGAAGUGUACGUGUAACAAUUCACCUUUAUGUAGUUCUUCAGAGUCUUCAAAGCCCAUUGUAUACACUAUCUUAGUAAUAAUUACAGCAGUGCUGUAAGAGAGAGUAAUACAAAUUUCAUAGUUCAGGUGGAAAGAGAAUGGGGCAGAGGGAGUGGUUUUCCAGAUGCUUUUUAAUGAACUCAUACCAUCUGUAUGUGUAGAGUCUAGACUUAAACCUGCUCUUUUAGCAAUUACUUCCAGUCAAUGAAAGGCUUAUCACCUCUGUUAAUUGAAUCUUAAAGGUAUAGCUAUCUAGUAAAAGUAGAAAAUAUAAACAUAAUCAAAUGGUACUAGCAGCAUGAAAUACUUGGAAGCCUUACAUUUGUACCAAAGCAAAAAUCUAUUUUUGAGUAUAGCCACAAGCCUGACUUUAUAGUAAAUGAGCAAAACUACAGAGAUUCACUAUCCAGAUGAGAACAGGGAGGCAACAGAAUUAAUAAGUAGUUCAUGUCUUUGUUUUUGUUGCCAUUUUGUGAGACAAUGGAGUGUGCCUCCAGAGGUGAAAUCAAACCAUUGGAGAAUCACAGCAGCUGCUGUGAAUGCAGAGACCAAUAACUUGUAACUGCUGCCUCCUGUGUUAUUUCACAAGCCUGGGCAGUGUGUAUGGCGGUCCCAAGCUGCCCAGACGACAAGACACUCCCACUCGGCCUCACUGAUGUGGUCCAAAGGAAAGCAGAACAAUACAUUUGGUACCUGCUUGGCUGCAGGAGUUGCCAGAAGGAGGUGUACAAGACAGUAUUCAAUCAUCUUAGGGACUCCACUCUGAAUCUGUGUAGUGUUUACUCCUUAGUGUUUUUUUCUCCCCAAGAUAUCCCACAAGGCAGUGGAGAUUUAGGACCAGCGUUUUCCUUCUCCUAGAUGGGCUACCUUACCAGGUUGAUGAGCCCCAUCUGCCUCUCACUUCACUCUACAGCAUGUGCCAAAACCACUUUAUUGGCUGUUGGACCCAUUAUUUGCCUCAUCCACUCAAUCCACCAGAGCCUGUCUUCACAUGCAGGGGAAGUUCAUAACUCACUGAGGGUUUGAGACCCAUCAGCUACCCUCACCUGGUUUAGCCAGCCAGUCAACGCUAUUUCCUGGGAUGUGGCUGCUGUUGCAUGCUGACAGCUUCUGGGAGCCACAGGUGAGAGCUGAGUGCAGGGUGGGACUAAUGGUUGACAAACUACCCCAGAAAGAGCAUGCACAAUGUGUUCCUCACCAGAGGUACUUCCCUCCCCUAACACCCCAUACAGCCCAGUUGAUGUCUACUACUUAGCUUAAGGCCUUGAAAAGUUGUCCACACAACUGCCUACUUCUGACUGAUAAUCUGUUCGUAACUUGUGUGAUAAUUGCAUCAUGAGGGCAGAGCUUCAGCCAGGGAGACAAUAUUUGCAUCUUGUUGGAUAUCUGUCUUCUUUGUCUCCUGCAUAUGCUUUCAGGUAUUUAUUCCCUGGCAGUGUGGGUAUAACUUACUGUGGUACCUCGCAAGACGAAUGCCUCGCAAGACGAAAAACUCGCAAGACGAAAGAGUUUUUCGUUUUUUGAGUUGCUUCGCAAGACGAAUUUCCCUAUGGGCUUGCUUCGCAAGACGAAAAACGAAAACGUCUUGCAAGUUUGUUUUGAUUGCAAUGAUUUUCAAUGCAUUCCUAUGGGAAACCGUGCUUCGCAAGACGAAAAAUUCGCAAGACGAAAAAACUCGCAGAACGAAUUAAUUUCGUCUUGCGAGGCACCACUGUAGUAGAAAAUUUGUCAAUAUUGAAUUACAGUUGCAUCACAUUAAUAGCCAGCCAGUAUUUGUGUUAAUCACCAACUCAUCUCCUCCCCUUUCCUCCUCUGAAUCCACUGCCUUGUACAGAGAAUUUGAUGGAGGGGUGGAGUCAGUCUUUUAUUUUAUGCUGAGAUGGGGAACAUGCAGAAUCUGUGUCAGUGCCUUGCUGCAUCUGCCUGUUCUAAAGUCCAGCAGAAAUUGGGUGACCCCUUUCCCCAGGUUUCCAAGGACUUGGAAGAGUAGUAUGGUUGGUCUCUUGUGUCUAUCAUGGUGAAAGUCUUAUUCCUCUGAGUUCUUUGCUAUAUGCAGAGAAAUCUGAGAGGGGGGUCUUUUUGCCUCAUCUUGAAGUGAGCAGCGUGGGCUUACAGGUGAUUGAGAUUUGUGGAGUCAUGUUAGUGUGGAUGGAAUUAUGUCCAGGACCACCAUGGCUGUACCUUGGUAUUUAUUCAUAGACACUUCAGCUUAUUAAAUUCCUUCUGUUUCCACAUCAGCAUGAAAGUGGGUGGUGGUACCAAUGCUGUAUGAUGGAAUUACAUCAUGCUGCUAUUUGAGUAGAUAAAACAGCUAAGUUCCUCACUGAUUUGGCUUCUGCUGCACCCCCACCUGCGAGCAUCUCCACAUCUAUAACCAGGCUCUAUUCCCAAUUGCAAAACACUUCAAACUUCAUCUUCAUUCAUCUGUUGCUUACUUUACAGCUAUGUUGGCAGUACAGUGAUCACAUUUAUCAAUGCAAUCUUGCUGGCAGUUGAAAAACUUCCACAAGAUCCUUCAUUAAAACAAAUAUGAUUUUGUGGAAAUAUGAGACAUCCAAGAAGCUGUGCAUUGUUUGCGCUGUUUCAUAUUUCACAUUUUAGUGAAAAACCUAACAAGUUGUAUUUUGUUACUUUUUGGUGAUGGAUAAAUGCCAGGUAAAGGUAAAGGGACCCCUGACCAUUAGGUCCAGUCGUGACCGACUCUGGGGUUGUGGUGCUCAUUUCGCUUUAUUGGCCAAGGGAGCCGGCAUACAGCUUCCGGGUCAUGUGGCCAGCAUGACUAAGCCGCUUCUGGCAAACCAGAGCAGUGCACAGAAACACCGUUUACUUUCCUGCCGGAGCGGUACCUAUUUAUCUACUUGCACUUUUGACAUGCUUUUGAACUGCUAGGUUGGCAGGAGCAGGGACCGAGGAACGGGAGCUCACCCCGUCACGGGGAUUCGAACCACCGACCUUCUGAUCAGCAAGUCCUAGGCUCUGUGGUUUAGACCACAGCGCCACCCGCGUCCCACCAGGAGGUGUUCCUAAAUGUGUGUGCUUGGAAUAGCUGUGGCUGCAGUGGAUAUCCUGUGAUGCAGUUCUGAGGCAUAGUUUAGUAUGCCCCCCAUUCAUGAACAUGUAUGAAAGUUUGGGCAGGUGGAUUUAAAGAACAUAGUGUACAAAUAUAAUUUUUCAGUUUUCAGAGGUUAGCUGUUUUUGAUGCUCAUCUCAUGGGUUUUUGUCAUCCAUCCAUGUAGUAUAUAGAGUGGUACCUCGGGUUAAGGACUUAAUUCGUUCCGGAGGUCCGUUCUUAACCUGAAACUGUUCUUAACCUGAAGCACCACUUUAGCUAAUGGGGCCUCCUGCUGCUGCUGCGCCGCCAGAGCAUGAUUUCUGUUCUCAUCCUGAAGCAAAGUUCUUAACCUGAAGCACUAUUUCUGGGUUAGCGGAGUAUGUAACCUGAAGCGUAUGUAACCUGAAGCGUAUGUAACCCGAGGUACCACUGUAUCUAGUAUUUCUGACUAGGACUUUUGUCUCUACCUGCAGAAGUGUCCAUAGGAAUAGUUCCAGCUUUUGACAGAUUCGUUGGGUGAAUCCUGCCUACAACUUAGAAAUUAUACUCAUUAAUAACUUCUUUGUUUCCUGUAGGUUUGGAGGCCACUGUCCUAUUGAUAGGAACUCUCAUACCACGUCCUUUCCCACUGGAUGUUCUUCUCUUUAAAAGUAGUGAGUAACAUAGCAUUUUCAAAAAAAAUGUUGAAUUGCUUUAUUAUAUGCACAGAUACAUUAUUGGAAAGUUCUGAGAUGUGUAUGUAUAUGCAGAGAGACUAAAAGAAAUCUGACCUGAAGGAACCUUCCCACUGACAAAGAAGUUUAUAAGGUUGUUAAAAAGGAGCCAUUUGGAAUGAUCAUGCUUUACUGCUAAAAGAUUGCUUGAAGAUUAAAAAGUCCUUUUACAUCAAAUGAAACACUUUGUGGCAUCAGUUAUCUGUCAAAGAUGUGAAAGUGGUUUAAAGUGAUGUGAAUCUGUGCCUUGGCUUUAGUUCUUCAUCCUCCCCCCACCCCCGAAUCCUGCCCUGCCCAUCGAAGAGUGAAUCUUUUCUAUGCACACAUAUCUGGGAAUCAAUUUAUUUUUAUUUGGUUGAUAAAUCAUUUGCUUCUUUUCAAUCUGAAGGCUUUCAGAAUAACUUACAAUUCUGAAAAAAGAGACAAUGCACACACUUUUGUAAAUCAAGAAAAUCUUUAAUAAAUGUUAUUUUUUUAAAAAUGAAAAACAAAGAAUAGAUUACAAUUAAAACAUAACACUAGUAAUAACAUUAUGAUAGCUGGAUCAUUUUAAAAAAACAAAGCUCCAAUGAAAUUCAUCUAAACAGAUCUAAAACAAUUGCGAUUGUUGAAAGGCCCAGGCAAAUAAAAGAAUUAUUUACUGGGCAAUGGAAUUACAUUAUGGUUGGUGUCAGGCCAAGCCUACUUGGGGAGCAGUCUGCAGCUGGGUUGCUACAAUAACCACCAACCAUCUUCACUCAUGACAUCUGAGGAACUCUGAGAAGGGCCACUGUGGAGGUUGUUAGAACAUGCUCAGAUUCAUGCAGGAGCCAGUGGGAUUUCCUUUUGAGGAAUUCUGCACAGGGCUAUGCUUUAAAAGGUAGCAUGCUGUGGUAUACUUAAAUAUGUGCCCUGUGGUUGCUGGACACUGUUAUCUCCAUACAGUGCUUCAGUUAGUAGAAGAGGGCAAAAAAUAAUACUCUGACUUACGCAUGGAGUCUGAUACUUUAGUAGCCUCCAUAGCCCUGUCAUUGUUACAUUGUAUAGGUAUUGUAAGCAGAAUCCUUUCUAGCUUUAUGAAUGUUGGAUACUGUAUAUAGAAAUGCCUACUGGCAGGGUGGAUAAAAAUAAAUGAUUAAAAAAAAUCGGAUUUUUUAAAUUUAAAAUUGAAUUUUUUUUAAUUUAAAUUGGAUUUUUAAAAUAAAAUGCUUUUGGAGGAAAAGUCUUUCUAAAGAUAGCUUUCUAUUUAAGUUACAUUAUAGUCCAAAGGCUAUUCAUCAGGAAAUAAGGAUUUGUUUUAAGUUUUUCAUGUGUGCUGAAACUCAGUCUAAGUUGUUUCUUUUUAAAUGACCUUUUAACCACAUUGGUUAACAAACAUGGAUACAUAUGCUAUAAUGUUACUGUUUUAGUUAAAUAAAUUGUUUAAAUUGUUAUUAAGGAAAUGAUUAUUUUUCUCCUUCCAAUAAAGUUCAGCAGAAAAGUUGUCCACAUAUAAACAGUUAACUUAUUAAACCUCUCAAUAAUUUCAUAAUUAUCUGCUAUGUAUUUCUAAUAGUAUAACCAAAUCAGUAAUUUUUUUUAUAUACAGUAACAGUAAAAACUACUCUGAAAAUUUAUUUUCACAAAAAUGAAACUUUCAUCUGGUUGUAAAUAUUAAGAUUAUACCAGCCAGAAUGAGUCUGUAAAAAAAUGAUUUAAAUCAAGUCUUACUGACUAGUGAUUUAAAUCCACCCUGCCUACUGGAAUAUUUAUUUUAAAAGGACAAAUUCUAACCUGAUCCAGUAAGCAGCAUAGGGACAUUGAGGGACAAAUCAAACAACUGCAACAGAUGGGCAGUAGAUGGGGGCAUAUAGAGAGUUGCAUUUAAUUCUAUGCCUUGAUUGUUCACUAUCCACAUCAUGUGUGCACCUGCAAAGCUAGGAUGACCUCUACUUUUUAUUCUUUCAAGCCUGGUAAAUUCCUUUGCUCAUUAGACUUUUGUCAGAUGCUGUUACAUCCUUCACCCCUUAUGAGGUUGUAAUCUAAGUUUCCUUACUAAGGAAUAAGUGAGUACAGUGAAUACUGAUUGAGUGAACAUUGAACACAGUGUUUGUGUUUGUGUUAACCGUUCUGUUAGUGCAAACAUUUCUGCUUGCCAGAUGGAACAGUCUCUCAUCUCUUUCCCCCAUGCGCUGUUCUGCAGGUUAUUCUGACCGUUCACUGUGGAUCUGCUGGAAAUUUAAGAGUUGCUGGGGGGAGCCCCAUUGUGCUAGUGGGAGUCCUUGUGCUACCUUUCAGUAGUACACUGGAUUAGUUGAAUCUGGCUCAGUUGCUGCAUUCAUUGCUGCGGUUUCGUGCUAUGUGCACAAGCAGGAAGAAGCCCAUGUUUCUUCUCCCUGCUCCUCCUGGGAGGGACCAAGGAAGACUUCAGUAGAGUUUAGUUUCACUUUCCAUGAAACUUGGCUAACUUUUGUACAAACCAGAUUUUGUGGUUUAUAAAGCUGGCUGGUUUAACCAGAGUUUGCUUGAUCUCUGGCUCAUAUAUCACAAGAAACCAGGUUUCUUCAGGGGAAACUCAGCUGCAGCUUUAGUCUUGGCCCUGUAGGAGAAGCAGAUGUUUAAGCCCAAGCAAGACUCAUGGCUUCUUGUUGUUCAUGUACAUAGAGCAUGUAGCAUUAUGUGCCCACUGAAUCAGUGGGACUUAUUUCUGCUUCAACACUCAUAGGAUUGCCCUGCAAAUAGCUCUUGGAAUCCGAUAAAUGUGGUACAAGUAGAGAAAACUACUUUUAAAUGGCCUUUUGAAUUCUUAUCAAGGUACAGGCAACUCCCCGUUUGUGUAGAGCUUGCUUUCUGGAUCAAUGUGUGUGUUAGUGGUCGCACAUAAACCUAUUCCGCUCCUGCCCUGUUAAGCCCCCUUGUGGGACCAAAAGCAGCAGGUGCGUCAGUGGUCACACGGGCCUUAGUCAUGCACAAAAUGGUCAUCCCCUGGAUGUGCUGGAAUGUAGCAUUCCAGUCCUGACUUCUCAACAAAGUUGCUAUAUGAAAUGAUACAUAGGCAUUGCUGUGUAACAUGGUCUCUGGGGGAAAAUUGGUCUUAGCUUUGUGUAUUACCUUGUUUCAUGUAGGAAAACCAUGGUUCAGCAAGUUGCAGAGAACAUAAACUUUCCACAGGAGGAAGAGAAAAUAUUGCAGCUUUGGGGCAAGCUUAAUUGCUUUCAAGAAUGCCUAAAACAGUCCAAAAAUAGACCAAGGUAAGAUAUAUUUUCCAAGUUUGCUCUUCAAUGUUCCUGCAAAUGGGCAACAACUGGUUUUUGUUUCGUUUUGAAGUCUGAGAUGAAUCAAACUUUGGAGAAAGAUCUAUGUUAGUGCGGGGCAAUGGCUGACUGAUCAUUUGACCCAUGUAAUCCUAAGAGUAAAAAUAUGCAUAUUUGCAUAAAACAUGGCAUUUUGAAACGUCUAUAAAUGAUCUAGUUCACUGCUCACUUGACUUAUAAAGUGUUAUAACUUAAGAACUAUAGAAGAUAAAGCUGUUUAUUCUUUUUACUGUGUAAGAGAGAUUUUUGUUUCUUAAUGUGUCUGGUUUAUUUUCUUAAUCUGUGUUUUUAACUUUUUAAAAAAUAUAGGUUUACAUUUUAUGAUGGGCCUCCAUUUGCCACAGGACUUCCUCAUUAUGGACACAUACUUGCAGGAACCAUCAAAGACAUAGUAACUAGAUUUGCUCAUCAGAGUGGAUUUCAUGUGGACAGAAGAUUUGGUUGGGAUUGCCAUGGUUUGCCAGUGGUAUGUUGAAUGUUUUCUUUUGUGUCUUCCCUAGGUAUAGUUGUUAGUACUUCAUUCCUAACCUUUUGCUGUCCUGAUGGAGAACUCCAUAUGAGGUUUUGUUUUUUUACAUUCACAAAGGCUCAUUUUUUACUUUGAUAUUGCUUCAGUCACAGACAGAAUUCAAAGAAAUGAUUUUGAUCAUUGUUUUAUUUGUUGGAAGAAAAAAAAUUCUCAUUUUCUUUUUUUAUGAGCUUAUUUUUUGAAUUCCUUCAUGAAUAGUCUUCCUAACUUCUUAAAUAUGUCCUGUUCAUCGAUCAGGAUUUCAGAGUUAUCCUGGGAUCAUGUGUAUACCAUGGAGUUAAUUUUAAAGUAGUAAUUUUAAAAUAUCAGGUUCAUGUUUAGUAAAUUUGAGUACUGGUAAGCGACUUAUACUUAAGAUGUAAAAAGUAAAUUACAAUGCCAUGGCACAGCUGACACCUGGUUUUUAUUGCAACUUGCAAUUCAGCAUCAUGGUCUUUUGGGUUGUGAAAUCAAAUAUUGCUGACUUUGCGAAGCGGGGACCCUUUUGAAAAUCACAGGCGGAUGAAGCCUGUGGCCAUGGGACUCGGCGGGCACCCUUAGCGCCCCCCCAACCCGCAAAGGAACCCACUAACGGGCUCCGAAGCGAAGAGGGGGAAGCGGCGCGGUGCUGUGAGUCAACUGCUAUUUUCGUGGAGCGAAGCCGCAUAGCCGUUGCCGGAGAGCGCUGCCUUUUUCCUGGGACAAUUUGGCUUCUAAAAUAAGCACCCAUGAGUACUUAAACUUUGAACAAAUUGGACUUUAAAUAAGGAUUUGCGAGCAGAAAGGAAUUGGAUUUAAAAAUUUACUUCAAUUUGGUACUGAAACGGGAAGGUCUAAACAGGAAGUCAGCCUUCCGUUUAUUUGUAGACAGAAUAAAGCAAAGACAACGUAAACUAGAGCUCAGAAAAUCGCCUCUAAAGGAUUGGAUUUCAUCAUUUAAAAUUGUGGAACCCCCCUUCGACAGCAGGAGAAGAAGGGGGAUCUUUUUGGACUGUUUAAACCUGCAGAAGUGAGUUUAAAGUAAAGUAACUUUCCACCGUCCUGAUCCUGGAGCGGGGUGUCAGAACUGACGUUUGAAGCUCAUUGACCAGAGACAAACGUUUUUGACAGAUAGCUAAAAGAAGAGAAACAUAGUAAUUCCACUGUUUCCUUUCGCAUUUUAAAGGAACAAAUAUUGACAAAAUAUCUUUAAAAAGAAACUUUGUUGCAAGAACAAUUAGAAGUUUCCCCCCUAGAGGGAGACUGGGAAACUGUAACUAAUUCCAGGGAGCUUGCAGCUGUCACAGAUUACAAUCGUGGGAAAAGGCUUGUGACCUUGUAGGACAAUGUAUUCAGAAGCUCUGUUGUGUGCUCUCUGCAAAAUAAAUGCUCUACUGGAACAGUUAACUGAGAAGACGGAUUUGAUGACUAAUGCGGUCAGAAUUUUUGAACAGGCAGUGGGAAACUAUAUAGAGCCCACCCAGGAAUUAAAUCAGAAGUGUGCCCUGACAGAACAGAUGAGAGAAGAGGAUGUUGCGGAAUCUUGGGCGCCAGAGAUGGAGGGAGCUGCGGCCCAGCAGGAACAUGAGCUUUUGGAUUUGACAAAUGAACUUGGAAAAAGCCAGAUUAGGAAAGAUAAAGUUCGGACUGAUUUGGAAAUGGGGGGUUGGAUAGACCCCCCUAUGCAGGGAUGUUUGGACUUUCCGAGUCUGGCAAUGGGCCGUGAGAUGUUUGGAGCUGUGGGGGCUCUCAAUUUUGGAGGGAUUCUGAAACAUGUCUUUAAAUACUACAUGGAGUUUAGUCUGGACUAUGGAAAAGGGGCUGAUUGGUUGAAAAGGGUCAAAAACAUUACCAAGCUGGAGUUCCCACGAGUGAAAGGUGAAUAUGAAGAAGAGCUGCGGAAGGGACAUGGAAGGGACUUAAGGGCCUCGGAUAUAAGGUUACCAGGUUAAUGCGCUAGAUCGAUGGGAUAAAAAGGACUGACGAAACCCGGGACCAGGAGGAAGGGACGCUGGAUGAAGAUUGGAUUGUUUCUAUUUCUUUUUUUUUAUUACUAGGAUUGUUUUAUAAGAUUGAUGACUGUUAGAAAAAUGUUGGAACGAAAUUACUUGGCUCUAGCAAAAAUGUUUAAAGAAUUAGGCAAGAAUAUUAUUGUUAUGAGAAGUGGGUAAAAUAAGAUUUAAGUUUUAAAAUAGAUUAAGGUAAUGUAAUGACAGAAUAUUAUGAAAGAUGGAAAGGAUUUGCUGCGAUAAUUAAUAACUGGGAUACAAAAAAAGGGAGGAGGAGGAGGUCAAAGAAAGAAGGUAAUGAAAGUUGAAGAUUUGAGAAUGUUGGUUUUAUUUUUAUAUGUUUGUGGUGUAUUUUUGUUUUUUGAAUUUGUAUUGUUGGAUGUGGUUUGUUUUCUUUUUCUCUUUUUUGUUUCUUUUUUCUUUCUCUGCUUUGUCUAUUUCUGUAAUUUAAAAAAUUUUCAAUAAAUAUUAUUAAAAAACAACAACAAACAAAUAUUGCUGACUUUGAAGCUAUUCCUGCUGCGUGAGACUUAUGCACUCAGAGGAGUUUUGCCUUAUCGUUUGGCACAAAGCUAUAGGCCAAGUACCACAGAUCCUCUUGGUUGACGGGGUUCAAAAAGUUCUCUGUUAUAGUUAACAAAGCUACCAUAAUACCAAUGCAACCUAUUCUGAGCACCAUAAUUCAUUUCAGGAGUAUGAAAUUGAUAAAACACUGGGCAUCAAAGGACCAGAAGAUGUUGCAAAAAUGGGAAUUGCAGAAUACAACAAGAGUUGCAGAGGAAUUGUGAUGAGGUACUCCCAAGAAUGGAAAGUAAGUUCAAUAUAGAUAUAUAUAUUUACCCUCUUCCCCCAGAGCAAUGGUUCCAAAGCAUCAAACAUGUUGGUAUGCAGGUCCCCUUUCUUCCCCUUCAUUCUGUAUGCAUGUACUUAUUGACUGGGAUUUGAAAAACUAGGUAUGGCUAAGAGUUGAACUGUAAUCUCUCAAUAUUAUAUCACAAAUUGCGUUUAAAAUUCUGUUUUGCUUCCAAAGUGGGCCAUGUGAUUUGGUGGGAUGCUGUUCAGAAAACACAAAUGUGAAGCCCUAUUGGGCACGCAGAACCUAAUUGCAUGAUUUAAAUCCUAGCUGUUAAAAAGAGAUCUGCCAAUCUUUCUUGAUGGACAUUCUUGUUUAAAAUCUGUUUCUUGAGGAAGGUGUAUAUCUUUUAGCAAUCAAAGAAGUAAAGGGUAGCUUUCAUGAACUAUAACCAUGAAUAAUUACAGGGUUCACUAAGCUGUUACAGAGUCACAAUUUAAUGCAUUUGCAGAUCAGUGUUACAAGACUUGGACGGUGGAUUGACUUUGACAAUGACUAUAAAACUUUGUAUCCAGAGUUCAUGGAGACUGUGUGGUAAGUUUACUUUGGUUUUCUCGCUGUUCACCAUAAGCCCUGCCUCCCCUUCCACAGACUAUCUUUCCUGACAGGCUUUUUGCCAGUUGAUUCAAUUAUUUGAGGCUCCUGGCACCAUGGAACUGAGUUUAUUACAAUUAAUGGCAGUCUGUAGUAUUUUUUUAAUGGCUUGUGUUUUUUUUUACUGUUAUGGAAGUCUUUUUAAAGAACUUGUAAGCUGGCUUGGGCACUUCUUAAAUAGAAAGGCAGAAAGUAUGUGUAGGUUUCACGUUGUAUGGUUACUGAAAUCUUUAUUUUUUUUGAGAUUAUCCUGGGCACUAGGAAACCAAUUAUGCUGCAGGUCAGGUGCUGUGAUUUUGCUGAUCCUAUGAAAAGACAGUGCCCUGCUGUACUGCACCAGGUGAAUGAAGCACUGUCAUUUGAUAUUGUGUAGCCUUUUGGAGGUGCUGAGAAAUAUAAUGCUACAUGAGAUUCUGCUUAUUAGAGGCUGAACAAUAGAGCAGUGUAAAAACAGUCCUGAUGUAGCAAAACAUCUUUAUGUGGUCUCUGUCACUGCUGGAUAAUGAGAACAGUGUGAAAGUGAAGUAGAAAGAUGUCUGAAUUUGAGUGUCAGCUUUCAAUAUCUGAACUUUUUAUGUGUUUCAGGCAGUGUGUUAAAUUCCUUUAUGACUUGUACUAGGAUACUGUUGCAAUUGACCUUGAAUUUUUCCUCUGUGAGCCCAGCAGUGUGUAAACAUUAUCUCUUUCCAAAGUCUCAAUCUAGUUCAGAGUUUUGCUUCCAAUUAUGACCAGUGGGUUGAUGCUGGGAGGCUUAGAAACAAGCAGAGCUUGAAGGCGGAAACUUUUACCUGUUUGUGGUCUGCAGCAUCAGAUCUUUGCAACCACACUGCCUCUGAACUUGGAGGUUGCAUUUUACUGUGACGGCUAAUAGUUCUGAACUUGUGCUUUGGUGGAAGAACUUCCUCCUCUGCCCUUCCUCUGCAUCUUCACCCUCCAUGCACCUCUGUUUUGCACACUUUAUUUUCAUAUUAAAUAUGUUCAUCUAUCCCUGUUCACCACACACAUCCCACAUGUCGUUAGAUGCUUGAGUACCAUCAGGCAAGAAGGUGGCAUAAAUAUAUAAUAAUAAUUGUAUUCUCAGUUGGAAGUUCCCCUUUAAGCUACCCCACACAGCUACUUUGCAAUUUCAUCUUGUAAUGAAAGGUGGUAUAGGUUCUUUUUAAUAAUACUAAAUAAUCUGAUCCAUAUUUGCUCCCUACGCUUGUCGGGGACUGGCAGGGCUCCAUAGAGUGUGUAGUGGAAGCAGGGGACCAAGGGACUGAGCCAGGAGAGGGGACUAGCAGUUUAUGGGGUUUGAUUCUCCUUCAAGGCAGAAGCCAGGGCAGGGGGAGGAGGGAGAGUCAGGGCAGUCUGAGAUGGAGGAAGGCAUGCAUGAUGUAGCAGAAGAAGCAGGUGGCUGUUCAGCUGACAUAUGGUCAGUAGACUCCCCACCUUCCCCCUCCCCACUUUCUCCUAGAACCAGGAGGGGCUUGAAGCAGGAAGGGCAGCAACGAUUUCCAUGCAGGAGAAGUCUCAGUUUGCAGGUGUGCAACCUGGCAGGGGAGGGUAUAUAAAGCUGGAGGAGGGGAGGGGUCUAACUUUUGAUGCAACUGCUCCUCAGAGCUCAGAUCUGUGGGGGACAGUUGCUUAGUGGCUAGAGGCUUGUGUGUGCGCGCAUACAGAGCACCAUGGGAGUUGCUGCAAGUGCUUUUUUUAUCAAUAAAGACUUAACUAUCAGACGCGAGUCUUCCCUAGCUGGCGUCGGCCUGGACAAUACUCCAUGUCUUUAUUCCUUCAUUGUCCUGUGGGGCUCAUUCCAAGUUUAGCACUUACCUUGUCUACACAGGAGUGAGAAGCAACCAUACUCCCGUGUGGGAGAAAAAAAAUAAAAGGGAACACCCAGGAACAUCAAUGUAGGAGGUAGCUAACCUGCUCCCUGCCCUGGUUACCUGCCCUUGUUAUUUCAAGCCUUCCACUAUCAAUAAACAGCAUAGCCCAAUCCUAGAUUCUUUUUCUUUAUCAUGCUAAAAAACUGUUACAUAAUGCAGAUGCCAGCUGUUCAAAGGUGGAAAAGUCAAAAAUAGAACUAUGUAUGCCUGAUGGCUAGGCUUGCCUAAAGUAGCCUUGCUUUGCAAUGAUUCUGCACACUAAAAUUACUAAUCAAACUAUAUACCGUAAAUGGUUUUUAGAUGAUAUAUUAAGAUAGCAGUCUCACUUGUCUCUUUCCAAUAUAUUCUUAAAGCUUUGGUUAAGCUUUGGUUAAGUUGUAUCUUAUUGCAGUAGGCAGGCUUUCACAUUUUUACUUGCCCACUCAACAUGGAAAAUGCCAGUUUGGCUCCCAACCUUGCAGCUGCAGGUGAUUGGUCCUAAAUUUGUGCAGUGAUCCCCGCCUUCCCCCCAGCUCCGAGUUUGGGAGGAAGGUUGGUAGUUGCUUAGCCAUGCAAGGCCAACCAGGCAAGCUUGCUGCAUUAGGGUUAGGGUCUGAAAAAACUCUUCUGUUGUAAAGAGAAUUAUAUCUAGAUAGCUGAAAUUAAUGUAAAGUAAUAAUAAUCUGCCUACACAGAUGGAGAAGGGACAGUAAUGCAAGACUACUGUAAUUGGAGGUAUAUGUGCCUGACAUUUCUAGCACGUUUCCUCACUAUGCUAGGUGCCUUAAUUUGUUUUCAGAGUUAAUAUGAUGAACUAUGACUAAUAAGUGGAAAAAUUAUCUUUAGCAGGCUUGCUAUGAAGCAGAUUUCUAUGAUAGACACUUUUGAACUCCUGAAGGCAAUAAGUCUUUAAAGCAGAUUAGUUACAAUAUAAAAAUACUAGAUAUUUUUGUAACCUUAUGUCUGAGCUGAAGAGUCUUGCCUUCUACAAAUGUCCUUGAUUGUUUUCUCAUGUAAACCAUGUCACCUAGUCCACAUAUCCAGUAGUCCUGUACACCAAAUGUUGGCUUGGGUCUCUUCACUGGGUUGCAGCCUGAUGGUAAGAGCUGUUAGACAGUGGAGUAGAUGCUCCUUCAUCGAGUUGGAUGGCAAUCUGUAAUGGAUGUUUUAGUUGAGAUUCCUGCCUUGGUUGAACUCGAUGAUCCUCAGGUUCCCUUCCAAUUCUACAGUUCUAUAGAAAUUAAGAAAAUGCUAAAGAAUACCUACCCCUGCCAAUUGCAGUUCUCUAGUAUAUAUCUAAUAUCCACUUCAAAAAAAUUAUUGAGUCUCUACAACAGGGUUGCAAUUACUGAUGCCUAUUUUAAUUCUGUGGCAUGGAAAUGGUCACAAAUAUAACAAGUAAAUGAAAUACUGAACCACUUCAUACAUAAUGCUAAGCCAAACAGUGGCUUAACCUGUGUGGGUUCGUGGAGAGGAACAGGAACACUCCUCUUCUGCCCCUUUUGCUGUUGUGCUACUUGGGGUUGGCCCAUUGUUUGGCCUAGCAUGUUAUCCACAUCUGGGCUUGUGAUUUGUCUUACUCCAGGCAAAUCAAUAACUAUAAAAAGUUUUUGUUUGUUUGUUUGUUUACGGCUUAUGGUUUGUCUUGAGGAGACAAACUGGGGGCCUGUGAUUUGGACAGCAUGCCAAGUUGAACCAUGGCUUAGCUUUGGGUAGCUUGGCAGCAGGAGGACUGGGCAAGGAGUGCUUGGCUGCAGCCUCGUCUCUGGGAUCCUGCCUUCUUGCAAGUUAGCACCAAGGCACUAUUCUGUUUAACAGUAUGUGAUGUGAGCCAUUGCUGGAUCACUUGAAAAUUAUUAAUGUUACAUUUUUUCUCUGAAAGAUAGACAUCUUGUAAAUUCAGCUUUUGCUUGUACUUGCAGAAUUGAACUGUCUCAUUCUAAUGGCAACACAAACAUUUGUGAGCUGUAAAAAUGAAAGAUGGUGUGGGAAAAGAAAGAAUGCUUUUCCUGCACUUGGAAAAAAUUCCACAAGGGGGAAACAUUGACUUGAAUUUGGCUUAGCAGUUCAGUCAUCUGGUGAUGCAGCUCCUAAAUUUUGUAUGUGCAUGAUAUUUAUAUCUAUUUCCUCAGAGAGGAUUUCCCCCUCUAGUAAUAGUUACUAGUUUCUUUUUCUUUGGAAUAUAGAAAUAAAAUAUAACAACUUUGUAUUUUAAAAAUGUGCAUUACUGUGUCUACUGUAAUAAGAAUACAGUAUCAAACCAAAAGCUCAUCUAGGUCAGAUUUCUGUUCUUACAAUGGCCAACUAGAUCUCUGUGGGAAGUUCACAAGCAGCAUGUGAGCACAAGACACUCUUUUGUUUGUGUUCCCCAGCAUCUGGGAUUCACAGGUAUACUGCUUCUGAUACUGAAAGCAAUUUAGCCAUUGUGACUAGUAUACAUUGGUGACCUAAAUCCCCUUUAAAGCCAUGCCACAUUUUGUGGCAUUAAAUUCCACAGUUUUUAGCUACGCAUUGUGUUAGGCCCAGCCCACCCAUGAAGCGGGGUGAAGCUCCCACCUGGCACCAGUGCCAAUUUCCACCAAAAUCUUAGGCAAUUUCAGUGAUUUCUUGCCAGAAAUCAGUCCUGAUACUGGCACUGCUUCCCUGCUAGUGGCCGGGGCAGCAGGGUGGGUGGUGUAGCGGGACGGCAAAGUAUUAAAGUCAGUAUACCAAAUGAGAGCAUGAGAAGUUACAGAGUUGGCCAGGUUGAAUAGUGAAUAGGCUCCAGGGUUAAUAAAGCAAAUACAUUUUAUAAUUUAUUCUAGGAUGACAUAGCAUCCUAUAAACGCCCAUCCUGCCUUGUUAAGGGGGACUUCUGUUUGGCGUUUGAUUGUAAGAUGAGAUGUGUUUCUGUGAUGAUUUCUCUAGGUGCUUGCAGCCUCUGUAUUGUUUGACCUUAGAAAUCUCUACAGAUGCUAUAGCAACUUAAGAUAGAUAGCUUGAAUAUUCAUUACUUUUAAAAAAUUGUAUUCCAGUGCAGUUGCUGCUCUAUGUUCUGUGCUUUAGGCCUGGAAAGUACAACUUGCAUGAUAAGAUACCGAAGGGCAAAAUGCUUUUUUUUUUUUUUUAAAGAAGUUAUUUACAGUAAACUCACCACUGAGGAAAGUAGUUCUGGGCAUAAGUUCUGUACCUUCUUCCUACAUGUAGUCAAUUGACUUCUCUCACUAUUAUAAUUUUUCAAAACAAAACCAACUUGUUCUGUUUGUUUGCUUAAAUUGCUAUUUGUUUAUUCAUUUAGGUGGGUUUUCAAGCAGCUUUAUGACAAAGGACUGGUAUACCGAGGAGUUAAAGUCAUGCCUUUUUCAACAGCAUGUAACACACCCCUUUCUAACUUCGAGUCUCACCAGAAUUAUAAGGUAUGUAGGCUUGUUAUGUUAUUGUAUUUCUUUUUUUAACUGCCAGCCUGAUCUACAGCUGAAUAAAUAUUUUAGAUUCCUGUGUGGUGCUGCUGUUACCACUGGACCAAGUGGCAUAAGUCCAUCUGCCACCCUACAUAUGUCUAGGACGCCAUAGGCCAGGGGCCUCCUAAUGACUGUUAGCAGCAGCAGGCUAUAGUGUGCUAGAAAGCAUUGCUCCAAAUACCUGAGGUGGUACCCUGUAGCUGCUCUGAUGCCCCCCGUGGCUCUGCAGCCGAACAGGUAGCAUCUGAGUGGCUCAGCUCCUUGCCAUUCUUUUUUCACUCUGAGGAAGUUAUAGAGUUAAAGCUAAGCAGUGGUAGGCAGCUUUAGGCUUCCACAAACACCCUGGCCUGGCCAAGCUGGCUGCCGUGCCAACUAUGCCUGAAAUGGUGGUGGUGGUAAGGCUGGGCAGCAAGUGCAGGUACGAGAGUGGAGGGAUAGAUAACAACAAGAAGGCAGGCAGGGUGCAUAUGUAUGCAAAGGUUGGGGCAGCCACAGCACUAAGGUUGCAGAGAGCAGCGUCUGGGUUGGGGAGAGCUGCACAAUACAGUUAGUUUGGUGCCCCCUUAAACCUGGAACUGCCUGUGCUGCUCUGUCUCAUAUUAUUGGGUGGGUAGGCAGGUAUGGGCCUAGGAUCUGUUUAGUCUACAGUAAUGUGCUCUGUGUGGGCUAAGGGAGCAGGUGACGCUGUGGUCUAAACAACUGAGCCUUUUAGGUUUGCUGAUUGGAAGGUUGGCAGUUCAAAUCCGUGCGAGGGGGUAAGCUCCCGUUGCUCCAUCCCAGCUUCCGCCAGGCUAGCAGUUCAAAAGCAUGCCAGUGCAAGUAGGUAAAUAGGUACUGCUGCGGUGGGAAGGUAAAUGGCAUUUCCAUGCGUUCUGCCUUCCUUCAUGGUCCUCCGUGUACUAGUAGCGGUUUAGUCAUGUUGGUCACAUGACCCAGAAAGCUGUCUGUAGACAAACGCCAGCUUUCUUGGCCUGAAAGCGAGAUGAGCGCCACACUGUAUAGUGUUGUUGUUGACGAGUAGUAUAAAAAAUAUCAAUUAUGGGUUAGAAGCAGCAGCUCAAGUUGAUAUUUUUUAUACUACUCAUCAACAAAUAGUUCUUAGAGUGGCUUACUAAAAAAUCCAACACUAUAGCAAACAAUAAACUGGCAGAUUAAAAAGGUCUCAGUCAAAACUCAAACUUUUUAUUUUGGCCAGUUUUUAGAAAAUUAAGGUUACUGGCAUCCUGUUUGUAUGUGUGUGUAGUUGGAAUUUUGAAGCUGCUGCUGUUUAGAUUUUGAAUAGUUGCUUUUUUCUAAACAGCUGAUUAUUUUUAAAUGUCAGCGCCUACCCCCAAAAUGUGAUGUUUUUAGGAUUUUGUAAUGCUGUAACAAAUCCUGAACCUGAAGGAUAGUGUAGACUAAACAACGUAAAUCUGCAAAAUGGUAUUAAUUUCUCUUCCAUAUAGUGAACAGUACAUUAUGUGAGCUUCCAAGUAAACAUAAGAAUUGAGAAUUCUCUGUUACACUCUGCUGAAUAAAAUGUGUUAUACUAUCACUGGUUCUCCUGCAAAGUGUUCUGGAGUGUUUCAGUUUUUUGGAGUGUACACUGUCAAAACUCAGAAUUCUGAAAACAGGCUUCAGCUAACUUUUAAGAGAACAAAAAAUAACCUUGGUGGUUCUUUUCUUUAAAAAGUUUUUCCCCAUUCUGUAUGUGAAUUCAAGAACUACAAAAACAAGUUAUUUAACAACAAAAAAGAGUGAUGUUCUUAAGCUUCCUGGGGUCCUCUGAAAUGCGUAUUAAACUGAACACAAAGUCCACAAAUGGCUUUUCCCUUGUUCUAACACAAAGCUUGUAUUCCUGAGAAGUAAGCUUAUUUUAGAAGGUAGUGGAAAAAGAAAAAUAGCUCACCAGUAUUCUGCAGCUGAAGUGUUGUUCAUCCUGCAAAAUGCCAAUAAAUGUUCAGUGAAAAUUGUUCAACUAUAUUUAGUAUUUGUUGAAACCGUGAAGGUGGCUGGCAGCAUACAACAUUGCUCAGAGACUGAACAGAAUUGCUAGCAGUUAUAUAAUAACAACGGGAAAAGCAUGCUUAUGUUUUGGCUGCUGAGUGAGCUUCAUGCUCAGUGAGUGAACUCCCUCUGGAGUAAUUCCUAGUUCUAACAUAAAUAGUGGCAAACACUAAUGGAAUUACCAGAGUUUACUCAGGGUGUGAAGAAGGAACCAGGGAGAGCUGGCAGUGCAAAAAUUAAUAUACUGCAAGGUCUUCUGAUGCUGUACCUUUGAAGAUCGCUAUCCAGACUGUCAAAAGUGCUAGAAGAAUGGGAGGCAGGGAUGGAAUAUUCUCCAGCUUAACAGUUUUUAAUCUGGGACUCAAACAAAUCAUUGACACUCACUUUAUCCUAACCUUACCUGAGUCAUGUGAGCCUGAACACUGUAUAACUUGGCAAACAACUGAAUAUUGGAAAUGAAAAUGCUGUAAAAAAACCAAGAGGCAGAUGGGGAUAGACUGUGCUGUUUUAUUGUAAUCAUGUGAAUACCCUAGUAGGUUAUAGGUAAAAGUACAGGACAGUGCUCUUGGAUUCAUGUCAACCCUAAACUCGACGUGUAGAAUUUGAAGCAGCGCCAUACAAAUAAACAAAAAUAGUUGUUUAAUUUGAAGCUUCAAAUUAGCUCCAUGCCUAUCUGGAGUGUACCUCUGCUGUACCUCUCAGUACAAUAGCCACAUUGUUUAUAUCCAGCUAUAUUGCUUGUUUUGGUUAACCUAGGUAAUGGUGUUUUGCUUCUGAUCUCCAUUUAAAUAGUUAAUUACAUAAAAAUCUGAAUAGGUUGGUUUUUUUAAAAAACGGGGCUAUUUCUUUUCUUUCUUUUUUUUAAUGAUAUUUAUUGAAAAUUUUUUAAAUUACAGAGAAAAAACAAAGCAGAAAAAGAAAAAAGAAGAAACAAGAAAAAACAAACCACAUCAAACAAUAGAAAUUCAAAAAACAAAAAUACACCGCAAACAGACAAAAAUAACUCCAUCAUUCUCAAAUCCUCAACUCUCAUUACCUUCUUUCUUUGACCUCCACCUCCUCUCUUUUUUUGUAUCCUAGUUAAUAAUUAUCGCAGCAAAUCCUUUCCAUAUUUCAUAAUAUUCUGUCAUUACAUUACCUUAAUCUAUUUUCAUCUUAUCUUAUAGAAAACCUUAAAGACUUAAAACUUAAAUCUUAUUUCUACCGACUUCUCACAACCAUAAUAUUCUUACCUAAUUCUUUAAACAUUUUUACUAGAGCCAAGUAAUUUCGUUCCAGCAUUUUUCUAACAUUCAUCAAUUUUAUAAAACAAUCCUGGUAAUAAAAAAAAAGAAAUAAAAAUAAUCGAGUCUUCCUCCAGCGUCCCUUCCUCCUGGUCCCGGGUUUUGUCAGUCCUUUUAUCCCAUCGAUCUAGCGCAUUAACCUGGUAACCUUAUAUCCGAGGCCCUUAAAUCUCUUCCAUGUCCCUUCCGCAGCUCUUCUUCAUAUUCUCCUUUCACUCGUGGGAACUCCAGCUUGGUGAUGUUUUUGACCCUUUUCAACAAAUCAGCCCCUUUUCCAUAGUCCAGACUCAACUCCAUGUGGUAUUUAAAAACAUGUUUCAGAAUCCCUCCAAAAUUGAGAGCCCCCACAGCUCCAAACAUCUCACGGCCCAUUGCCAGACUUGGAAAGUCCAAACAUCCCUGCAUAGGGGGGUCUAUCCAACCCCCCAUUUCCAAACCAAACCAAACUUUAUCUUUCCAAAUCUGGCUUUUUCCAAGUUCAUUUGUCAAAUCCAAAAGCUCAUGUUCCUGCUGGGCCGCAGCUCCCUCCAUCUCUGGUGCCCAAGAUUCAGCAACAUCCUCUUCUCUCAUCUGCUCUGUCAGGACGCACUCCUGAUCUGAUUCCUGGGUGGGCUCCACAUAGUUUCCCACUGCCUGUUCAAAAGUUCUGGCCACAUUAGUCAUCAAAUCCAUCUUCUCAUUUAAGUGUUCCAGUAGGGCACUUGUUUUCCAGAGAGCACACAACAGAGCCUCUGAAUACAUUGUCCUACAAGGUCACAAGUCCAUUCCCACGAUUGUAAUCUGUGACAGCUGCAAGCUCCCUGAAAUUAGUUACAGUUUCACAGUCUCCCUCUAGGGGGAGAACUUCUAUUUGUUCUUGCAACAAAGUAUCCUUUUUGAGAUAUUUUGUCAAUAUUUGUUCCUUUAAAAUGCGAAAGGAAACAGUGGAAUCACUAUGUUUCUCUUCCUUUAACUAUCUGUCAAAAACGUUUGUCUCUGGUCAAUGAGCUUCAAACGUCUGUCCUGACACCCCGCUCCAGGAUCAGGACGGUGGAAAGUUACUUUACUUCAAACUCACUUCUGCAGGUUUAAACAGUCCAAAAAAGAUCCCCCUUCUUCUCCUGCUGUCGAAGGGGGGUUCCACAAUUUUAAAUGAUGAAAUCCAAUCCUUUAGAGGCGAUUUUCUGAGCUCUAGUUUACGUUGUCUUUGCUUUAUUCUGUCUACAAAUAAACGGAAGGCUGACUUCCUGUGUAGACCUUCCCGUUUCAGUACCAAAUUGAAGUAAAUUUUUAAGUCCAAUUCCUUUCUGCACGCAAGUCCUUAUUUAAAGUCCGGUUGUUCAAAUUUUAAGUACUCACGGGUGCUUAUUUUAGAAGCCAAAUUGUCCCAGGAAAAAGGCAGCGCUCUCCGGCAACGGCUAUGCGGCUUCGCUCCACGGAAAUAGCAGUUGACUCACAGCACCGCACCACUUCCCCCUCUUCACUUCGGAGCCCGUUAGUGGGUUCCUUAGCGGGUUGGGGGGGCGCUAAGGGUGCCCGCCGAGUCCCAUGGUCACAGGCUUCAUCCGCCUGUGAUUUUUAGCAGGGUCCCCGCUUCGCCGUAGCGGAAAAGACCCGUUUCACGCAGAGCUAGUCCCUCCAGUUCAGAGGGAGUCCGCCAUUGCCGAUGGCGCCACCCCGGAAGUCCUUAAAAACGGGGCUAUUUCUUAACAAUCCAGUAGCCUAUGGAGAAGAUUCUUUUAAGAAAGAUACAUGUUGCCAUAGCCUUUGAUAAAUGAAUCAUGCUCUGUAAUAAGUAUUAAGAAUAUUGUUGGCCAUAACAGUUUGCUUUCAUUAUUUGCUUCUUUGUGCAUAAAAAGGUUAACUUUUUCCACGUCGCUUCUAACUUUUCUAAUCCUGUAUUUGAGGAUGUCCAAGACCCUUCGGUCAUUGUUACCUUUCCAUUGGAAGAAGAUGAAGGCAUCUCUCUAGUUGCUUGGACGACAACUCCUUGGACUCUGCCUAGCAACCUGGCCCUCUGCGUCAACCCAGACUUGCAAUAUGUGAAGGUGGAAGGCAAGUGCAAAAUAUGCUAUGCCGUACAAUUAGUGCUUUCUUUGAGUGGUUUCACGUGCAUGCUUACUUGCAAUUAUGUCCCAGUUGGUUCCGUGGGGCUUAAUCGCAGGUGAGCAUGCAUAGGAUUGUAGUCAUGGUUUUGCAAAUGGCAACUUUUGUAACCAACCCAUACAAAAUGUUUCUCCAUAUCCUGUCCACCUGCAUGUACUGCUCUAUUCUAGAACAGCAUGUACAUUGACUUGACUUGCCUGGCAGCAGCAGGAGUUGUUUCCUUCAGUCAAAUACGCAAGUGGCUUAUUGCAAAGCUGAUGUAACUUUUCACUUUUGUUCUGUCAUCUUAAUAAAAACAAAAAACCUGAAAGUAACUUCAUGCUGUUGUCAUAAUAAAUCUCAGGAAGGCAGCAUAAUGGGGGAGAGUACAAUGGUUACAUAAAGUGCUUCACUCCAAACUCCUGUAGCUUUUGUUUAAUUUAUUAUGAUUUAUCUAAUUGGUUUGCCCUCUGAUUUACCUACCCAUGAUGAUUCAAGCUGCCUUCUGAUGCUAAAAGGAUAAUUGGAAAAUUUCCUUGUAAGGGAAUCUCUGGUGCGUCUUCUGCUGAGCUCCGUGCUGCAGGCUAGGCCAGUCCCCUUCCAAUAAAGAUAUCCUUUCCAGUCACAGCUAAGCAUGGGGAGCAACAAGAGUGGUGCAGCUUCUUUUCAAGCAUGGGUCUCUCUUGGCCCACAAAAUAAGCAAAAAUAUGCCUGAGAUGAACUCUGCACAUUCAACAGCCAUUAUCUAACUUGGUACAUCAGUUUGCCUGGGCUGAACCCUGUAAUCUGUUUUCAGUGCCCAGGCUGUUCCCUGGAAAGCAUGGAUUAAGAAUAUGUGAGAUGCUCUUGAGGAGGUGCAGAGUGCAUUCCCCUCACCAAGGAUGGCUCUGGCCCAUGGGGCUAAUUAGGCCUGAUACUGGUUUCAGUUCGCCCCACCAGGCUGUUUUCCCCAAACUGUGCCUAUCUGGCCAACAUCUGACUUCAUACGCCGAUGCCAGGUGGAGGUGUGCCUGCCAAGAAUCUGGAGUCUUAAGUUGCACAUACAUAUGCAUAUCAUGUAGAGCUGUAUUGAUUCCUUCACAGAGUUGCAAAUGAAACAUUCAGAGCUAUCUCCUCAGCUCAGAUGAAGCAGUUUCUGAAAUUACUAUCUCCCACUCUUUGUUGCUCAUCAAUUACGUCCUCUGCAAAUUUGGCCUCAGUAGUAAAUUGGGCCUGGCCCAGUCACUCCUUAGAAAUUUUGAAUUGAUAGUUCUCGAGUUCUAAAGCAAUCUUCUGAACAAAGCCAUAAUGGCUGAAAGAUUUGCUUCCUCCCAAAUUAGCACACAUCUAUUCUUUGCUACUGCUACACUGCUUUGCUCAAGGCUUUUUGAAAGCCUUUGCAAGAUUUUCUCAGUCUUGCGGCUCAUUCCACCAGGUGUCUGAAUUGCAGUGAUCCACAAAGAUGGGAGGAGUUUUAUCUGCAUGAAAUACAGGGCUCAUCCCUUGUCUCUACAGCUCUAGCAAUUGUUUCAUUAAAAAAAAAUUCUCAAAGUUUAUUAAACUUAUAGCAAUACUAAAAAUAUUUGAUACAAAAGGAAAAGAAAUGUUAGAAAAAUACAUAAACCAGCCUUGUAAAUAAGCCCAUAAAAGUUGCUAGUGUACAUAUUUUCAGGAGGACCUAAGAGUGCCACCCUCCUACAGCAGGCAACUGUAUUUCUAUAUUGGGUGUAGAGGAGGGCUUUUUACUCCUCCUGACAGCCUGCUUGGUUUCUCUGCUGCACACAGAGAAGGGAUGGAACACUGCUGUGGUCUUCUGCCAGCCUGCUCCUUGCCUGCCUGCAAUCCCUUGUUGCUCUAGUUACCAGGUGAAUGCUGAAAUACAAGGCUGAUACAAAUUUAUAUAACAAAUUGCAAGAUAGCAGUUGAAGGCAUAUUUUUUUCAACUACGUAAGGUCGUUAGAACCUUCCACCUAAUUUUUUACCAUUAAAAUAAUUUUAAUUUUAUUAUUGCACAUAUCUGACCUGUCCUUCAUGGAGCUAAGGCAUUCAUGGUUCUUCAACAUUUUAUCUUUGCAAGAGCUGCACAAGGACGGUUUGGUUGACAGUUUGGAAUAGCUAAAUCCUCAACUUCAGUUUGUAAAUCAACAAGAAUUAUGUAAACAUAUUCAUAUUUUUGCAACAAUUAAUACUUGUAUUCAGAGAAAAAAGGUUGCCUCUUAUAAAUCUGUAUUUUGCCUUCCACACAAUUCCCAGUUGUUUCAGGAUAUUUUUCUUGGGCACUCAUAGCCAAAGUGUCCGUCAUGAAAAGUUGUUGCUUGGUAGCUUUCCUUCUUUCCAAUCCAAAGGUCAUUCAUACCCUUAAUGACAUGAACUUUUUUUAUAUUUAUGCAUACUUCUGCUUUGCAACACAGCAUGCAUCCUGUCUUGGGGGAACCAGUAAUAGAAGUGUGUCAUAGAGAAAUCUGGGGAGUAAUUCUGUCCCUUCAACCUUUCCCCAGAAUCUCUGGGUCUUGCUGUUGCCCAAGCAUCAGAAUCUGAGUAAUAUAUUCAGUUCUUAUUAGUUUGCUAUAUGUUGCUUUCUGGAAGCAGAAUUCUCAUCCUCACAAUGUAACCUUUUUAGAUUUUGGAAACUGAAUAUGGCCUUCGUAUCCACAGAGCAUCUUCAUCCUGGAAAAGCUUGCUCCUCUUAUUAAUCUCGUAUUGUGAAAGUAGGCAAUGCUUGCUGUCUAUGAGGCAAUGGAUACAGAGGACACUGCAAGACCAACAAUCAGCUUGGGUUGUUGUCAUGUUCAAAACUUAAGGCAUGCUCUUCACGUCAGAGUUGGGUGGCAGAGCUGGAGCAUUGAGAGAAGCUUGGGGCAAGAACAGUGGGGCUUCAGGCAGAUCAGAACUCAGUUUGGUUUGAAGGGAAGGGUCACGUCUUAUUGGCGUGUGCUGUGCCGACAAUUGUGCUUUAAUACUUCCAAUCAUUUGUCUCAUUUAAAUAACUGAAAACCUCUUUGAGAGAGCUGUGCUGUUGCGCUAUAAAAACUGACUGACCAGCUUGCCUAACUGAAAGUUCUGCUUUUGAAGGAACCACCAAGAAAUGGGCCCUGGGUAGGGAGAGCUGGACUGUUGGUUUCAGAUUCUAGCUUCCUUAACCAUGGUUUUGGUGUGAUGCCUGUGCUGAGUCCGAUAGUACAGAUUUGGAUUUUGGAAGUGAUUUUUUAAAAAGUGUGUAAUAGCCUAUGUCUUUAUUUGGUCUUGAGAGCCAGUGUGGUGUAGUGGUUAAGAGCGGUAGUCUCGUAAUCUGAUGAACCGGGUUCACUUCCCUGCUCCUCCACAUGCAGCUGCUGGGUGACCUUGGGCCAGUCACACUUCUUUGAAGUCUCUCAGCCCCACUCACCUCACAGAGUGUUUGUUGUGGGGGAGGAAGGGAAAGGAGAAUGUUAGCCGCUUUGAGACUCCUUCGGGUAGUGAUAAAGCGGGAUAUCAAAUCCAAACACCACUUCUUCUUCUUCUUCUUCUUCUUCUUCUUCGCCCUGGUAAUAAUAGCGUAAGACAUAUUUUAAUUAGCAGAAAUGAGCCUGGCAUCUUCAUACUUAUGCUGUUUUUCAUAUAUCUUUUUGUAAGAGUUCAGUAAUUGAAUAUUAACAUCCAUGGAUUUCCUCCUCAGAUAAAAAUACAGGGAAGAUUUUCAUUUUGAUGGAAGCUCGACUGGCAUCCCUGUACAAAUCUGAAAGUGAAUAUGCAAUACUUGACAGGCAAGUAGAUAAAUUAGUACAUACAUUCUAAAUUCUACAUUCUAUAAAUAAUUGCCUUGCAAGGUAAGAGAAUGGAAGAAUUGUUGUUUUUUCUUAGUCUGAUGCCAUAAUAUAUGAAAUUGCUUGUAUGUACGGCAGUCUCUCAAAAGAUCUGGUAUCUGCCACUGAAGAUUGCAUUGGAUUUGAAGUUUCAUCUGUAGUAAGCGGUGACUUUAUUUUUAUGCAGCUUUUUAUCGAUAAUGUUAGAGUGUGAACUUGGUUUUGAAAAGUAGGGUUCUCCAAGUCUCAAUCUGACUCAGACAAUAGCAUUCUGGAUCUCCUUUAUGGUCUUAUUGGCAUAAUUGUUUUAAAAUCAAGGCUUUUAAAGUGCUAUCCACAAAACCAUCGAAGUCACUGGCAAAGCUCCCAUUUGUUUUAAAGAACUAGGAUUGCACAAUUUUGUGUCUGCCCCAAUUCUGUUAAGGCCAUCGAAUAUAAAAAAAAACACCAUACAUCAAAUGACCAAAGAUGAUAGAAUUUUGUUAAGAAUUGCAACUGUCACAAACUCUGAAGAAUAGUUUCCUAAGAGUGUUCUUUUGUCAUUCACUGCCUUUCCUGCUGCAAUUUUCUCAAGCAUCUACAAUGCGAAGCUGAUUUCAUUUUCCAGAUAUAAGAAAAAAGUCUUAACUGAAAUAAAUAGAACAUCAGAGAUUUAUCACAGAAUUAUAGACUUCAAAGGGAUCCCGAGGGUCAUCUAGUCCAACCUCCUUCCAGACAGUUUAUAGGAGGUUGAGGAAUGCUUUGCUGGAAUGUAAACCACCACCACACACACAAAACUAUGUAGAUUUUCAGCUUCUAGUCCAUGAAAGCUUAUACUGUAAUAAAUUUGUUGGUUGUUAAGGUACCACAAAACUUAGUUGUAUUUGCUGCAACACAGACAUGUGGCUUUCCCUCUUUUAAAAAGUGUAGGUGGGCCAAGUAUUCCUAUUCAUCAGGUCCAUUGGCUGAAGAGGCUUAGCUUCCAGUGCCUUGCUGCUGAUGGAGAAAGGUUUAGCUAGCAGGGUGGGCACUUCACUGUGGAGGCCCCUGUGGAAAAUGCAGUAGGCUUAGCACUUCUGCCAGUAGAGUUCCUGUGAGCAGUAGCCCUGAAAUAGGGCAUUUGAGGUGAAGGUAGGACAGAGAGGAUUGGAUCCAAGUCCCAUUCAUUCUUUGAGGAGGCCUGUGAAGUGGGCCCUCAGUUCUCACCAACACAGAGCAGUUCCCAGCCACUGAAACCAAUGGGGGGAAUUUUGAAGAAAAGAUGUAGGAGGAAAGGUCCAACAUCCCCGCCUCCUGCUGCGUUGCCACAAACUAGUAGGACUUAGGAAGUGGAGUAGAUCUGCCACUUUGCACUCUCUAGGCCCCCUAGGCUUGCUCAGUUAUUGUCUUUCUUGCAAUUCCAAGAAGUUUUUAUAUGAUUGUAACUUGCUGAUGGAGAUUCUUUUGCUUGUUGCUUUGAUAUUUAUGCAGUAGUUCCAUGCAGUUUUAUUUUAAUGUCUUGUUUUAUUAUGUUGCAUAUUGCUCCUAUAGCAGAAAAGCUAUUUGUAAAUAUUGUACAUAAACAAAACUUCUUAACUGCUGCUAAUUUUUUUUUGGGGGGGAAUGUGUUUCAGGUUUCCUGGUGUUACCCUUAAAGGGAAGAAAUAUAAACCUCUUUUCAAGUAUUUUAUCAAGGUGAGCAGUAUGUGUCUUUAUUAUAAUACUUAUUUAUCUCCUACCUUUUUCCUGGGACUCAAGGUAGCUUACACAAAUUAAAAGAACACAGAUAAAAUAAAGAAAAUAGAAACAGAAAAUAUAAUAGUUAAAAAGUAAUUUUAACUUAAGAGUAAUUCGCAAAUGGUGUUAGUAUUGUUCAGGAUUAUAAAAAGUAAUAGAAAAAUCAAUCCUUUUGAUCCAUGAAGGAUCAAUUUAUGCAGUUGCGUUUGGGGAGGGAAUGUGGGAUCUUAUGACCCAGUCUCUUAAUUAAUGAGUCUCAAAUUUACUGUGUUUUGCAAUAGAACAGUGUUGUACUGGGAAUAUCAGUCUUUGCCCAGGGCUUCCCCUGAUGGGACUCAUUAGUUGAAUACCAUCCAAAUUGGCUUCAUUAAGAUACGAAGGUUGUAAUCCUAUACACAUUUGCUUGGGAGUAAGUUCCAUUCAACUCUGCAUAAUUUACUUUUGAGUAGAUAUGUAUAGGCUUGCAGUGUAAAAUACAUUUAGGGUAGCUUUAUGUGCUUUGCUUCCCUUUGUGGAACAACAGAGGGCUGCGUCCAACUAAUAAUUGGAGCAGAUCCAUUGAAAUCUGUGAACAGUGACUAACUUAAGUGUAUUGAUUUCAGUGGAACUACUCAGUUUAGAACAAUCCAUAGUGCACAGUGACCUUCGCCUUGACAGCUUUAGAACCUUUUUAAUCAUCCUGAGUCCUUACCGCAUCUUCUCAUGAAUAUUCCCAUGCCUUGUUUGAGAUGAAGGAUUAGGGAAAUUGUGGGUGUAUCAUAUGCAAAUGUAUGGAUGCCACCUUUGCAUGUCGGUUCUGUGUGCUCUGUCAUGUGUGCAUGCAAAGACCCACAUUCCACCCUGAUUAGAAAAUGGCUAUUUUUUUAUUUUUAUUUUUGAAUUGUCCCUCAGUUCUGGAGGGUGUCUCAUAGAUAUCUAAUAGAAUAAUAGAGUUGGAAGGGACCCUGAGGAUCAUCUAGUCCAACCCCCUGCAAUACAGGAAUAUGCAGUUGUCCCUUAUGGGGAUCGAAACUGCAACCUUGGCAUUGUCAGCACUACACUCUAACCAACUGAGCUAUCCAGGAAGCUUUUGUUUGGUAUUCAUACUGCUGAUCUCUCUCUAUGUCAGUUUAUGUAACUCAUGUUUGUAGCAGUGGUUUUAAUGAACAAAUUCAUAUGUAACCAUUACUAGAAUGUUUGAACAAUGUUUCUGGCUUGUCAUAUUUUCCAUGCCAAUGUUUUGUACAUUUUUUUUAAAAAAAACUAUCUCUUUUGUGCUAGUGCAAAGAAAAUGGUGCUUUUACUGUAGUGACUGACAACUAUGUGAAGGAAGAAGAAGGUACCGGGGUUGUACAUCAAGCUCCUUACUUUGGCGCUGUAAGUUUAAAGUCACUUAUGUGCUUUUAUGUCAAACAUGUUUUCAUCUUGUCUUAACUCUUUUAAUUGAGAAAUUCAGAUUCUUUUUUGAUCCAGUAACUUGUCAGGAGCACACUGUACACAUAUUCUAAUGACAACGAGUACAUUCUUGUUACCUACCAAUUUCCAUUUGCUCCUGACGCAAUACAGAAACAGCAUUAUAAUUUGUAUUGGAACUCUUUUGUGCAGUACAUCUUUUUUGAAAAGAAGAUAGCCUAAUUGUAAGCAGGCUAUGUGUCCACUACAUUUCAAAAAUGAACUCUCAAGGGGACUGCUGCCUUAGUUCAGCCAUGGUUUGUCUUAGCAUGUUGUCUGAAUUUGGGCUCAUGAUUUAGCUCUUUCCAAACUUUUAUAGCACACACACAGACACACAGCUUACUCAUAGUUACUCCAAACCAACUAUGAACUUUGUCCAUUUUAUGGUUUAUGGAUUGCAUUUUGUUUGGUAGAAUUAAACCACAAGCCUGGGCUUGGACAGUGUGUUAAUCCAAACCAUGGCUUAACUCACCACAGCAGCAGAACAAGAACUGGGGCAGAGCGAAGUGACUGCAUGUUCUUCUCUGCAAAUCUGGAUGGUACUGAUCCAUAGUUUGACGUAGUGCAAUGUGCAAACCAUGAGAGAGCAUUCUGGAAACAUUAAAAGAGGAAGAAAACAUUCAAACCUGAGAUUUAUUCAAUGCUCAUUCACAGAAUGCUGAACCAUGGUUUGCUCUCAACAGAUGCCAACAAAAAGACACGUGUUGAAGCUCUCUAGACUAUUUGAGAACUUGAGAUGAUAUUAUUAUUAUUAUUAUUAUUAUUUGCAAUUUCUCCAAGAAUGGCAAAAUGCUCAGGCAGUUUGAUGUGAUCAUGGGCCCAGUGUGUGGGAAGCUGCCUCCUACCAAGUCAAAUCAUCUAGCUCUGUAUUGUCUACACUGCCUUGUAGUGGCUUUCCAGGGUUUCAGAUGGGAGUCUUUCUUCCAGGCCUAUCUGGAAAUGCCUAAGAUGGAACUUGGUACAGUCAGACCUCGGUUCCCAAACGGCUCCAUUUUGGAAUGUUUCUGCCCCCAAACGCCAAAAACGCGGAAGUAAAUGUUCCGGUUUUUGAACAUUUUUCAGAAGUCAAAUUUUUUUGGAAGCUGAACAUCCGAUGCGGCUUCCGCUUGAGUGCAGGAAGCUCUUGCAGCUAAUUGGAAGCCACACCUCAGUUGUCGAAUGUUUCGGAAGCUGAACAGGCUUCCAGAAUGGAUUACGUUCGACAACCAAGGUUUGAGCGUACUUUCUGUGAACAAUCACAGGCUCUACCAUUGAUCUACAACCCUGCCCUAGUCAUCAUUACCUCCCACACCCACUCCAAAACAUGGGAAACUGCAAAUUAAGGUGACUAAAUCCUACAAGUCUUGGGAUUGGCUCAUAUCAUGUAAAAUCUAUUGAUUACUCAUUAUUUGAUUUGCAACUAUCUGCAUUUGAUUGGAAAGUAUUUGUCUCCUGAGGUAGUAUGCAGAAAUGUGGUACUUCUUUCUGUGGCGUUUGAUCAUUUGCACAUGUGGGUAACCGGUUGAUGCUGCAACCAUGAAGAGAAAAACAUGCAUGAAUGAACUCAUCCUCAGUGUGACAAGAUACUUUAUAACACAAGAAGCAAAGUAUUUCACAGUGUGAAGAAAGAACUUAUCAGGUUCCUGUUGAAGUUGGGGAAUCUAGAAAAUCCAGCAGAAUUUUGAAAUUCAGAAUGCUGCCUUAGAAAUCAAAAGACACACAUUUGAAUAUUUAACUUUGUUUUUCUCACAUAGGAUGACUACAGAGUCUGUAUGGAUUUUAAUAUCAUUCGGAAAGAUUCAGUACCAGUUUGUCCUGUUGAUGCCUCGGGCUGUUUCACAGCAGAAGUGACAGACUUUGCUGGACAAUAUGUGAAGGUUGGUUGUGAAGGAAGGAAGCUAGAAAAACAUUAUUCAGAGACUGAAGAGAUGUGUGUGCUUUGUUUCCUACUGCUGCUUUUUGCCAUAAAUUUUGUCAGUGGUAUUGUUUGUGAAAAUGGUGAAAAAUCCAGAUGAACCAUUUCCACUCCAGCACUUCUUCAUUCAGACCUUUGCUCACUUCUGUCUAAACAAGCUAUAAUCAGAAGCCUGGGUCUGUUCUUGGCGUACCACUCAUCCUCUGUCAGGAGGGAGAAACAAUGAGCCCAGUUUCAAACAUCAUAGCAAGUCAGUCUCUAGCUUGUUUCCUGGCAGAACAGCAGGAGUGUGGGACGAGCAAAGUCAGCACUGUACUAGCUGCUCUUUCACAUUAAACCAUAGUUUUAUCUUUAACUAUGGUUUUAAGAAAGGUAAAGGACCCCUGACAGUUAAGUCCAGUUGCGAACAACUCUGGGGUUGCGGUACUCAUCUGCUUUACUGGCCGAGGAAGCUGAUGUUUCUCCACAGACAGUUUUUCCAGGUCAUGUGGCCAGCAUGACUAAGCCACUUCUGGCGAACCAGAGCAGCGCACGGAAACACUGUUUACCUUCCUGCCAGAGUGGUACCUAUUUAUCUACUUGCACUUUGAUGUGCUUUCGAACUGCUAGGUUGGCAGGAGCUGGGACUGAGCAAUGGGAGCUCACCCCGUCGCGGGGAUUUGAACUGCCGACCUUCUGAUCGGCAAGCCCUAGGCUCAGUGGUUUAGACCACAGUGCCACCCACAUCCCAACUAUGGUUUAAUAUUACAUAAAAACCAGCUCAGCAUCUGUGCUAAAUACUAGAUACAUUAUUAAUCUCACCCUGCAUCGGAACUGGCUGUUAGCUUGUAACUUCUCUCUUUUUUUCUUUCCUGAAGCUACCACCCACCUGGAGAAAUUCUUUGUAUGGGUUAUCAUUAUUCUAAAAUAAUAUUUUGCUUUACUCAGGAUGCAGAUAAGAACAUCGUCAGAUUCCUAAAAGAACAAGGAAGACUGGUCCAUACCAGCUCUUAUAAGCACAGCUAUCCUUUUUGUUGGAGGUACGGAGAAGAAUUAACAUACUAUUUAAAGGAAGCAUUUUGACUGGUAACUUAUUUGUGAAAAAUAUGUUCGGUUUAGAAUGUCUUUUAUUUACUAGACACUAAGACAUAUCUAUGCAGUUAAAUCAGUUGUAUUCAAAGCUCUCUUCGUAUCUGUAAGUAGAUCUCACCUCUGGCACAGUGUGUGUAUAAUUUCUCACAACUAUCAGUGAAAGACUAACUACCAUAUUUUUCGCUCUAUAGGACGCACCCGACCAUAGGACACACCUUGUUUUAGAGGGGGAGAACAAGAAAAAAAAAUUCUCCCCCUCUCUGCGCAGCGCCCCUUCCAUUUCUCCUCCCGCUUCGCGGGAGGGGCGCUGUGCAGCUCUCCCUCUCCCACAUUGCCUUCGCCUUCAGUGAAAGCAACCCGAAGCCUCCGGAGUGCAGCGGGGGUUCCCGCUGCGCUCUGGAGGCUUCAGGCGGCUACCUUGGAAGCCUGGAGAGCGAGAGGGGUCGGUGCGCACUGACCCCUCUCGCUCUCCAGGCUUCAGUGAAGGCAACCCGAAGCUUCCGGAGUGCGGCGGGAGUUCCCACUGCGCUCCGGAGGCUUUGGGUUCCUUUCGCUGAAGCCAGGAGAGCAGGACUCUCCUGGCUUCAGCGAAAGGCUUCAGCGAAAGGAAAGGCUUCAGCGAAAGGAGCAGCCUUCCCGCUGCUUCCCGAGCUUGUGGGGCUAGCAGUUGGGGAAGCCUGGCUUUCCCCCACCGCCAGCACCAAAGAGCAGGUCGGGGCUGGCGGGGGAAGCCUGGUUCCCCCCCCCUCCAGCCCCAGGGACCACACAUUCACUCCAUAAGACGCACAGACAUUUCCCCUUAGAUUUUAAGAGGAAAAAAGUGUGUCUUAUGGAGCGAAAAAUACGGUAUAUGUCAAAUUGGGCAGAGGCCGCUUUUUAGAAUGGAAGCUGUCUUUGCCGACUUUCCCGAGUCACCCAUGCCCAUUGCAGUCUCCCUCUUUUACAGACCAGACGUUUGGUGAGGGUCCCACUCAGUGGGGAGGAGGGAGGCAGGUGUUUCCUUUUCUUCUUGUUCUUUUUUAAUUGCACUGUAUUGGAUAUGACCCAUAGUGACACCAUUUAUUCACUAAUAACUGCAGAAGGUUCUUGUUUCAGUUGGCUGGCCACAGUUGUUUAUGCCUUUAUAAUCUCGUGGCUGGACCGUCGUAAUGUGUUCUAUGUUAGGUGCACUCUUGAAGAUGGUUCAGAACAUGAGUGUCUACAGGGGCAGGGGAGAUACAGUUGCCUCCCCUGAGUGAGCAAAAAUCCUGUUUCCUAGCUUUUUUUUUUUUAAAAAAAGUUCUAUAACACUUGUAGAACCUGAAAUAUGAGAAACUAGCUUGCUCCCCUCUUUCAGUAUUUUACCUUGUCUCCCACUCCCCGUAAGAAAAAGAUUCUGCAAAUGCCAUGGUUCAGAAACUGCAUGCAAUGCAAAAGUCAGCUGCAGAAGUUAAAUAGUGUGUGUGCCAGAUUGUUCUCCCACUGCAGCAAUUCUGCGAGAGCUACACUGGCUGCUGUUAUAACUGGACUUUCGUUAAUAUUUCCAGUGUUGGCAUAGGUUUCAGAAAAAUCAAAGUUUUGGCUCAGAGGAAUUUAGCAGUGGGUGUAUAAAUAUAAGCUGUGUUAUAUAGUUCAAACCAAUUAAAUCUCAUGUAUCAAUUUAUUUUGCCCUUUGAAAUUGCAAAAAGAGUAUGAAAAUUCUUUCUGUGAAGUUAUAUAUCUUUUAAAGCUAGUUUGAAUUUGUAUUCAAGUGUAAUCUGUCUAUAUUCUCUAAGACCUUUAAAAAGAAGAAUUAAUCAAUCUUGUUGAAUCUCCCUUAUUCCCAAAAUUCUAUAAUUGGCUAGGCCUGGGAGACAUUUUUCAUAGCAAAAGGCUAGCUUUGUGUGUGUGUGCAAUCCUUUAAAUUUCUAAACUUUUAGGGAGAGCUGUAGAAAGUGAAAUAAUUGCCCCAAACUGGUUUGGCAUAGUAGUAUUGGAUCAAUCACUUUUGCUCAGUUUUAAUUCUGUUUUCCAUGUGCUGAACUGAACAGAGUGAUAUUUAUUAAUAGCAAAAUGUUUUGAGAGAUGAUGACAGUUGGUACAUUGGGAUCUGGCCCAUAUGUAAUGCUUGCUUCCUGCAAACUAUGGUUUGGAUAUUAGAGGCAUACCUUUGGAAUGUAUGUAUAUGCUCUUCCUUUUCCCUUCCAUAUCUAGCACACAUUUUUCCUUUGUCAGCCCUAGCUGCAGUUUAGUAUUUGUUCUACACUGCUAAAAACAAGGCUCUCUCUUAAUCAGGCUAUUCAAUUCUUCAUGCCCUGGUUUCAAAUCCUGGUUGAUAUUGACUCUGCUUAGCAUUUGCAGGGAGCCAGUAUUAUGCCUGUACAAGGCAGGGGAUAAAUGAUGAAACUAAGCUUCUUUACAUAUAUAGCUUUGGUACUUUUGUUCUGUUUAGGAUUUCAAUAUGCUGACAAGAGAGAUUGCCAGCCUUCUUGAAAAUCAUUAGCUUUAGAUUACGUAGAAUUACAUGUUUGGAUUGAAAGGAGGCAGAUAAUAUUUUCGCUUUUGUUGUAUGGGGUUUCAAAAGCAAGUUGUCUCUUUCUCCUCUUCAUUCAGUUUAGUAUGCGCUAUACAUUGAAUUUAAAUUCUUUCUUGGUGUUGAGAAAUGCAUUUUAGCUUUCCAGCAGCUUAUGUCUGGACAGAUUAGCAAAUAGCCCAUGGCAUCUUAAAAUAUUGCAGAGUCUGAAUGCAGGCACAGUCCCUGUGUUGUCUUUAAUAUAAGAAGUUAAUAGUGAAAACUGAGUUUAGGAACAGGAAGCUGCUUUAUACCGGGUCAGAGGAUUUCUCCAUCUAGCCCAGUACAGCAGGCAUAGGCAAACUUAGCCCUCCAGAUGUUUUGAGACUACAGUUCCCAUCAUCCCUGACCACUGGUCCUGUUAGCUAGGGAUGAUGGGAGUUGUAGUCCCAAAACAUCUGGAGGGCCAAGUUUGCCUAUGCCUGGUUUACAGGGACCGGCAGCAGCUCUGUGGGGGGGUUCAGGCAGGGUUCCUUUCCAACCCUCCCUGGAGAUGCCAAGGAUCCCAAAAGAUAACUAGGGAUCUUUUGCACACAAAGCAUGUUCUCUGCCACUGAGCUAUGGCCCUUCUUCUUAAAUGUAUUAUUAAACCUUUCUAAUUUUAUGCUUGUAUGGGGCAAAGGAAACCUUUCAGAAGCUUUACGGAAGAAUCUUUAAAGGAAGAUGAAUCUAUACUUUUGCAAGGUGUCCUCUACGAUUCUCCUUGAUGCAUGAUUCAGUAACUGUAUUCUUAAGUUCCUUGCCAGGUGGGUUUUAAAUAAAAGACUUCCCACUUCUUAUGGACUAAAUUGGUAUCCUCAUGUAUUCAUGUACUCAGAUAGCUUUCCUUUUUCCCUGGGUGAUAUAUUGGAGUUCUAUAUUAGUUGCCAUUUCAGUGAGACUCUGGAGGCAAGGGGCACAGUCACGCUGUGUGUGGAAAUCAAUGGGAAUUUUGCUACUGAAUUUUAGAGGGGUGACUUGUGAAGCUGGCGCAACAAGUAUUGCAGAAUACCUAAAGAGCGUGCCUAAUUUUCUUUUCAUAUCAUUUAUUUUAGGUCAGAUACUCCUCUAAUAUACAAAGCUGUGCCAAGCUGGUUUGUCCGUGUGGAGCACAUGGUGGAGAAGUUGCUGGAAAAUAAUGCCCAGUGCUACUGGUAAUCUCCUCAGUUACCGUUUUACUUCAUAGUUUCAUUAUUGUCCUGCAGCUAUUUCUCCCCCACUUCUAUUUUAAUAAGGAACUCUGUUGCUGUGUGGCUGACAUCCCCUACUUGAAUUUAAGCUGGAAAAAGGUUUCUUGAGCUUAAGCCAGGCUGUAAAGAAAAAUUGCUGCAGUCGAUCCCACUGAAUUUUACCACAGUUUGUUUUCACCUAUGGCUUAAGGUGAUGUGUGAACUGAUCCAGUAGCCAAGUACACUUGGACGGGAAGAUUACUUUUAAUUUCUCUGAGGACCAUACUAGAAACUGCUGUUGCAUUGAGUCCAUUAGUAUUGUUGCAUGAAGCUAUUGAUGUUCACAUAGCUACUAUCCAUGCAGAAUUCCUGUAUUUUCUCUAAUAUUUGGUUGUCUGUUUUUCUAAUGAGGUGUAGACAUUUGCCAGUAAAGUCUUGAUCUUUUCUGACAUUUGCUUUGAUUGAACAAGGAGUCUGAAUUCCAACUAUUGUGUCAGUAGAUGGAGAUCUCUUGCUCCAAAUGCUGCUUCUUUCUUUUGAUGUCUCUACCUAUCGGCCAAGGGCACGUGUCUGCUGCCAGGUGAACUUGGUCUUUGGUCUUAGUCUUACUGGGCUUCAGUUUCGAGUCAAUCUUUGGCAGCCCUUUUGUGUUGGAAUAAUCUUUUCCACCUCUUCUACAACUCAUGGUGCAAUGGAAAUAAAGACGUGUACCAUUUAUCAAGGGUGACAGAAAGUAAUGUAUACAAUUGGGCGUUUUAACAGAUAGAUAUUCUUGCAGUCUACAACUUACAUAAUAGGGUAAACAUCUGAGUGUGUCAGAGUUCUCUUCCCUUAGGAUUUGGGAGCCUGAUAAAUAUAGUAGUAUUUCAGGGGCAAAUUGCUUUUUUGCUGUUAUUGUUUCUUGGGAAAAAUCUAAAAGAAAGAGACUAAAAAUGUAUGUGUUGGUUUCUCUGCAAUACUGUUAACAUGAAUAAUUUUUCGUAGUCAUAUUCUUUUCAUGGAAGCUAAAUUUAAGUAGGGCCUUUAUGUAAGUUUCCAUAAAUGAUUCCAGUGUGACUUUCUGGCUUGAUGUAGGCAAAUGCAUGGUUCACAUUUUUAUAAAGGCUCCAUAGCAAGCAAGUGCAAUCUUUGGUAUUCAGUCCUGAGAGCUGCUAAUGACCUUACGGGAAAAAUAGUUGUAAGCUUGAAGCAUUUGCCUUCUAUGUUAAUUGUUGUCUGCUGCAAGCUUUUACUGUCUUGAAAGUAUACACUGAAAAUAUGCAAAUGACAGUGCAUUAUUCUGUGAAAGAAAAUUAUGUCUCUGUGGAAAAGGUGGCAAUUGAGCUUUUAAUUAACUGACUUCUAGGGUUUCGUUCUUACGGGAUUGUAUUAGGCAAUAAACAUUUCAACUGCGUUUCCCAAAAUGGUGCACUUCAGAUGUUAUUGGACUCAAACUCUCCUUAGGAAAUGCUCAAGAGUCCAACUACAUUGGAGAAGGCUGGUUUAUAGUGCACCUUUUUCAUUUAUUUUUACUGUCAUUUGAUUUUUGCUUAUUCCUUUUAGUACACAUUUAAAGUCACAUAACAGGUGGUACAGCGCUGAUAGUCAUACUAGCAAUAGAUUUGUGAGAAGUGUACAAAGAUUUAAGUUGUCUGCAGCUGGGUUUUUCCAAAAGAGCUUAAUUAAAUCCAUACAUGUCAGAAUGAAAAAGGAACCUUUUCACUAGAAAGUUGUUGAUGUUUUUGGGGUUGGACAGAAUUUUUAGCUGGGUAGUUCCUUUGUCCUCUUUGAAGGUGUCUUAGAUUUUUGUCUGCUAGCCCUCGAGAGAGGAAUGUCCAACGUAGGACAGUUUGGAAUUUAGCUGUCAUUAUUAGUAUGGUUAACAAAUCUUGUCUAAUUGUUGGGAUAUCUUCAUUAUUCAAGCAGUUUAGUGAUGCUAAACUCUCACCUUGAUUUUGAAUAUAAUAUUUUUUAAUAUGAGCCCAAAUAUCUAGCAAGAAAGAGCUUGGUGCUCAACAUCAUUCCCCAGCAUUCCCUGGCAUUGUUUGGACAGUUUUGUUGAUAGUUUAUUCCACCUUGCACACAGCAUGAACAAUGUUUUCUGGAAUUGAGAGAGGACUAUAUUUGAUAUUAGGCCCGUUAUUUGCUAUCAGGUUUUCAAAGCCCGUUUUAGUAGCCUGCUGAGCUGCUCUCCUUUGAAGUUGAAGCUAUAUGAUAAAUUUGCAUGUGUAGGUAUCAGAGUACGGCGCCAUGUUAUAUGUAAAUGCUUUGGGUCAGCAUUGGUACUUAAUGAAAGUGUGCAAAAAUGUCUGCAGAUCUGUCUGAUUUAGUGCCAUGAAAAGGUCCAGUGAUAUUCUCUAUUUUUCCCCAAUGGGGUUGUUGAGGGAUUUACAGAAUUUUUAAACUAGGGUUGAUAAAAGAGGGGAUGCCUUUAUAGCAUCCUUUGGAAUUGGUAUGAUGCCUGCACUGCCUUUAGAAUCCUUGCUGGCUGCUAGGACUAGAUUUCUCAUAGGAAUACUUUCUACUCCACAUAGGCACUGCUUCUGAUGAACUAGAUUAAAUGUGGUUUGACUAAUUUUAUAACCUAAUUGAAUUUCUAAUUUGUUUUUAAUGAGAGAACUUAAUACUAAUGUAUUUUGGAACUGGCAUAUUUUAAGAACCUAGCAACAGUUUAUCUUAAUUUUGACAAAUGAUCCUGCUGUAUCUUCCAAGGAACGAAUAAACAAAAGGAAGUGGUUGUAACUGAUAAUAAAACAGCACCGUGGUGCACUGUAAAACCUUUCUGGAGAAACCCUAUUUUAAAUGUGUCAAUUUACUAUCUAAAAUCCGGAAGGUUUUGGAAGUGGGAGAGGUGUGGGAAAUCAGAAUACAGGACCAAAGAUAUCUUUUGAAAUCACUAUGCUCACUUCACUUGUUAGUUUGUAUCGUGUGAAAACUCGUCUUCAAGCUGGAUGUUGUGGUAAACCAAAACCGCAGGGAGGUGGGAGUGCUUUGGAGCAUGGUUGAAAAGUCCCACUGUGGGGCAUUUUGUAAGUUCAGCAAUGCAGAAAAUGUAAUUUCAGAAUUAAAACAGGAACUUUUAUUUCAUGACUCAAGAAAUUGUAUGUAUGGGAUAGAUAUGUUUGGGGGAGGAGGCCAGUGAUACAAGUUUGUGUUGGGUCUAAAAGACUGCGCUUGGGCCUUGAGCUGUAUCCCCUCUCCCCUUGAUUUAGAAUAAAGCAACUGUUCUGGAAGACUAGUUAAGUCAUGUGUAAGGGUGACUUUGUUUAUUUCAUACAGCCAACCGAGUUUUGCAUUCAUUUUUUUUAUAUAAUAUUUGUGAUGGUUAAAUAACAAAUGACCUUGUUCAAUGUACGCCAUUGUGCAAAAGAAUAACUUGCUUGAAGAAAACUCCAUCAUGUCUUAUUAAAGUUGAGCGUUUGUAAAAGUGCACACUCAGAUUUGAGGCCUAAUUUAACUCUGUUACUGUAUCAGUAAAAUGUCUUGUCAUUUUAAUGAGGGACAAAAGGAACCUUUAUCAUCUCUCUGCUUACCCAAAGGCAAGCAGCCUUCCCUUGGUGCCUUUGCUGCACCAGCAAAUGGAGGGGCAGGAAAAGGAAAAGUCUGACCUGUGACUCUCUCUGUAGUAACAAAGCUGGCAGGCCCACUGCAGGUUGGGAAUGCUGUUGAUGUAACUGUUACAGCAAGUAAGAGAGGCAAAUCUGGAGAGUGCAGGGGUCAGCUUACCUCUGUUCUGCCUCACCUCAGCUCUUAGUAAUAAUGAAAAAUGUUCCCAGAUGCUCAGUUUCUCAAUUAAAGGAAAAAUAUAUCUGUGUCCAUAAGCUACAUUGCCUGCAUUGUUGCACUUUUGGAUCUCUUGUUAGCAUCUAUUCACAGUUUAAGUAGCUUUUAUCUGUUUUAAGCUACAGGUGCCACCUGCCAGCGUCUUGUAGUUGAAAGCUAUUGUAAAGGUUGCAAAGUUCAUUUUUCACAUUAGCGAAUUGUUCAAAUGCUCUUCUUUUAUCUUAAUUCAGUUUUCCACUUGUGCUUAGACUGGGUCUCUUUAGGUCAGUACAAAGUGUAUAACUGUAAUAAACUGAGGCUCUAGCACUUUCAAAGGCACUUAGAUUCUUUCAAAGCAAGGAAAUUCAUGCGAUUGGAAAGCUAAAUAGUUGUGGUGGAAAUUUGACUUAUACUUCCUGCAACCAAAAAAUAACUUAAAACAUCAUAGAAAAGUCACAGAAUGAGACCUGUUGCCCAAAUAUUAAGCAGCAAGCACAAAACAUACUCGCUUGGGUUUAUAUACAGUGACAAUCAGCAGAAGUCUUUUAUGUAUAUUUAGGGUGUUCAUUUUGGGGGAUAACUUAGGGACCAAGUUAUUUCCUGGCAUCCUAUUAUUGUGAGAUAGCAUGUGGGAAAUAAGAAACAAGGAUGAAAAAGGUGCAAAUGCCCAAGGUUGUGGAAGCCUAGGUUGUAGGAUGAUAUAGCAGCAACAUGGUGUAAAGAACCUGAAUCUCUUUUUUUUUUUAAAUGAUAUUUAUUGAGAAUUUUAAGGUUACAAGGAAAAAAGAAGGAAAAAACAAGAGAGAGAGAAAAAGAAAGAAGAAGGUAGAUAAAAGUAACAAUUAAACCAUACAAAUCAGUAAAAACCAAAGUCAAAAAGAAAAAACAAAACACACAAUACAUCAAAAUCAAAAAGAAAAAAUAAAAUAAAAAUAAAAUAAAAACAAAUCCAAUAUUCCCAGAUCCUUAACUGUCAUUAACUUAUUUCAUCGACCUCCUCACACCUCCCUUUUUUGUAUUCUAGUUGAUAAUUAUCUCAGCAAAUCCUUUCCAUCUUUCACAAUAUUCUGUCAUUAAAUUACCUUAAUCUACUUUAACCUUAUCUUACCAUAAGAAACCCAAAAACUUAAAACUUAAAUCUUAUUUAUACUAAAUUCUCUUAACCAUAACAUAUUCUUACAUAAUUCUUUUUAACAUUUCUGCUAAAGCCAAAUAAUUUCAUUCCAACAUUUUUCUAAUACUCAUUAAUUUUACAAUACUUUUCUAAAUAAAUUUUUAAAACUUUCUUCCAAUCUUCAUCCAUCGUCUCUUCUUCCUGGUCUCGGGUUUUGUCAGUCCUUUCUAUCCCAUCCAUCUAGUUCAUCAACCUGGUGACCUUAUAUCCGAGGCUCUUAAGUCUUUUCCAUGUCCCUCCCUCAGGUCUUCUUCAUGUUUAUACCUGUACUUUACUUUGUCUUCUGCUCCUUUCACUCGGAGAGACUCCAGCUUGACAAUAUUUUUGUCCCAUCUCGACAAGUCAGCCCCUUUUCCAUAGUCAACACUGAAAUCCAUGUGAUAUUUAAAGGCAUGUUUCAAGGUCCCUCCAAAGUUAAAGGCCCCCACAACUCCGAGCUCCCCCCGGCCCAAAGCCAGACUUGAAAGGUCAAAACAUCCCUGCAUAGGGCGGUCUAUCCAGCCCCCCAUCUCCAAGCCAAAUUGGACUCCAUCUCUCCAAAUCUGACUUUUUCCAGGUUCAUUCGUCAAAUCCAACAACUCAUGUUCCUGCUGGGCCACAGCUCCCUCCAUCUCUGCCACCCGAGGUCCAGCAACAACCUCCUCCCUCAUCUGAUCUGUCAAAGCACAUUCCUGGAUUAAUUCCUGAGUGGGUUCUAUAUAGGUACCCACUGCCUGUCCAAAAUUUCCGAUCGCAACAGUCAUCAAAUCCAUCUUCUCAUGUAACUGUUCCAAUAAAGCACUUGUCAAAUCCAUCUUCUCAUGUAACUGUUCCAAUAGAGCACUUGUCUUGCAAAAAGCAAGCACCAGAGCCUCGGAGCACAUUCUUGUUCAAGGUCGAAGUCUGGUCCCACAAUCUUAAUCUAUUACAGCUGCAAAGCUCCCCAGUUCGGCUUUAAUAACAGUUUCACAAGCUCCUUCUAGGGGAAACAAUUUCUAUUUGUAUCCAUUUUUUUUUUAAGCAGAUCUAGCAACAAAAGUUUUCCUUUUUCGGAUAUUUUGUCAAUAUUUUGUUCCUUUUAAAUGCGAAGGGGAACAAUGGAAUCAAUAUGUUUCUCUUCUUUUAACUAUCUGUCAUAAAACGUUUGUCCAUAGUCAAUGAACUUUCUCAAAACGUCUGUCCUGACACCCCGCUCCCAGGUUCAAGACGGUGGAAAAUUGCCUUUCUUUACUCUCUCUUCUGCAGGUUUAAACAGUCUAAAAAAAGGUUUCCCCCUCUUCUCCUGCUUCCAAGGGGGGUUCAGUAAUUUUAAAUGAUGGAAAUUUGAUCCUUUAUAGACGACUUUCUAAACUCUAGCUUGCCGUGUCUUUGCUUCAAACUGUCUACAAAAGCGGAAGGCGGACUUCCUGUUUAGACCUUCCCGCUUCAAUGCCAAAUUAAAAAGUUUCUUAAUCCAAUUUUCCGUUCUACUCACGGGCAGUUGUUUAAAAUCCAAUUGUCCACAGGAAAAAAAGUCAGUGCUCUCCGGCAACAGCAAUGCGGCUUCACUCCGUGAAAGAAGCAGUCGAUUCAAAGCACCACGCCACUCACCCCACGUCGCUCCGGAUCCCCGAAACCGGGUUUCCCCGCGAGUAGGGGAGGCGCAAAGGGUGCCAGCCGAAUCCCAAGUCCACAGGCUUCUCCCGCCUGUGGUUUUUAGUGGGUCUCCCCCUCGCCGUGGCAGUUCAGACCCUGUUUUCCACGGAGCGGAUUCCUCCCGAUCGGAGGAAAUCUGCCAUUGCCAGAGGCGCCAACCCAAAGUCUCUAAAGAACCUGAAUCCCAUAUCUCUUCUGAAAGUGCAUUGCAAUUUGGUGAACCAAAGGAGGCACAUGAAAUAACCCUCUCCAAAACACUAGAUCAGCAUAAACCUGUUUGCAUCUAAAAUUAUUUUAAGUGUAGGUAAUACCUUGGUUUCACAUGUUAUAGAAAAGCAUGGUUUACUGCUACAUGAGUGAGCCACAGUGACCUUCAGUCUCCUCUUUUCCAUACAUGAGGGGUGAUCCAGAAACAUUUACUUUUAUAGCAAACCACAAAAUUGGAAAUUGGAGAAAAGUGUGUUGAUUUCUGAUCACUGUUGUGACCCUUUAUUCAUGACUAAAUGAACGAGAGAAGUAAAUAAAGUACACGCUAUCAAAGUUAUAAUAUUCCAACAUAGGGUGUCCACAUAUGCCUAACAAGUUCUCUUGAUUUUUGUUUAUUGUAAGUAAGGUUUUCUUUUUAAAACUUAGGGUUCCUGACUUUGUGAGAGAGAAGCGUUUUGGAAAUUGGUUGAGAGAGGCACGUGAUUGGGCAAUUUCACGAAAUCGAUACUGGGGGACGCCAAUCCCAUUGUGGGUCAGUGAUGAUUUUGAAGAGGUGAGUAAAAAUAAUUUAAGUCAAGAUUGCUACAUUUUAUUUACUAUGAUUGUGCUUAGAGUGCAAUUGUAGAUCAGAUCAACGAGAGAAAAGGUGUGAUCCUCAAGGGCUUAAGGUUUCCAUUGCCAUUUUGGGCAGAUUACUAAUUGACUACUUCAUGCUUCGGCUGCUUUCCCCUGCCACUGCUAAAAUGGAGGUAUUGCUGGAUUUUACUACUAUUCAGAAUGGUGACAUGUCUUAAUGAUGCUCAGUUAGCUAGGCACCACAAAACCUGCAAAAAGUAUAUUGUGAAUGAACAGAGUAGGUAUCAGGCACUUCUCUGGGGUACAUCUGUUUCUGGAAUGCAUGCGAUCCUGCUGUCAUGGUAAUUCGGGGAGACAGUUUUACUUUCUAGAUUGCUGGUGUGUCAAAAGCAUUAAAUGAUUCUUCCAUCAAUAUCUGCAGCUUGUUUUUAAAAAAGCAUUUUUUCCAUAUUUAGAGUUGGCAUACUUAUUUAAAACUUGCUAGUUAAAACUUUUUCCAUCUUUUUUCCAUUUGCUAUUGUCAAAAACAAUCAAUCUGCUGAUGAAAUCCAAUGGACACCUUUUUAAAAGGUCUAACUAGGGAAGGAAAAGUUUUGUUUGAUUUCAAACUGUUAUUACUAUUUUAAUCUGCUGUUUUGGAUAACAACAAAAACUAUAAUUAGGUCUCUUGUUGCAUUACUAAAACCUUAAGUAAAAUCACAAUUUGGUUUGAGGCCUUGCUCAGAUGCCUAAGUUGCAUUCAACUCCACCUAGUAUAAGGAGUUGACUGGGAAAAUUAAAAUCCAAAAGGUUAAAGGGCUAUUUAGUGGAGUCAUGGGGAGGCGGGGAAAGAUAACCGCUUGGUGACAGUGGUGAAGUUGAGAAAGUGUGUUGGUUUGGGUAGUUUGUUUGCCUCCAUUUUUUCUUACAGUGCAUGCCAUUGCCUAUGCUAUCACAAGGUUAGCACCUGUGAUGUUUACAAACAUGUGGAAAUAUGAAGUGAUUCAGCUUUGCUAAAACCAAUUUACAAAUAUUUCAAACAGCUGCUGGGCUUCAUAGCAAUCAAUUAGUAUAAGAGGUUUAGAAGUGUAGUAUCAGCUGACUUUUCCAGUUGCAUGCUUCAGCUAUGAACUAUGUUCAUUAACAAAUCCUAUUUGACAUACAGUGGUACCUCUAGUUAAGAACUUAAUUCAUUCUCGAGGUCCGUUCUUAACCUGAAACCAUUCUUAACCUGAGGUACCACUUUAGCUAAUGGGGCCUCCCGCUGCUGCCGUGCCGCCAGUGCGUGAUUUCUGUUCUCAUUCUGAGGUAAAGUUCUUAACCCGAGGUACUACUAGCAGUUUAGCGGAGUCUGUAACCCGAAGUGUCUGUAAUCCAAGGUGUUUGUAACCCAAAGUACCACUGUAUUGGAUUUAACAGGUGGUCUGUAUUGGAUCUGUAGCAGAACUGGAAGAGCUGUCAGGAGUGAAAGUGACUGAUCUCCACAGAGAAAGGUAAGUGAUUGUAACAAAAGCAAGCCAGGGUCUGUUGUAGCUCAGAAAUAUCUCUGCUCUCAUUUGUGGAUGUUGAAUCCAUUUCAGAAUACCAUCCUGAUAUUAGAGUCUAAAAACUGGUUGUUUGUCCAAACCAGAAAGGGACUAUCAGGCAAUUCUCUGGAGAUAGCCCUGCUGCUGUGCAACACCUUAAAUUACAGAAUAUCAUUUUUUGCUACUUUCCCACCUUCUCAGUUUCCCCUAACUUCUGAAUGAGAGCAAAUCCAAGAGUUUAAUUUUCAACCUGGUGGGGAGACACUACCAACUAGCUUAUGUCACUGUUUAGAGCAGGGAUGGAUAAUUUGUGAAUCUUUAAAAUAUUGAUUAAUAGCCAGCAUACCUAAUGGACAGGGAUGGUGAGUUACAGUACAACCUUAUCUGGAGAACAACAGGUUUCCCACCACUGGCUUAUUGAGUUCAGUCUGGUUCCCUUCAGUUCAGUCUGGUUCCCUGUGUGAACCCAUACACAUAAGUUAUGGGGUUUCUCCCAACCCUUCUGUAGCUGCAGCUUAAGCAGAGAUUGACACAGGCUGGAGUGCCAUCAUUUUGGCCAUUUAUCUGUACAACCCCCACAAAAAACUCCUGUAUGAUAACAGUUUAUUAAUGGAACCCCAUAAUAUGUUGCUUUAGCUGACAGAUUCAGACUCUGGACUGAUGUGGAUUGUAUAAGGAUCUUCUGCAAAAGCAUUUCUGACGUGGUUUGAAAUGCAGUGUUUUAUUGGGAAGCAUAGGCUAUUUCUAGUGUUAGCUAGCUAGUUAUCUGUCAACUAUCAUUCUUUGGAAACUGACCUGGAGAGAUAUGUGGGACAUUAGGGUAGCUUUCAGCAAUUUGUAUUCAUUAGCAAUAAUUUAAGUAUAUUGUAUUUGUGCUAAAUUAGUGAAACCCUUUCAGUUCUGAAUUAUUUUGGAAAAUCUAUGCAAGCAAUUUGAAUAUGUUAGAUAUAGAAGUUUGGGAUUGGCAUCAGUUUCUGUAAUUGGGUUCCUUCAGUGUCUAAACUGUUGCUGGAUUAUUUUCCCUUUAGCGUUGAUUAUAUAACCAUCCCCUCGCGCUGCGGCAAAGGUGUAUUACAUCGUGUUUCAGAAGUGUUUGACUGCUGGUUUGAGAGUGGGAGCAUGCCUUAUGCCCAAGUCCAUUACCCAUUUGAGAACAAAAGAGAAUUUGAAGAUGCGUUUCCUGCUGACUUCAUUGCUGAAGGCAUUGACCAAACCAGAGGAUGGUAAUUCUUUGUUAUUAGUCUGUACAGGGUUUUACAACUGCAGAGCACUGGGAAAUCUGGAUAACUUUAAAAGAGUACUUGAAAUAUAAUUUGGCUCAUGUUUGUAUAGUGAGCACUGAACUAACAAAGUUUCAUGGACAGAGAUUUUUAAAGGAAGAAAGAAAGUAGUUGUUAUUGAAUGAUUUCAAUAACCUUACCUGUGAAAUGUGUGUUGGGACCCACUAGCUGGUUGCAGUCUGAUCCAAGGUGGGUUGCAAACAGGAGCACUACUGCCAUGCAGAUAUAUGGUAAAAGAUUAAGAAAAGGGUCCCUAAAUGCAUGUUUGGGUUUAAAGUGGUUCCUGGGUCUGAAAGGGUUGAAGAUACCUGCACUAGCUGAUUGAAUAGGUAGGUGGCUACAGAAGACCCAUGGCAAAAGGCAGCAAUAUGGAAAUUAAAAUUGCUUCACCGUCUACCUAACAAAAAAUCCAGAGAGCAAAGUACUUAACUAACAAUACUUGAUGAAAGACUUGGCCAUAGGAAACCUGGCUACAAAACUUGUAAUAAGCGAAUAACUUUUAGGUAUCAUUUCCUGGCCAAGGUAAGCCUGAAGGUAUUUUGUGGGAUGGGGGCGGGGGGAAUCAGCAAAUGGUAUCUACAUAGUACCUUGCUCUUUACAAAAUGAGACAAGUUGACCCAUUCAGAUACAGCCCAACAGAGAAUUACAUGGUGGUCUAACUCACUGUAAUUCAUGAACACUAGACAGAAAAGCUCAGAGAAAUUUGCAUUUGAUUUUCAGGUAGCCUCAAAUCAAGGCAACUUUCAGGGCCACAUCUGCUUAGUUUCAGCAGUAGAACUGCAUUGUAUACUUUCAUAACCUUACACCCCCAUUUUAGCUGAUAAAAACAGUAAGGAAAAGCUGGAUUAUUUCAGUUGUUGAUUUCUCUCACUGAGGGUAAAGAGCUAGAUGUCACUUCUUUUACUUUUGGCUUUCCUUUUUCCAAAGAUUGUAUUUGGUUAGCUAGUUUGUUCUUAAAUGUCUGGAUCUGUGCCCCCAGCCCCCAGGACAUCCCCGACCAUUGCUUGAUUACCAGAGUAGUGGAACUCUGGCAGUGGCGGGCAUCCCAAAAAGCCACAGAACACAGAAAAAUCUUUAGCAGAGAUUUACUAAGGCUUACAGCUUACAGUUCACUGCUAGAUCACUAGCAAGGUACAACUUGGCUCCUAUUAGAGCAAAAAUCCAGUUUCAGCAUAAAAAGUACACCACACAAAUAUAAAAUGAAAGCAAAGAAUAGAAGUCAGUAGAAGAAAUGAGAGUGAGAAACUGUACACUGACUAGCUGAUAUACCCUUCCCAGUGGCCUUGGCACUAAGGUAAGACUCAGCCUGUAAGCAUACAGCUGUGCUGUGAGAAGAAUGGAAAAUUACAGAUGCGCUAGAAUAUUCUAGCAUGUUCCGGCUUUUACUGGCAACUUCUGCACACACAAAACUUCACUCCAUGACAUGGAGUUAAUUUUCCAGUGAUGUAGAUAACUUCUUUUAGGAACUAUUAUACAUGGGAAAACAAAAUUUAAAUUUCUAACGAGCCUUGUAAUCCCAGUGCAAUUCUGUUCCUUUACUGAGUAUUAUAAUCAAGUCCCAAGUGAAAGAUGAAGGUUUGUGUAUGUAUAUAUAUAUUUUUUUAUAUAUUUGUGUUCACAGGCUUACACACCUCUACCCUGAAGUGACUGUAGGACUGUGUUAAGCAACAUUUACAAAUGUGAUGUACACACAAUGCUACAAAGUCACAUUAUGAAAGGAAGGUUCUGCAUCAUUAUGUCACUCAGUUUUCUUGAACGCAGGACACUGUAGCUUUGGAAGGAGGACUGUUUUGUAUGAUAAUGUAGUUUGUUACAAGAUUAGAAGCUAGCAAUAGGGGGGAAAUAAUAUGUGAAGAUUUUCCAGAAGAUCUGCAUAAUAAAAUGACACUUUUGGAUAACUAUCACCAUGUAUUUCUUAUUAAUAUCCCUGGGGUUUGAAAUCUGCUAAAAGGAGUCAAUUAAAAUUUGAAGGCAUACAAGGGCUUGAAAGUGUGAUAUUUUAGCAUUAACCUAGAAUCAGCUGCUAACUAUCAAUUUGUUUUUCAGGUUUUACACAUUGCUCGUGUUGUCCACAGCUCUUUUUGGGAAGCCCCCUUUCAAGAAUGUAAUUGUAAAUGGCCUAGUUCUUGCCAGGCAAGUAAUAUUGUUAAUAUCUUGCUCUUUCCUGAGGUUCUGCUUGAAAUGUAGUUCUAAGCUGUGUAAUCCUUCAUUGAAUAACCAACCUUAGCUGAAUGACAAUUACUUUACACUGAAAGCCCAAUCCCUUCCAAAAUGAUACAAGUUUAUAUAUCGUUGGGAGUGGGUAGAAUAAAGUAAAAAAGCUCAUUAUCACCCAAGACAUAAAUAUGGCUAGAAAGAACUAUGGUCGUUUCUCCACCUGUUCCAUUGUUCUUCACUUUGCAAUAAGGCUGUUGUGAAAGUAAAUAUAAUCUGCUCUUGAGGGGACUGGCACUUUCUAUCAUAAAAAUAGUAGACUGAUUUCCCAAGAGUAUUUGUAUUAAUUUUGAGAACUUUAUCAGCAAUGCAUACUUUGUCAUAGUUUCCAUCUUUAAUCUUUUCUAGUGAUGGGCAAAAGAUGAGCAAAAGGAAGAAGAAUUACCCGGAUCCAGCAAACAUUGUAAAUUCUUAUGGGGCUGAUGCUCUAAGGUAGGAUCCUGCUAUUGUUUCUCCCCCCCCCCCCGUUUCUAUUAAUGUUUGUGGGUCCUCUGCUUAGGUAUAGCCAGUCAAAAUUUGGCUUUUGCUCCUUGCUUUGGCUGGUGCAGCUACUGCUGUUCAUGCAGUAGCAAUGUGUGUGUGUGUGCUUCUUCUCAGAACUUCGUACAAGAAGGUAGAUACAACCGCAGAACAACUGUAUACAUCUUGAACAAAAAUACUUUUAUAAUAUGCAAAAGGGGGGAGGGAGUGCUGUGAGGCAUCACAAUGGAAUGGUGAAGUUGUCCAGAUUGUAAAAGCUUCCAAAAAGCAUUUGGUUCACCACUGGUAUAAACAGAGUGCUAGACUGAAUGAAGAAUAAUGGAUUGUCCAGUACUGCAAACAAAGUACAAGGCAGGCCUCGCAUCACUGCCAGCUCCUUUUAAUUUCCACAUUGAAAUAUCUGUGUGAAUGUGUGGAUGCAUGCAAAAUCAUCUUAAAAAUACUGAAAAAACAUUAUAGCAAGGACAAUUGGGUUGGUGGUGUGGGACAUUAGGCUGGUUCAUAUGCGCUUACCAGCAUGUUGUGUCUCCGGGGCUCCUGAUUAUACACGUGUGGGUGUCUUCUUGUGCAUAGUCCUUAAGCCUGGGGAUUGUAUUGUAAGUGCCAAAUUGAUUGCACAGCUUAGGUGUCUAUGUGUGGGAAUUUUCAUUCCUAGGCUGUAUAUCCCAUCUCUAGGCUUUCCAGGUCUACACAGCAUUAUAUGGUUAAUUUUUUUCCAGAAGUUGGUAGGCUCUAAACCAAAUAUAUAGCUGAUUGUAUUCUGGAAGCCUUGAAGAACUUGAGCACUUUUUGGUGUGUAUAUGGUUUGAAUUAUUAGCUGUAUUUGUUCACCUUAAAGAACACUGUCUUUCUAAAAUAUAUUUCUGGCAAGAUAAAAUAUUGUAUGUCAGACUUCAGUAAAUUUUAUUUUCUUUACCUAAAUGAAAAUGCCCAGCUCUCAAGAGUAUUCAUUGCUGUCCUCAUUUUUCCAGCAAGAUAAAUCUGUUUUUGCUUUCUGCCUGCCUGCUAUGUGUACACUAAAGUCUUAUUUAUACUUACUCCCACACACAAUGCAAAGUAGUGCUUGCUAGGUUCAUUUAAGGAGAGAGCUCCAGUUCAGAUGUCUGAACUUAUUUGAAGUGCUUGAUGUCAAGCACUUGUGUUCUGUUUAUAGAAUAAACUACUUCUGACUUUCUCGUGGGUUUUUUCUUUUUUACUGAGCUAAUUUAGCUUCUGUGGAAGAAGUUUUUCCCUUUCCCCAUAUGCAAAUUUUGAUUCAGUACUGCAGAAAUAUCCUCUGCAGCUUACUGAUAAAUGUGGUAUUUUUGAACAGCUGCACAUUUAUACUCCUUAAGGAAGUGAAGAACUCUAAAGGAGAGUAACAAGUACUGAGUGAGUUUAUUAGUGGCCUUCUUUUGUCUUUUGGUUCCUUGGCUAAAACUUUGCCUAUUAGGGAUGAGGAAUCUGGUUCUCCAGGUGACAUUGGACUACAGUUCCCGUCAACCCAUCCAUUGGGUGGGCCACCUGAGACUGAUUAGAGUGGGAGUUCAACAGCAUCUGAGGGUAGCGAUAGGUUGGUGAAGAGCAACCAUUUAAUACUCAAUAUUUUAAGAGUUUGGGAUUGUUUUAAAAGGCUAUUUAACUCAAGCCUUUCCCCAUUCAAUUCUGUGCUAUACAACUAAAGUAUAGAUACAGUUAAUGGUUUUGAAAUUUGGAAAACUGACCAUCUCCAUUGGAUUUAAUGAUUGAAGAAGAAGAAGAGUUUGGAUUUGAUAUCCCGCCUUUCACUCCCUUUAAGGAGUCUCAAAGCGGCUAACAUUCUCCUUUCCCUUCCUCCCCCACAACAAACACUCUGUGAGGUGAGUGGGGCUGAGAGACUUCAAAGAAGUGUGACUGGCCCAAGGUCACCCAGCAGCUGCAUGUGGAGGAGCGGAGACGCGAACCCGGUUCCCCAGAUUAGGAGACUACCGCUCUUAACCACUACACCACACUGGCUUGGUAUAUUCUGAGAUCAAAACAAAAUUGAAUGGGGAAAUCUCUCUUCGUUUGAAUAUUUUCUAGUUUGAUAUUUUUGGAGGAUUAUCUCAGAGUUGGAAAAAUGAAUUAUGCACAUUAGCGGACAUGUACUUUCAAAAAUAUAUAUAGCUGAAAUGUGACGUGGAAUCAGAACAUGAAAAAGAGUAGAAGGUUAGAUGAACUCAGGACAUAGGUAAAAAUAUUCCAGUGGAUGUCUGGGAAGAAUUGUGGAACAGUCUCUUGAAGCCCAUUCUUUUGGAAUACAGCUGCAUGGGGAAAAACAACAUUAUAAAAAUGUGUAGCUGGUAAACAAAAUAAGCAGCUACAUGUUCGAAAUCUCGCGGCAGAAAAUGACAACUUUCAUUACAUGUGAUAGGAAAAUUAAGAAACAGCCUUGGCUUUGUUCAGUGUGGUGCAAGAGCAAAAUGGAGCAAAGUGCCUGCAAACUCCUCUCAAAAGAACUGCACACUUAUAGCCCUGGCAAGCCAUAGUUUGGCUUACCAUGUCAUUUAAACUAGGCCACUAACUACAAACCCUGUAUCCCUGUUGUAGGUAGUUUUAACCAUAUUCUUUAGCUUUGGCUGCAAUCUUAUGCAUGCUUUCCUGGGAAUUAGCCCAGUGGGACUUCUAUCCAACUAUACAUACAUAGGGUUGCAUUGUUAAAAUACCAAGGCUCUUGUACAUUAUGCAGAAAAAAAUCAGUUUGUCCAAAAGCCAUCUUGUCAUAUGGAAAUGUGAAAUGAUGGGUGAUGGUAAUUUGAGCACAGUUCUUUAGAAAUGUUUGCUUUCUGAAGAUCUAUUCAGCAGCCUAAUAGAGUAAGAAGAAAGACAGAAAAUAUCCAGCUAAAUUGGACUAAUGCAAGAAAUGGAAAUGCCUUUUUAUGUAGUUGCAGAAUUUUGGGGGUGGGGUGGGGGUUACACCUCUGUUAAUACUGCCAAUUAGAAUUGCCAUUUCAGCAGUGUGAGUUGUAUCUUAGCAACAUCUACAGAUUUCCUGGCACUGAACAAAGUAUUAGGACGUCAACAUUAUUUUGGGUCCUGGGUGGAGGAUUGUUGAAAUUUUAAUUUGUGUGUAUUAAAAAGGGAUCUGGUGUGUUUUCUUUAAAGCCAUGUCCAAAUUUUCAUUACUCUGCUCUGUUUGUGUGUGCUGCUGUAGGCUGUACCUUAUCAAUUCCCCUGUUGUGAGAGCCGAAAACUUGAGGUUUAAAGAAGAAGGUGUGAGAGAUGUACUGAAGGAUGUCUUUUUGCCAUGGUACAAUGCAUAUCGCUUUCUCAUUCAGAACGUUGUCAUUCUGCAACUUAAGGUACAAAACUUUGCACUGUCGAAGAAAGUUGUUUCUCUGGUCAUUACUGUAUUUUGCUUAUCAAUAUGGGAUCUCUAGUCACACGGCAUGCUGCCAAUGUAUGUAGUUAUUCUUCAUGAUAUCUGUCCUGCUCAUCUGGUCAAAUGGGCUCUCAAGAUGGCUCAGGCAACAUGUGUUGGUGCAGUUCGUUGUGGUUGCAGUUUAUCAUUCUUGCAUUUUGUUGGAGCCAGAAAUGUAGUGCUUAUAGUGUCAGACCAUCACUGGGAAGACCCACUUUCAAAUCCCUACUCUGCCAUGAAGAUAAUGUGCUGACCUUGAGUCAGUCACUAUCAUUCUUAAUGCCAUCAUCUAUUUUAUUUUAAAUGUAAUGGGGAAAACUUUUUUUUUGGGGGGGGGAAGCAUCGGCCUUGCACACAGAAGCUUCCAGGUUCAAUACUUGGCAUCUCCAGGUAGGGCUGCGAAUGUCACCUGUCUGAAAAUUUAGAGAACCAAUUGUGUAGAUACACAAUUCUGACCUAAAUAGACUAAUGUUCUGAUUUGGUAUAAGGAAGCUUCCUGCUUUUCUGUGAAACUGAACUCUCUCUCAGCCUAACCUAAUUUACAUGAUUUUUUGGGAGGUCAAAUGUGAGCAGAGGUUCAGGAAGAGUUGUUUAUACCACCCUGAGCUUCUUAGAAGGUGAGGUUAAAAGUUUAAAAAUGUUAAAAAUUGAGGGAGGGGAGGGAAACUCAAACUCAAGUAGCCCGAGUCGGUAUUAAUUAUGCAGUUUGAGAGUGUAGUCGCAGACAAAAAAUUAUAGGCUGCAAUUUAUGCCCACUUGCAUUAUUGCAAUAAUGCAUUAUUGCAUUAUUAUGCCACUGGCAUUAUUCUAAGAAUCUGAUUUAGAGUUCACUUGUAUUGGGGAGCUGUUCAGUUUAUUGGUACACCAAUGGCUUCUGAAAUGCUAAUUUACAAGAGUAAUAGUAACUAAAGUUAAAAAAUUCUAAUGUCAGAAAUUUCUGAUUUGAUGGCACUGUAUCUCUCUGUAUGUCUUACACUUUUUAUGAAGCCCAGUUUAUAUUCCUAACACUUGCAAAAACUGCUAGUUUAAUGGCAUCCAUUACUAUUCUAGGUUGGAGGACAGUGCUCUGAGGAAAGCAGAAUGGGAAUGGAAAGGAAUAUUUGAUAAACAUUUUUUUUCCUCAUCCCUGUUUCAAAUGUGAAAUGUUUAGGUUAAGAAUGUGUAUUCUUCAUUUAACUUAUGUUCCAAAGUCUAUGGUCCUCAUUGUCAAGAAACAUUUCAUUUUAUCCAGUGGGAUUUAAUAAAUCUGUAAUCCUCCUGUAAUAUAUAUUCUACAUAAAAAGUGGUAAAAAAGGCAAUACAGUAUUUAGGAUUGCGUUUAAUUCGUUGGAUUCCAAGAACAGCAAUAUAUCUCUUCUAUAUGUAAUAAUCUCUAGUCAUUGAUACCAGCUUAUUUGAAGCGGUUCAUAACUUUUACAAAGUACACUUGGCAACCUGAGGGAAGACUUCUGACUUGUCAGCGAUACAAAUUUCAAAACUCUUCUGGUCAGUCAGUACUUAAAUCUUAAUCUGUUCUCUCAGCAACGGUUUCUAAAUGGUUGCCUUUCAAAUAAUUUACUUGAAGAGAGAACACGGGUCCUUUGAAGUUUGGUUCUUUGGUAAGGAAAGUCUCAACAGAUACAUUAUCUUAGUGAAUACACUAUGUUUCCGAUGGGAAAUUGAUAACUUGAAGAGCUUAUAAUUACUCACCUCUCAUGAUACAUGAGCUUUUCAAACCACCAUGGAGCCCUUGCUAUUAGAAGCAAUAAAGGCAGCAGACUUCAAUAAAUAGUAAUGGAAAUUGGUUUACAUUUUUAGCAGUCACCUCUGUAAGGAGCGCUUUGGAGCUGCAUAAUUAAUCAGCUAUUUCUGAGGGUCCCCAGACAAUGUUCCUAAUACUGUUCUUCAAACUGCCCUAAUAUUUUACAUACUCUGAACUUAGUUUUGGUGCCACUGUAUUGUUCUUGUGGUAUUGAGUUCCUGGGAGAUGUAUUUGCUGUUAUGGGCCCUGAGUGGGGAGGGCUGGUUGAGCCAACAGAGAGAAGAGGAGUUGCAGAUAGAUGACCUGGGAAGGAAUCUAGUGGGCUAGGAAGGUCUUUGCUCAGGUCAGGAGAACCCAAGGUAGAGGAUACUAGAGAGCAUUCUAGUGGUGGUGAGUUUCUCUCACCCUGUACCUGCAACUUGAGGCAUUGGCUCCUUUUUCUGAGUUGUAGGAAGCUGGUUCUGGCUUGUCCACUUAUCGUGCCACUAACUCUGCCUCUGAAGUUGCCAGAAACCACAUAUAGUGUUGCCUGUCCCAGGGAGGUUGCUGCCUUACCUGUCCCACGCGCCUCUUAUGAGGCAGUGGUGCCCCCUCCAUCGCCUAGACCAUGGAGAUGCCAGCACAAGCAAUGAACAGUUGGGGCAGGUUCAGCCUUUGCAGAGAAGUGCCAGGUUGCUUGCCCACUCUAAGGACUAGAACCGUUUGCUGCGCCAAGUUGUCCCCACCCCAUUCCCUGGCAUUUCAGUGGGGUAUUGUUGUUGGAUCCGUGUCUUUGCUUGUGUAGUUGUGGGCAGCACCUGCUGUGCCUUUGAACCACAUUACCUCAUUUUGUCCGUGCAUCGCACUGAUCAAAGCAUUAAAGGCUUUGGUGGAAACCACAACCUGAGUUAAGAGUUCUUCAUCAAAUGGGAGCCAGGACUUUUGCAUAACUAAGUUGUGCUGGCAACUGCACAAAUAGGAAGCUCUCCCCUCCCUUAAGUUAUAGCAAUGUGGCUCAACAUUGUUCAAGGGUCUCUGUGUAUAUAGCAUUAAGGUGAAUAGUGCCAUAAAGAGGGCUUCUGACCACUCCCUCAUUUCAUGCAAGGAGCAAGCAGUAAAUCCUGGCAAAUGUCUCUACAUUGCAUUUAACCUUUUAAGCUUGCUUUGAAAUUACCGUCUGCUAAACUAUUUAUAAAAUGUUAUUAUGUACCAUAGUACUAAAGUGAAGUGCUUUGUUCCCUGCUAAUGGGAGCAAAGUCCAAAUGAGAGGUCCUCAAAUGAGAACCCAGAAAGCAGCUAUUUUUUGACUGAAGCGCUUUUCAAAUUAUCCUACCUUAUUAAAGCAAUUGAAACUAUUGCUAUGUGAUACACUUGCCAAGAAAUUUGAACUGAUGGUAUCAUCCUGAAAACUACUACCCUCUCAGUGCAGCAUGAUAAGGUGAACAGACUCUCGGAGUGGCAUUCACCCCAGAUGGCUUUGUCACAGAAAGAGAAUAAAUCUGCAAAUAGCUGUUGUGUUUGCCUGCAUGAGAACAUGUCUAAUGAAUGAAUAACAUUUGCAACUGACUUCUUGAAUGACCCAUGAACUGCAGGAGUUCUCUUUUCACUUGACAUUGUUGCACAGUCAGAGGCAAUACUGGUCUGUACUACUGUAGUACACCAACUGAAAUUGGAAGAAUUAGGGUGUGAUCUUGCAGCUGACAUAAGUGCAGCUCUGCUGGUGAAGAGGAAAACCUGAUGGCAGGAUGGCACUUACAUCACUACAGUCCCUGGUAGGCAUGCGGAAAGCUCAGCAGGCAUGUUCGGCCUACUCGUUAUGUUCUGCCAGAUGUGUGAGCCAAGCAGAGUGUUCUUGGAUGGUGAGGCUGUGGACUUGUAAGAUCCUCAGUCACUACACUCCCCUGACAUGCACCUAAAUAGAUCCCAAAACUACAUCACCCCCUGAGCUGGCUUAGUUAAUAUCUUCCUUUUGCAGUAAAUAGAAGGGGAAGUGUGAGGAGAAAACAAGGGGAAAGAAAUAAAAAAAUUGCUCCCCAACCACCUAUAAUGUUGUUAUGGUUACCCCAACCACAGAUUCUUUCCCACCUCCACAACAUAUUGCUCUGGCUCAAGUUAAAUCUCUUUUUCCACCUCCAUAUUCAUAGGAAGAUGGAAAGGAAUUCCUUUACAAUGAGAAUACAGUUAAAGAAAGCAACAAUAUCAUGGAUAAAUGGAUUCUUUCCUUUGCACAGUCACUCAUUCAGUUCUUCAAAGCAGAAAUGGCAGGUGCGUAUGCUUCCUCCAAUUUCAGGAUUCUAAUUACAUUCAUGUUGGUGCUGCAAGAUUAUACAGUAGAAAUAUACUGAUUUCUGUAUCCGUGGUUUUAUUUACUUUUUGUGGGUUGUGUGAUGUGGAUUCAUUGAAAUAACUGGGUCCUAGUUAGUUAUGCCUAUUCAUUUCAGUGCAUCUACUUAGAGUAGGACUAACUUUGGAUAAAACCCAAUGUUUGUUUACAGAUUUGAACAUUUUUGCUCUCUUAGUAUGAGUUUGAAACUAGGGUUUGAAAAGGGAUUUCUUAACUAUGGAUAACAUGAAUAAGGGACUCAUAGUCAAAUCCAUUCUUUCUUUAUAGUGAUACAUUUUUAAUGUUGUUAAGGUAUUGUCACAGGCUCCAGGUGGUUCUUAUAUCUUCAAGAUUUUGAUAAGAAAAAGAGACUGAAGCCAAAAGGUUAAUGGGACAUUACAGCUUGCUAUUUCCUCUCUCAUUUUCAGCCUACAGACUGUACACGGUAGUUCCUCGUCUCGUUAAGUUUGUAGACAUUCUUACCAACUGGUAUGUCAGAAUGAAUCGCAGGAGGUUAAAGGUAUGUGACUUCUGUUUCCAGGGUGUAUUCAUGAGAGGUGGAAGUAGUUUGCUCCUGAGUUAAUUCAGGUUCCCUUUAAAGCUGAGUACUUUGUUGAUUUGUGUGUUGAAGAUCAAUACCAUUUUGUGUAAUUAUUGGUCUAAUCUCUCUUACAUCUAUGACUACUUCUUGAGUAGGGUGAAAAUGGAACAGAUGACUGCAUUAUGGCCUUAGAAACCUUAUUCAGCGUUCUUCACUCUAUGUGCAGACUUAUGGUAAGAAUUAACAACUGUACAGUUAUUCAUCUGGGAUGCGGGUAGCGCUGUGGCCUAUACCACUGAGCCUCUUGGGCUUGCUGAUUGGAAGGUCGGCAGUUCGAAUCUGGGUGAGCUUCUGUUGCUCUGUCCCACCUCCUGUCAACCUAGCAGUUUGAAAGCACAUCAGUGCGAGUAGAUAAAUAGGUACUGCUGUGGUGGGAAGGUAAACAUCGUUCCUCUGUGCUCUGGGUUCCAUCACGGUGUUCCGUUGCACCAGAAGCCGUUUAGUCAUGCUGACCACAUGACCCAUAAAGCUGUCUGUGGACCAACGCCGGCUCCCUUGGCCUGAAGCGAAAUGAGCGCUGCACCCAGUGCUAGAUUUACAUAUAAGCUAAACAAGCUAUAGCUUAGGGCCACACUCUCUUGGGGCCCCCCAAAAAAAUUAAAGGAAAAAAAACUGGAUGUACAUUUCCAAAAUAUAAGAUAAAAAACAAAUAAAAUAAAACCUACAUACAGCAACAGUGUUUUGUGUUGUGUAGACUCCUAUGAUGUAAGUAAUGGGCCCCGCCUGCUAGCCCGCUCCCUAAAAUAUCACAUAUAAAGGGCCCCAUUACCUUCAGUAGCUUAGGGCCUCAUCAAACCUAAAUUCGGCCCUGACCGCACCCCAUAGUUGCCUUUGACCAGACUUAACUGUCCAGGGGUCAUUUACCUUUUACCUUACCUUACAGUCAUCCUCUUACAGAUUUAGGUACAGAAGCGUUGCUUUUUGAUAUAGCCCCAUGAAGCUCCUGGCAGUCAGCUUGUAACACAGAGAGGGUUCUUGCUAGGGCUGCAUGUGGGUUAUGAUUCUGCAGGAGCACAUAAUGUGGGGCUGGGGCAGAAUCCAGCUCUCAGACAGUCUCUGAUUUAAUUAAGGGAAGGAGAGUGAGGGCAAGUUUCUUUAGUCAGGAAGAAAUGCCUGGCUGUGUCAGGACUGUGCCUGGUGAAAUCUCAGUAGUCAGAAGGCUUGGAAGGUUCACUGUCUCCUGGUGUGAAAGGACAAGGACUAAGACAGUGCAUGCUAAGAUGCACUUGACUUGAAUGCUAUUCACUUUCUUUCAUUCCUCUGUUCUCUGAGGGCGUCUAGAGAGCUUAAGAGAUAUAGGUUGCCUUCCUGGUCUCUGAGAUGAGCUAUUUUCUUUGUUUAAUACCUAUCUGUAAAAAGGCCAGGUAAGAAGUACAGUCAUCAGGUGGUAUUAGACCUUGUAAUUUUGUUAUUUUGAUUAGCCAGAGGAAGUUGUUCAACUGGAAACAGUUUCCUGAUUGAACUCUGUAGCUGGUACAUUUUUGACAGGAAACUGUGCAUGAAAACUUGCAUUAUAGUAACAGAGAAUAUCUUGGGCUAUAUCCAACAGAAUUCUGUGCAUACAACAAAACUUCUUGUUCUCUCUAGCCCUCUGCAUACUCUUAAGACUCCAACUCUGAAGAGUUGGAGGAUCCUCCGGAGCAGAUUUGCAGUGGCGUAGAGGAAGAGAGGGAACGGAAGUCUUCUUGUAUAAGUGAAACUUUGCUUGUGCAGUGUUGGAUACAACCUAAGAGUUUUAGCAAUUUAUAACGCAUUUGUAAUUACUUCAAAAUAUAGAAUAGCCAAGUAAUGAAAAAUUGUCAUUCCAGGCACCUUAUACUCCAUUUAUCACUGAACUGAUGUACCAGAAUUUGAAGACUCUUAUUGAUCCUGCCUGCAUUCAGGAGAAGAACACAGAUAGCAUUCACUACCUCAUGGUUCCUCAAGUUCGGUGAGCAACUCAGUCAAUUGUAGUGGAUGCCCAAGUUUAAGGUUUUAUGGGUCAAAGCCAGCACUUUGAAUUGGACUCUGAAACAAUUGGCAGCCAGUGCAGUCAGGUCAGGAUCGGUGUAGUAAGCUCAAACUGUCUUGUCCCAGUGAGUAACCUGGCUGGCAAAUUGCGCACUAGCUGUAGUUUCUGAACCGUAUUCUGAGGCAGCCCUCUCUCUUAUGCUUUACCUAUAAGGCAAAAUAUUAGAGUUCUUAAAACAUGUUUUUCCAAAUCCAGUUGUAAAACUGCUGUAGAAUCUGCAACUUUAUUAAAUACCCGUACCUGAUGCUGAAUUGUAGACUGAAGAGGGUGGUAAUUCUGUAUUGUGGUUCCAUAGAAAACCAGUUCUGAUAAAUACUGGAAAGGAGUAGAUGAAAACAUUUUACAAGGUGUAAGCAGCAGCCAGAGAAAAGGUUUUAGUGAUCAAUACAAUUGAAGGAAGAAAAUACGUUUAUAUAUUGGUUUUUUUGAUGUUCUGACCAUGUUGCAGUUUGCAGUUUAGCAGAAGCCCCAACAUUUGUUUUCUGGAUAUGGUUGGCUAAUAGGUUUGGAUAUGCUUUGAAUAUUUCUUGUUUUCACUUGGGGGAACUGUUUUUGGUAUCUCAAACAGUUUAGAGGUAUAUGAGUUAAAUCUCUUCUAUCAAAGCUGUGGAUUUUACAGGGUGUAAAGGUUCUUUUGUUUGUAGCACAGAAGGUACAUUGUCAUUACAAAUGCCCUUGAACUAGUAUUUUGAAAGGCACAUUAGAAAGAUGUUCAGUUAUUUAUAGGAAUCUAACUUAAUUUUUUUUAGUCCCAGGUGCCACCUUGUUCUGUCCAAUUAAUGAUGCCAAAGAUAAAUGUGAUUUGUGAAUGUAAAUUACAUUAAAAAAUACUGCAGAUUGACUUGCUUUGUUGGAGAGUUUAUUUGUUUUUAAUAGCCAGUCUCUAGUGAAGCAGUUUUUCCACCUCCCAAAAGCUUUGUAGUAAUUACUGAGGCGUUGGUAUACCAUUUCCCCCUGUUUCUGUACUGUAUGAUGGACUUGCCCAUGAUGGAAAGCAGUUAGGCUGCACAUGCCAUGGUUGUCAGGCUAAAGGUUUAAAUUUUAUUUUGCUUUCCUUUGGGCAGCUUUAAGUAGUUAAGUUUAUCAUUUUUACUGUCUCCAUUGUUGAAAUGAGAAUGUGUCAGGUUUCCUGAAUUCUCUUACAAACUAGCUGUUCAGUAUUUGCUUGAUGUGUGUACUGAGGGAAUUUCAGUGUGUUUCUAUCCUUCCUUACUGCACAUAGUUUCAAGGCUUUAAGGUUAAAUAAUUAAAUAUAAAAACUAUUAAAAUGUAUUUUUAAUAUAAAAUAAUAAGACGAUGGACCCAACAUAAGCAUGAGCAUCAGUUAAGUUAAUGCAUUAAAGCAGCACUAGAAUCUGUAGCAUUUAUCUUUCCACCCAGUGUCUAAAAGAGUGGAUCUUAGGUAUGUGGUCCAGGGGUUGAAGGUCCAAUCAUUGGCCCAUUCAUCUGGCUUCAGCAGAGAGUCUCCUCAGAUGGUCUCAAGGAAUGAGCAGGUUCUAGGUCCAUAUUUUGGUAACCUUACACCAGGGGUGGGGACUGUUGGACCCUAGGGCUGAAUAUGGCCCUCUAGGCCUCUCUGUCCAGUUCUCAGUACACUUCAUAGGCCACACCACCCUCCCCAUCAGCAGGUACGACUCCAUACCUUCCUCAUGUCUGGAAUGUGUUCUUGAACUUUGAAUUGUGGCAACGUUUCUUGCUUGCCAUGAUGGAGAGAUGUGUGUGGAUGUAGAAACCUCCUCCUUUCGUAUGGCUAGAAUGUAUUGCCUGCUGUACAAAGGGAAAGUGUUGCAUCCAUUGCACUAUAUCACUUUUUUUUACCUUUGGCCCAAUCCACCACUGGCAGGAAGGCGCUAGAGGUGAGGUUGCCUUUCAGACUGCAGAAUGUUCCUCACUCCUAUCUUACACUUUAAACACUGGGGAACAAAAGAUUAUCAAGCAAAUGAAGAUGGCUUUGUUGCCUCAUUGUGAAUUCUGAAAUAAGCCCUAUAGGUACCAGUUACUUUACAGAACUUGGCUUGGUUAGAAUCUCAUAAUUCUGUUUCCUGUUCAGCUGUGUGGAAUUUUGAAUAGCAAGCAAGUCCCAUUUUCAUACAUCCAAACUUUUAUUUUAAGGCUCGUCCAUAAUUUGUUUCUUUUGUAUGUGUAAGUCACCGUUCCAGUCUGCUUCUCAUCUUCAUUUUUGGAUAGUUUUAUUUGCUAGACAGAUCAAUAAUUUUCUAAUUUAAGUUAUGGUUAAUGAAUGAAAUAAGAGGCAUUGGACUCUCUCAUAAAUAUGAUGGAUUUUUUCCUGUAUUGUCUGGUGAGUGACCAAUAAAAGCAUUGAUUGCCAAUGAAAGGCUAUUCAUAUUUCAGUGGUCAGGCUUAACCUCCAGAAUUUUUACUGGUUGCAAUUCCUUUUAAUAUUUAGCAACUUAGUUACUAGAAUAUUACUUAUUUACCCUCCAUGUGACAUAAAGUUUUCUGAAAUAAGUAAAAAAUAAUAAUUGAAAUGCAAAAUAAAACAUAAAACCAUUAAAAAGCGGGGGAGGGGGAUGCUACAUAAAUAACGCAAACCAUAACUUGCCACACACUGAAAAUCCAAACAGAUUAAAAAGGAAAACACAGUCCCAAGGCCCAGAUUUUAUCAAUUUCAAAGGCAACCUAUCCUGGACAGGCUAUUCCAUAACUGGAGUGCCCGUGAUAAAAGGGCCCUCUUCCUGAUGACUGCCCACCUUGCUUCAUUUUAUGGGGUCACUCUGAGCAGGACUGCCAAAGAAGAUCAAGCUUUGGGUAGAUACAGAUGGGAGGAGGUGGUACCAAUCUGUCUAGGGAUUUUAAAAUUAAAACUCGCAUAGACUUGGGAGCCCAAUGCAGCUGAUAAAACCCUCUUGUAAUAUGGCCCAGUCCUGGCUUGCAGCCCUGUUCUGCACAAGCUGCUGUUUCUGAACUGCUUUUAACAAGAGUAUCAGAAGCAAAUUGGCAAUAAAGUGAUAAAACAACCAUUAAGCUAUGUCUUAAAAGCUUAAAAGUGAAAAAAAUAUUCACUUAGCACCUAAAAGCUAAUAAAGUAGAAGCUUCUGGUACAGUAGGGCAGAACCUUCCGCCUGACACCGACAUCAUUGCUGCUUACCAGAGUGGGAGCAGGGCAGCAGUGUAGGUGCCCUGGCAGGAUCACUGGAUUGGCACAGCUGCUGUGUUAGCAGAGCUCUAAUCUCAGCACUGCUCACACUGUCCUGGUAAGUGGCAGCGAUUACAUUUUCAGGAGGGCAGCUCUGUGGCAUCACCCCACCCCACCAGCUGCUCCUAGUUUGUCCUAAUAAUUUAAUGGAAUAUGUUAGGCAGAAAGAGAAUGUGACUUGCUCUUUGUUGUUGUUGUUUAGUUGUUGUGUCCGACCCCUCGUGACCCCAUGGACCAGAGCACGCCAGGCACUUCUGUCUUCCACUGCCUCCCGCAGUUUGAUCAAAAUCAUGCUGGUAGCUUUGAGAACACUGUCCAGCCAUCUCGUCCUCUGUCGUCCCCUUCUCCUUGUGCCCUCCAUCUUUCCCAACAUCAGGGUCUUUUCCAGGGAGUCUUCUCUUCUCAUGAGGUGGCCAAAGUACUGGAGCCUCAGCUUCAGGAUCUAUCCUUCCAGUGAGCACUCAGGGCUGAUUUCCUUAAGAAUGGAUAGGUUUGAUCUUCUUGCAGUUCAUGGGACUCUCAAGAGUCUCCUCCAGCACCAUAAUUCAAAAGCAUCAAUUCUUCGGCAAUCAGCCUUCUUUAUGGUCCAGCUCUCACUUCCAUACAUCACUACUGGGAAAACCAUAGCUUUAACUAUACGGACCUUUGUUGGCAAGGUGAUGUCUCUGCUUUUAAGAUGCUGUCUAGGUUUGUCAUUGCUUUUCUCCCAAGAAGCAGGCGUCUUUUAAUUUCAUGACUGCUGUCACCAUCUGCAGUGAUCAUGGAGCCCAAGAAAGUAAAAUCUCUCACUGCCUCCAUUUCUUCCCCUUCUAUUUGCCAGGAGGUGAUGGGACCAGUGGCCAUGAUCUUCAUUUUUUUGAUGCUGAGCUUCAGACCAUAUUUUGCGCUCUCCUCUUUCACCCUCAUUAAAAGGUUCUUUAAUUCCUCCUCACUUUCUGCCAUCAAGGUUGUGUCAUCUGCAUAUCUGAGGUUGUUGAUAUUUCUUCCGGCAUUCUUAAUUCCGGCUAGGGAUUCAUCCAGCCCAGCCUUUCGCAUGAUGAAUUCUGUAUGUAAGUUAAAUAAGCAGGGAGACAAUAUACAGCCUUGUCGUACUCCUUUCCCAAUUUUGAACCAAUCAGUUGUUCCAUAUCCGGUUCCAACUGUAGCUUCUUAUCCCACAUAGAGAUUUCUCGGGAGACAGAUGAGUUGAUCAGGCACUCCCAUUUCUUUAAGAACUUCCCAUAGUUUGCUGUGGUCGACACAGUCAAAGGCUUUUGCAUAGUCAAUGAAGCAGAAGUAGAUGUCUUUCUGGAACUCUCUAGCUUUCUCCAUAAUCCAUGUUUGCCAUUUGGUCUCUGGUUCCUCUGCCCCUUCGAUAUCCAGCUUGCACUUCUGGGAGUUCUCGGUCCACAUACUGCUUAAGCCUGCCUUGUAGAAUUUUAAGCAUAACCUUGCUAGCGUGUGAAAUGAGUGCAAUUGUGCGGUAGUUGGAGCAUUCUUUGGCACUGCCCUUCUUUGGGAUUGGGAUGUAGACUGAUCUUCUCCAAUCCUCUGGCCACUGCUGAGUUUUCCAAACUUGCUGGCAUAUUGAGUGUAGCACCUUAACAGCAUCAUCUUUUAAAAUUUUAAAUAGUUCAGCUGGAAUAUCAUCACUUCCACUGGCCUUGUUAUUAGCAGUGCUUUCUAAGGCCCAUUUGACUUCACUCUCCAGGAUGUCUGGCUCAAGGUCAGCAACCACACUACCUGGGGUGUACGACACAUCCAUUUCUUUCUGGUAUAAUUCCUCUGUGUAUUCUUGCCACCUCUUCUUGAUGUCUUCUGCUUCUGUUAGGUCCUUGCCACUUUUGUCCUUUAUUAUGGUAAUCUUUGUAUGAAAUGUUCCUUUCAUAUCUCCAGUUUUCUUGAACAGAUCUAGUUUACUCUAUAAGUUUCAUGGCUGAGCAUGAAGAUUCGAACCCAGGCUCCAUAGUCCCAAGUCCAUCACUCUAUCCACCACGGUGCACUGACUCUCAAAUUGGCAUUUGUGUUCGGUGCAAUCUUUAAGAUGGUAAAAAUGCUGUUUCUGGAAAUUCUGCCAUACAAGAGAGUCCCAGCAAAGGGCUUUUUCUUUUCAGGCUGGUUUUAAAUGUAGGUUAUUAUUUUAAAAGGGGUUAGCUUCAUAUGCAAAACAUACGAAGUUUCAUAGAAUCAUAGAGUUGGAAGAGACCACAAGGGCCAUCGAGUCCAACCCCCUGCCAAGCAGGAAACACCAUCAGAGCUCUGAAGUUUCCAUUUUUCCCCCCUUUGAAUCUAGAGAGGAUCUGAUUGACAAAAAUAUAGAAAGUGCCGUUUCCCGAAUGCAAUCUGUUGUUGAGCUUGGACGGGUAAUCAGAGACAGGAAAACCAUUCCAGUAAAGGUAAGAUGUUUUUUUAAUUUAUCUUACAUCAAUAUCCCAUAAGCACUUAUUGGUUGUGACAGAGAAAUGCAUAGGUAAAUCAAUGAAUUCCAGAAAAUGAACUAUAAGGAUAUCUGUUAAAUAGCCAUGGUUUAAAUAGCCAUUUUGCAAUAGAUCUUGGGUACCUUUUUCCAGACUGAUGAUGUUGAAUUUAAUUUCAGUAUCCACUGAAAGAGGUGGUGGUUAUUCAUCAGGAUCCCCAGGCGCUGGAAGAUAUCAAGUCCUUGGAAAAGUAUAUACUUGAGGUAAGAUAGAAGAGCAGAAGGCAUUGCUGCUAGAACUUAAGUUCUUAUUGGUUUUAAUUCACGUUGAUGCCACGUUUUUUGCCUUGCAAGUCUGUCAGCAUAACAGCACACCACAUGAUCCAGCCUGCACAAGAGAGUGGCAGAUGUGGACAUUGCCCUUGCAACUUCGUUGAGAACGUUUUUGCUUAAAAUGAGGUGCUGCUUUGCCACCCUGGGCUCCUUGGUGGUGGGAAUAUAAAUUCAGUUAAAAAUAAAACAGAGUGGGUUGUAUCCAACCAAGCUGCCCUGUUAGGAAAGGACUUCCACCCACUGGCAGAGGAAGGGGUGUGUGGUGGGUGCGGUCCACCCUGGGUGUCAUCCCUGAGGGGGAUGAAAUUGCCCCCCUGCCCCCCGGGAUGCUCACCCCACCCCUGGGGGCAGCUAGCCCCGCCCCUGGGUGUAUAGCAUGUGCACCGCUCCGGGUGCCGGAGUCGCUAGCUCCGCCUCUGCUUCCAUCCGCACAAGGGGACUGCUUCCCGAUCUGUUCUGGGGGGUUUUCUCAAUCCUCUGAAGCAGAUUUGGAGCAAGGAGUGGGAAGAAUAGAAGGAAGGAGAAGACCACCCAUUUGGCAGGUGGAAGUCCUUGUGUGUUGGGCUGAGUUUGUUGGAUAUCUCUUUCACACACAUACACAUACCUUCUGACUCAACCUUUGGAUUUCAUUUGACCCAGGACUACAGUUGUCUGCUGCUUGAUCUUGGCUUAGCUUUGGACUACCCUUGUUAUUGCUCAAUGCUGUCAUGUGUUGGACUUGAGCCUGCAGCGGACUUUUGUGUGUUGUCUUACUCCAGUCAAGCUCAGGCACAGAGACCUAACUCAGUUGGAGUAGGAGAAAGUAUCAAGAUCUAUGUGUAGGCAGGGGUUAAGCAAACACAUGCUUUCUUGAGAAAAAAGAUGUCAUUGCUGAGUACUCUUGCUUACAUAUGAAGACUGCAAGGACCAAACUAAGCAGAGGAUAAAGUGUGACAUCUGUAUAUUAUGUAUAAUACAGUUGACUUUUGACCACAAAUAUGUUUUGGAGAUAAAUACUUCAUGAUCAUUGAUCAUUCACAAAAUCAUGAAAAAGGAUUGUCUUGAAGCAUCGCAGUAUCAUUUUUCAUUAUGCCUUUCUGAAGAAGCUGCCCUCCUAAACCGUCUCAUUCCACUAAGCUAACUUCAAAAGGCAGUUUUGGAUUUUGGUGCAAAAUAAGUUUUUUUAAAAAAAGAAGCUGUUGGUAUGGAUGUGGUGGCUUUCCUUGAGUUUCCCGGUGAAAUGGGACAAGGUAGAGAACCUAAGUAACACUCCUGCUCCGUGGCUGCUUAUGGGUGUCUGUGGACCUGCUUCCACCUGCAUCCCUUUGGAGUGUGGCUGAUGGAACCGCAAGAGAAGCCACUCGCUUGUUGUGUAAAACCUUGUUGCUGUCAGUUGACAUUCUUUUUGAUUCCAAUACCAAUUGCGAAAGCACAGUUCAUUAAACAGUAAGUGGAAGGAAGAUUAGUAUGUGGACUUUCAUGUUGAAAAAAAGAAGAGAAAAAAAGAAAUGAGAUGGAAAGAAAGCACAUAAAAUGUUUUGAUUGUUUUGUACUAGUAAAUUGCUUUCAGCUAAGUGUUGCUUUAGAGAGCUGAUAGUGAACUGUUCUGCUCUGGAAAUGGAGCCAAUUUUAUCCUUUAUCUAUUUUAGAGAUUAAAGUGUGGCUUGCCAGACAAAGUGACCCCUUGUGUGGUUUCGUGUAUUGGAUUCUUAGAACUCAAUGCCUCGUAAAAGACAUGGAACUCUUUAUAAUAUUGUAUGUACAUUUGUUUGGCCAGACAAAAGGUCUCCCAGGCUUCCUACGAACAAGAGCAACACAGCAGAAGUAUGCUAGAAAAGCUUUCAGAUGCAAAAUAGGAAAGGUGGUUUAUUUUAUCAGACCAUCUCCUGUUUGGUUUGUACGAUUGUAUUUAACACCAACGUUGCAUUGGAUGGAAUUAAACAGUAGAUAGUUCUUAGUUACUGAAAAGUGUUCACUAUUUAGGAAAAUAUUAGUCUGGGGUUAGUUCAAGGAGGAAAAGAGGCCUGGCUUAAUAACAAGACAAAAGAGCCAAGGACAAGGGCUGAAUGGAAUAGGAGUGAUCUCAAAGGGUUUAUGGGUUGUGGAGUGAGGAAACCUUGAGUAGAGUAGGACUGGGGUCUUUAGAAGGUGUAUGGUGGAAACUCAGGGGUGGGAAUAGGUAAGGAUGUUUGGAUAAUACUUUGGUGGGAGAACUUUUUCUUAUUUAAUAGCAUGAAUGGGAGCUCUAUUUAACUUGCUCUUCUGUACAGCAAAGUAUUUUUGUAUAGCAUAACAAUCUAAAAUGACUUAAUCAUAGUACUGUUCAAACUUCAAGCGCACAUAUAUCAAAAUAGCAGACAGCUGUUUUUUGUUUGUCCUACUCUCUGUAAUAUUUUGCCAUUCAGCCUGUAAAAUGGUUUGUUAAUCAUGACUUCAAGUGAUGAUUAUUUUUUAAACUAUUUUUUUCCCCAUUUUAUUACUUUUUUGGGAAAUGCACAGGAACUGAAUGUCCGUCAAGUGACAUUAUCAACUGAGAAAGAUAAAUAUGGGAUCCGCCUAAGAGCAGAACCUGAUCACAUGGUGCUUGGGAAGCGUCUGAAAGGUGCCUUUAAAUCUGUUAUGGCUGCUGUGAAGGAAUUGAAAAGUGAGCAGUUGGAAGAAUUCCAGAAGACUGGUUAGUAUCAGUGGAGUAUGUGUAGUUUGUCAGAAAAGUGUGAUGACCUUGGAAACAGACACAAAAUAAUUUUUAUUUUAAAGUAUGGAAACCAAUCCAUUUAGCUGCUUGGUUUUCUUUUCUAGUCUAAAAGCAAAAAGGCAGAGAUUUAAAAGCUAUUUCUCUUGUUAGUAUAUUGUCAAAUGUUUAUAGGUUCCAUAAACAUAUUGGAAAAUAACUGCAAAGAGGAGAAAGGUUAAAUCAAUUCUGCAAAACGAGGAAAUGUUCAGGGAAGCGCUUAGUCAGGGGUCUAAACGUCUAUAAAAGAAUCCAAACUACCUUGAGUAGAAAAUGUUUUUAUACUUCUCAUAUUUUGCUUUGAAUGUUCUUUGGAUGGUCUAAGUUUUCAGAACCUGGAACACUUUGUUCCAGUUAUUCUGCCAGAGACUGAAGAGUUGGAAACUGGAUUUUCAAAGUUACUGAGGGAAUUUUGACAGGCGGGAGACCCCAUCCUCCUGUAAAUUUCUGAUAAACAUCUGGCCCAUGGAGCAAAAAUGUUUGUUCUAAACACAAGAAAGUCAGAGAAAUACAUUGAUAUGGAUGUUGUCAUUCAAACAAGAGACAGAAAACAUCAGUACAUUGAAAUGUUGAUUAAUUGCACGUUUUUGAAAGCUUGGAACACUUGCUUAAUAUAAAAUAGGUAAUUCUCUGGUUUAAAUGAAUCAGGCACCAUUGUUGUAGAAGGUCAUGAACUGCAUGAAGAAGAUCUCCGUCUGAUGUACACCUUUAACCAGGCUGAAGGAGGAUCUGCCCAGUUUGAAGCACAUUCUGAUUCUCAGGUAUCAAAUGUAGUGAUCAGUGACGAUGGUGGGAAAUCCAGAUGUUCAUGUUGCUAGCACUAGUUGCUGUGGAUCAGUGCCUCUGCAAUAUAGAACCUCUACCAUACCAUUUUGGCAUAUCUGCUCGAGAUGGCAGGAAACAGUGAUCCAAAGAGUUGCUUAGGCUCAUGCAAGGAUUUUGAACUAACCCAGGGGAAUGUUUGACAUAGAGCAGUUGGCUUCUGUUCCAUAUCAUAAAUGGACAUAAUCGUAUUAUAGCAGUUGCAGGAAGUGUAGAACUGAGCAGAUAAAUUAAAGAAGAGCAGAACAAAAAAUUGGCUGGAAUUUGGAGAAGGAGCUGUGCCAUUAGCAGCAAUAGCUUAAAUGAGGAGGAGCGCUUUGCAAGUCUAAGCAAUGACGUCCUCAGAGAAGUGUCCUCCAUAAUAACUGCAGGACGUUAACUGUUUUUUCUGAUCCUGUGGCUGGCUAUUUCACUUUCAAGUAGCUAUGCCCAGCUAAAAUCUAAAGACCUGCAGUGUGCCUAGCACCCCAUCACUACCACCACAACCUGUAUUGUCACUAUUGACAUCAGGGCAAAAAGUUAAGCACACCAUGCAUGGGGGUGUCCUAGUGUGCAUGUUUCUAGCAGUAUAUAUAUAUUUGAAACAAAAUAAAAAAAAUCCUUCCAGUAGCACCUUAGUAUAUAUAUUGUAACAGUUCAAAAGAACAACAAAGAUUGAGUUAAUAGUAACUAGCUCUAACUUGUAAAACACAGUUUCUCUUCUCUCAAUCCACAUGAACAUGUCUAUGAUUGUUGUUAUAAAACAAGAUCUAUAUAGCAUCUGCCUUUUUUCUGGCCAGGUUUUGGUUCUCCUGGAUGUUACUCCCGAUCAGUCUAUGGUUGAUGAAGGCGUUGCACGUGAAGUAAUAAAUCGCAUCCAGAAACUUCGGAAGAAGGUUAGUAAAUCUGGGAAAUGAAGCACAAGAGCAGCCUCCUCUCCUGUAGUUUCCAGCAGCUGGUAUUCAGAAGCAUGGUGCCUCUGACCAUGGAGGCAGAGCACAGCUGUUGUGGCUAGAACAGGAUAGCCUUUUCCACCAUGAAUUUGUCUAAUCCUCUUUUAAAGCCAUCCAAGUUGAUGGCCAUCACUGCCUCCUGUGGAAGCAAAUUCUAUAGUUUAAAUAUGUGCUGUGUUAUGACGUGCUUUCUUUUGUCUGUCUGGAAUCCUCUAGCAUUCAGCUUCACUGAAUGUCCACAAAUUUUAGUGUUACGAGAGAGGGAGAAAAACGUUUUUCUACUCACUUUGACUGAUAGCAUGUCCACUCACUGUUGGGCCUGGUGUCACUACCUACAAUGCUAGAGGAGUCUACCUCUUUGGGGAUUUCUAGCUUGUUGAAUUCAACACUUUCUUUGAUGUAUAGGGUGACACCACCUCCAGUCUGUUGUUCCCUGUCCUAUCAAAUUUAGAUCCAGAGAGACAGUUGUGUCCCACCAGUUCUCUCCAUUCCAUCAGAUUUUUGUUAUGCCCAGUAUAUGAAUGCCGUCCUCUUAAGACCAAGCACUCCAGUUUGCGCAUCUUGACUUGGAGGCUUUCUGGCAUUAGCGUAUAAACACUUAUAAACCGUGACUCUCUCAAAGUAUAUUUGGCAGUUGUGUGUUGGCCUGCGGUGUUUUGGCCUCUCUCAGUUGUUAUCCUGUGUGCCUGUACUCACAAUGUCUAGUUAUAUGCACGAAGAACAGAUGGCUAUAAAAGGAGACUAGAAAAGAUGAUUUAAAAAAUGAGCAUGACAAAGGUAAUUGUGUGUGAAGGUGACUUAUCAUUUUAUUAAGAUAACAAGAACUAUAGAUGCCAUUGCUCAAUCAACUGCAGACUCCUCCAGAACAGAAUUGUGUUCAUUUGGUUAAUAUUUUUAAAUCUGGGGACAGUAUUUGUUGGUCAGUUCUACUUUUUGUUUGCAUUCUUAAAUAUAAAAAGCAAUUGCUCAUUGCAGAAUACCUUUGUUUUUCUUGGUGAAAUCUUCUUUAUUUUGAAGAAAAAUGUUUUGUAGAGUGCCAUUGGACUUUGGCUAAGACAAACUAACAUGUGAUGUGCAGUUAGAUGCUUUUCUGCUUGCCAGAAUAUUUGCUAUAAUUAUGCUUGACUUUUUAAAUGUGUGUUUUGUUCUGAUUAUACCAAAAACAGAUUUUACUUUUUGGUUGCAAAUAUUUGGCUGUAGGUAAUCUUUAUUGCUCACUCAAUUGGGUUGCUGAUUUUGUUACAGCGCAAUCUUGUUCCAACUGAUGAGAUUACAGUGUAUUACCGUGCUCAUCCAGAAGGUGAUUAUCUUGAUACUGUUAUUAAGGAGCAUACAGAUUUCAUUUUUGCAACAAUAAAGGCUGCCUUGAAGCCAUACCCAGUGCCUACCUCAAUGGAAGUGCUUAUUCAAGAGAAAACCCAGGUAAAAACAAGCAAGAAUUUCUUUGGAAAAUAUUCACCUCACCCCAUUAUCUGAAUAAUGCAUUGCCUCACAUUAAAUGUUUAUUGGACCAGAGUCGGUAUAUCCAUUUCAGAUGUUCAUAUUAUAUGACAAGCUUUAAGUUCAGGAAGUCACAGAAAUCAUCCAAGUGGUUUCAGAACUGGUCAGCAUGGACUUACAUACCCAGCACUAAAAACCCUCUUGGUUUUCUGCAUUUCAGCUAAUCAUCUCUACCAUAUGAAAUUAAAACUCAGAAAUGCAUGUUGUAGGUUACCUUUUUGACUGUAUCUACUGAUUUCAAGUAAAGCAAAUUAAUUCUGAUGAUGCUCAGGAGUCUCUUUAAUGCAGACUUGAUAGACCUUAAUCCACAGGGGUAGUAUCUGUUCAAAUGUUUCUUAAGCGCUACAUUGUGCUUACUGUAGCCACUGCCGACAUAAAAAGUGCUUUCUCAACUCCCAGAGCCUACCUUUCACUUUUUAUCAUGUGGGUGUCACCUGUAAGCUGGGUAUUUCACAGGAACACCAUGUUUUGCAGAUGCCUCCUUUAUGUGGUCUAACUCCAUCCUUUAUAAGAGCAAAGAAUUGUGUAAAUGUAGCAAUAUGUAUUAUUGGGCAUAGGUUGUGGCUUAUAAAUAGCGCAUCUCCCCAUGCAGAAAGUGCCAGCUCCGUUACUCUCCCAAGUUAAGUCUUGCUGGGCCAGUGCAUGUGUUGGAUAUAUUUUACUCACCUGAAUAUAAAGUGAAUGCAUCUGGGUAGCACAGUAUAGAAGUGUGAAAAGACCAUACAUUAUUUUUUCUUUUAUAUCGAAUAGUAGAUUUUUUAAAAAUAGAACAAUGCAUGUCUUGAAAUUAUUUCAAAGACUUUUAAGCUGCACAACGAAUUUAAACUGCACAGCGUAACUGUUAUUUUGUGUAUCUUAAAGGACGCAGGUGGCGCUGUGGGUUAAAUCACAGAGCCUAGGGCAUGCCGAUCAGAAGGUCAGCGGUUCGUAUCCCUGCGACGGGGUGAACUCCCGUUGUUCGGUCCCAGCUCCUUCUAACCUAGCAGUUCAAAAGCACGUCAAAGUGCAAGUAGAUAAAUAGGUACCACUCCGGCGGGAAGGUAAACGGCAUUUCCGUGCGCUGCUCUGGUUUGCCCGAAGCGGCUUAGUCAUGCUGGCCACAUGACCCGAAAUCUGUACGCCGACUUCCUCGGCCAAUAAAGCGAGAUGAGCGCCACAACCCCAGAGUCGACCGUGACUGGACUUAACGGUCAGGGGUCCCUUUACCUUUUAAAGGAAGUAGUCAUUUACUUUUCUGGUAAUCUAUGAAGUUGCCUAACAGAAAUGUAAAUGUCUUUGUCUAUUGAUAUGACCUUGAUAGAUAGAAAACUAAUCUAAGCCCCCAGAAUAUAAUCCCUGUAUUACUUCAUUAGCAAAUAACUUGGAAACAUAUGAAAAUAGUAGUGUAUAGUCAUCUAAUAAUUUGUUCAUACAGUUAAAAUGAGGCAAAUCUGCAAGAUGUUGGUGACAGUCCCAUUCAUUGUGAUGAAUACAGAUUUAAAUGUAAUUUGGUGAGAAUAAUAGUUUAAUGCAAGAUACUGAGCAACAAUGUGUUGCAGUUCUGGGACAGCAAGAAAAAGCAAAUUCUAUGUUAAUUUUACUGGUGUAGGAACAGAUGGUUGAUCUAAAUGGAAUAGAUGAGUCUUGCAAUUUUUUCAUAUUUUCAUUUUAUCAGGUCAAAAGCCCUUUGGUUGCUUAGGCUGGAAUACUGUUUCAGUUAAGCCUAAAAACCUUAAAUCAGGCAUAGGCAAACUCGGCCCUCCAGAUGUUUUGGGACUAAACCUCCCAUCAUCCCUGACCACUGGUCCUGUUAGCUGGGGAUGAUGUGAGUUGUAGUCCCAAAAAAUAUGGAGGGCCGAGUUUGCCUAUGCCUGCCUUAAACAACCUACAGCCUUCUGGAAAAUAAAGCUAUAUAUGAAAAAGGCAAAAAGUCCAAAGCAGUACCAAAACCUUGCUUUAGACCAAAUACUGAUGCAAAUCAGGGUGCAAUGAAUAUUAAUGAAACUGCAAAAAUUCCAAGCAACUACCCCAUUUUUGAGUGACUUCCUCCUGUCCUUUCAGCCCCUCAUGCUUCAUUCCAUGCUGCUGAAAACAGGGUCCCCUGACUCUCUAUGAGACUGUGGGGGGAAAUAAGGGCAAGAAACCCUACUUCCAUUUAUUAAUGGAAUGGUAAUUUUUCUGUCAAAGGAUUCAAACUUAAAAAUUAAUUUCCUCUGGUUUUAGCAUCUUUAAAAUGCUAAUCUUCAGCAAAAUACUACCCAGUCUUUAAAGGCAUUUUUACAGGUUAAAGUCUACAGGUUCCAGUCCUAUGUGCACCCAGAUAAAUAAAAAUGAUAACGUUUUGGGGAAAAUGGGCCUUAACACUUGCAUGGUAGCUGUGAAGGUUUUUGUGUGUGUAGCUUUGCACCCACACUUUCUUACUAUUCAGAAUUCUUAAUUGAGCUUUGAAAUGUGACAGUUUCCUGGUGGCUAAUGGGUAGUAACAGUUGCCCCCUAGUGGCCAACAUUAGCAGACCCAGAAAUGGCAUUUCAUAAUGUUAUCUGCAUGUGCUGCUGUGACUUCUUUCUGUCUUCCUCUGAUUUUCUGCAUUUAACUUUUUUGCAGCCUUAAAAGUUUGUUUUCUGGCUUAUAAAUUGCAAAUAUUAUAUUUUUAAUGUCACCAGGGUUGCCUCUGCUAACAUACUGUAUUGCAGUCUUUUAUUAUGAAGCAGCGUUAAAUUACAACUAUUGUCACUAUCAUCCCUGCAGCAUAUCCAAGUUGUAAUAAUUCUGAGGGGAAAUAGUUUGAGUGUCUCCUCUUAGAAUAUUAAUUUUCAGAAAAUGUAACACUUGUUUAUUUAGCUGAAGGGAUCAGAACUGGAAAUUACACUAGCCAAAGGUGCUCUGAGUCAUCGCAUUGAGCCAGCAUGUGCUUAUGUCAAUCUGAACAUCUCUGUGAAUGGGAAAGAGCAAGGUAGGAAUUCCUUAAACUAUUUCUGAAAGGUACUUGUCAUUUGUCUUCUUUGAAACUGCUGCAUCAAAAAUCAAAAACUGCUUUUUAAAAAUGUUAUGGCAAGGACCCAAAGGGUAGCUCACACAAAGGGUUUGCAUAUCCUUAAUAAGACUUCUUCCUUUUGAAGGCUUGACCCCUGUGCCAGAUCGCAAGCAGCUUUUGGAAGCUAUUUCCAUUUCUCAUGUGCCUUGUUAUGUGCAGUGGAGAGCAACCGUUCAAGAAAAAUCAGUUUCAACCUCCUUUGGCUCCUUUGAAUUAGUUUUACAUAUGUUUGAAUUAGUUUUACAUAUGUUUGGCUCCUUUGAAUUGUUACAUAUGACAAUUUUCUUUUAAAAAAAUCAAUUUAAAUAUUUUUUAACAAAGUCAACCUUGAAAAUUGUGUUUAGGCAUCUUAACCAUUUGAACCAUUGUGCUUGGUUAUUUAGUGUCAAUUUUAGAGAAUAUAUUGAACUGAUAUAAUUGAAAUGAAGUUAUAAUUCCUGGAUGAGAUGAAAGAAUUGUGCAAUCCAAGUAACUUGCUUGGUAAAUGUAUUCACCCAGUAGGUGUGUAUUCACAGCGGGGGGUGGGGGUGGGGCUUUUUCACCCUGAGAGCCUUGUUCUUUUGUGGAAAGCCUCUGAGGGCCUCAUGCCAAGGAUGGGAGGCAACGGUGGGUGCAGCAAUGGAUGUGAUUUUUGCCUUUGUACAGUAACCUACAUUCCAGCCAGGCAAAAUCAGUUGAGGGACGUAUGGAGAAGGAAUGGGAUGGGGAAAUGGCCAGCGAGAGUCCCAAGAGCCACAUUUGUUCCCUGGGCCUGCCCCCUGCCCCUUACAUAUAGCUGUAACAGUAUUGACAACAAAUUGAUUAAACAAAAUUGGUUUCUUACAAUUGCUGCUUUGUGCUUCUCUUUCCAGCUGGUACGGUGUUGCUGGAAAAUCCCAAAGGAGAUAAUACAUUAGACUUCGCCAAACUUGUUAACACCAUUUCAUGCAUUUUUGGUCUUGAAAAUUCAAAGUUAGCGGUUUUCAAUGGAAAAACAGGUGGGUAGUGUGGUUAAGUGCGAUGAGGGCUCAUGUGCAAGCAGCACACACUUCUCACGGUCUCUGUGUGUUUGCAUGUUUUGGGGAAAUUAUUAUUACUGCAGUUUUAUAGCACAGGUGACACUUGCUUUAAAAUUAAAAUCUCCUUGGAAGUGUGCCUAGUCUUGGACCUGUGUUUUACUUUACUUUUUGACAAGAAGUUUAUACACUGUUGAAACUGGUUAUAAACAACUCCAGAAUUAUAUUUUAAAAAAUCCUCCUGAAGGCUGCUUCUGUGGUAAAUUUGCUCAAUUUCAGAUGGAAUAUUCAGGAGAGUGCUUUUUGACUCCUUAUUUGGCUACUUAAACCCAGAAGAACAAGUUGUGAUAGCAUUUCAAACUCUGAUAUAGUUAGAACGUAUGCGGUUUACAUUCUAAAGCUGUCAUAAAGCCAUUUCUCUGCUGUUGCCACUUUGAAGUGUUUUGUCAUACGGAGGUUUGAAGAUCUCCAGACUUGUAUAUACAGAACAAUUUUGUUAAAAUACACUUUAGGUUUUAACUUGUUCCUCUCUUAAACAGGUAGACAAUAAUUUUGACACAUAAAACUUUGCAGCGACAAGAAACAAAACAUGACUGAUGCAAUAAAAAGUAACAAAAGGAUCUGAGUAAAAAACUCACACUAUGUUCAUAUUGUGUUGUAUGGCCAUUGUUACCCUUUUAAAGGAUUUUUUUAAAAAAAGGAACUGCUGAUCCUGUAGCAACACAUGGAAAGCACAUAGACCCUAUGGAGGUUUCCUGAACCCCCUUGUUGCUGGUGUCCUAGCUGUCAACUUUUUCUUAAAAGAAUUUAAGAGAAAUUGAAUAUGCCAUAGCAAACAGUUUCACGCUAGUACUUUGCUUAAAGGCUUUCAUGUACAUUUCAGAAACAUAUUUUUGAGUAUACUUUGCAUAGCACAUGAGUAGUGUCACACUUUACGGAAGUUUUAUACCGCUCACACAUAGUUAUCUCAUCGGUUUUGUUUGGUAGCUUUUACCAUGGAUAUUCAGAAGAAGGUGAAACAGCAGUUAGGGGUGAGCCUGAGUGAGGGGAGCUAUUAACAAAAUCUUUCUCCACUGUAAAAAGUGCUUUCCUUCUCAGUGACGUAUGUAGGUGGCUGCUUCUUGGUAAGCCCUUUGUAUUCUGAUUGUGGUGGUAGAAAUACUCCAUUGUGAGCUUGUUCUCACAAGCCCAAUUGGCUGCAGCUUUCUCACCCUUCAAAUUGGCCUUCUUCCUAGCAACGGUAAUGAUGCAGCCAAUCAGAUUUGUCUAUGUGAUGACAGCCAAAGCUAACUCACAGUGAAAGCAGUGCCUAGUUGUGUUUUGGGAGAGAUCUAUUGAUUUUGCAAAAAACUGCCCAAUGUUUAGUUUAUCUCCUUCCUAUAUAAAACGAAAUUGUGGUCUACACCAGAUGUUGGCAGUUUUAGCUUAUACAUAUGCAUUGUAAAUAUAGGGUUUAGGAAUAUAGGGUUUAGGAAACAGGACAGAUAAUAGAAUGAUUCCACAUUUUUUUCUGCUUUGUGUUUAAUAUCCUAAUGUUGUAAACAGAGAAAGCUAUAUAUGAAAAAGAUGAAACGGUCAGGUAACAGGAAAGCACUUUUCAUUUUUUAAACUGUUAAUUAAAGUGAUUUCUUGUUUGCCCGGAUCAUCUUGAGCUGUAUUGUUCUCUCUGCUGUGUCAAGAUGCAUGGUGCCAUUAUCUUUGGAGUAAAAAACAAAAAACAAACCUGCACAAAGAGCAGUGUGCUCAUCAAGACACAUGAGCACAAAGCAAUACAGCUGAAUCUGCUGUAUCAUCACUUAGUGAUGAGGGUCAGUGGGAAGGUUUAUCUCUGGUCUACUCAGCAUUUUGAACCAAAUGUUCAGCUAUAGCACCUUUACUGAAUAUUGAGCUCAUAUUCCAAAUUAUGUAUCUGCUUAUGUGGUUUUGCUUGGCAGACACAGAGAGGCAGACUAAUUUGCAUGUCUUAGAAUGUGAUUUUUCUAAAUAUAAAAGUAUGGACAAAUAAAUUUUGCUCCACAUAAUUCCACACAGUUAUAGAAAUAUUUUUUUGUAAUUAAUGCACUUGCUUUAAAAUGCAGCUCUGUAAGAUUCUGUAACAUCUCUUAAUUUAUAUUUAUUCAAAUAAGUUGAAGAUCUAUUCAACUGAUUUGAACUUAAAAUUAUUCUUGCUGUAUUGUCACUCAUAUGUGUGUGUGCAUAUGUAUAUAUAUUAACAAGUUAAUUUCAGAGUGUUUGGAAGAUUUGUGAUUUAUGUUCACACAAGAUGGCACCAAUUCAUUGAUACACCUUCUCCAAAAUCUCAUAUCAGGCAUGAGAGGGUAAAAGGUGUGGGAAUUGCUUUUUGAGUGGUGUGUAUUGACAGAUCCCCACCCCAGUUUAUGGCACAUUCACAUAAUGUGUAGAUCCUAAUAUGGCAUUUCUUGCAAUUCAUUGACUGAUGAUGAUUGGGUGUGCCAUCCUUAUUUGCUGGUAAAUUUAUUCAAGCACUAGACUUUUAGUCUGAUGCUGUCAGAAAUUCUGCCUUCUGCAGAUGAAAGAAAUCAAAUAAAUCCUUUUGUGCAAUACUUCUUAAUGCAAUAAAUGCAUUAAUAAAUGCCUUCUCCAUUGUUAGCAGUCUUCGUUGUCCUUCUAGACAGCACACUUUAAAAAAAAAAAAGGGGGCAAAAUAAGCAAGAAGGCUCCUUUGGGAGGAAGGGUGAAAGAUAACUUUAAUAAAUAAUAAACUUUAAAAAAGUGGUUUCUAGAAGGAUUUCAGGACAGCAUGCAUGGGGACCCCCCUCCCAGAAUCUUGCAUGGUAGGUUAGGCUGGACAGUAAUGAUAGACUUAAAUGGAAAUCUUACGUUUUGUUUUAACUCACCUGAACAAUUUGGUGUCCUCAGCAAACCCAACUGCCUCACUGCUCACCCCUAUUUCUAGAUAAUUCAUGAACAUUUCUGAAACCACAGGUCCUAAUAUGGAUCUUUGGAAAACUUCACUUUCUAUACCCUCCAUUAAAAGAACUGUCCAUUUAUUCCUACCCUCUGCUUCCUGUUCCUUGUCCUAUGGAUCAGUAGCUCUUAACCCAUAACUUCCAAACUUACUCAGGAGUCUUGGGCGCGGUGCUUUAUCAAAAGCUUUUUGAAAGUCUUAAGGGCACAGUGUCAACUGGAUCACCUCUAUAUGCUUGUUGACCCUCUCACUAAGAUUUUAGAAUUCUUUCUAACAAGACUUCUCCUUGCAGAAAUAGGAUGCAACACUGAGAGUCUUGACACCCUGGUAACAUAAGAAUGGCCCAGACUUUGCAAUGUAGGACGUCCCGAUCCAGGCACAUCAAUCCAGUCCAAAGAUGCUUCCUAAUCUUUAUUCUCUUUAUGCCAUAUACAUUUGGGAUGGCAAAACUGUGGCUUUGCGGAUGUUUCUAGACUAGAAGUCUCAUCAUCCCUGAUCGUUGGCUACGCUGGCUGGGGCUGACAUGAGGUGGAGUUCAACAACACCUAAUGUCUACUGCACUAUAAGUAUUCACAGCAAGUGAAUACAAAUAAUCAAAAAUGUUUCCAGUUUAAGGAGGAGUAUCUGUGAACUCCAUACACACUGCCCAGGCUAGCACCCUGGAGAGGUCACUUUGGUGCUGCUAACACAGCAAAACAAUACAGGAGGUAGCUGUUACAAGUUAGUGGUAUCUGCAGCCACAGCAGGCGCUGUGAUUCUUCAGCAGUUUGACUUCACCCCCGGAGGUGCACUCCAUUGUCUCUCAAAACAGAUGGAUGCCAACAAUCUGUGAACUGCAUCUGAAACCAAACUUACUGUAAGCAGCUGACCAGUAUCAGGUGAUAACUGGGAGAGUUGUUGCUUGAUGGUUUGCUUAUAGCAGCUGGAUUUUUCUUUUCAGAACUGAAAAACCAAACAGACUUGCUGAGUCUCAGUGGAAAGAUGCUUCAUGUAACUGCGGGGUCAGUGCCAGCCUUGAACAGUCUUGAUGGCUUCCUCUGUCAGUAUAUCAAUUUACAACUAGUGAAUGCAAAACCACAAGGUAAUUAUACUGAUCAUAUGAUACGAGAUCAAAUUAUUUAUUGCAACUUAAAUCUUGGGCCCCGUUUGAAAUCUAGCUAAAGGCAUGGCUGCUUCCUGUUUCCAGUUGCUGUGGUUACAUGUGACCCCCCAUCACACAAUUAAACAGGCACAAGUCAUGAUCUUUCUGCCUCUCCCCAAACAGUAAUACUAUUAAGGUUUUGACAUGCUGGAGUUUCUUUUGAGGGAGGUAAGGUAAAGAACUGAAGUGAUAUUGCGGGGAAAGACAACAGUAAGUUGUAGCCUGGGGUUUUCAUAGGACAUAAGAAGACAAACCGAAAUUAUCUCUAGAGCUGAAAAUAGAAUUAACAAGACCAGCUCAAGGAUAUAUACUGGAGAGCAGCUGUUCUGGAUGUGUGCGAAACAGAGGCAUUUACUCGACAAUCCCAUUGCAUGUACUCUCAUGUCUUGGGCAAGUUCAGUUAUCACCUUGAUCUUGUUCUCCCAAAUUCUGUAGAUGUUGUACAUUUAUGCUAGACAAAUUGUAUUGGCAUAUCAUCGUAGAUUUAAUAUAAAAGCAUUGCAAAAUCCUUUCUUAACACUAGGCAGCCAACUUCCAGCCUUGCUCGGGGUGUGAAUUAUGAAUGAUAGUGCAUCCCCAUGCAAUCCCAUGUAUUUAAUGGGGCUUGCUCCUGGGUAAAUGCACAUGGGAUUACAGCCUGAGGCUGGCAUCAGAGUUCUAGGAGGGUGUAGAGAAAUGCAUGCCUGUGGGACGUAAGGAAACCUUUUGUUUCUUUUUCGCUGCUGAGAAUCAUCACAACUUGUUUCCUGCAGAGUGUCUGAAUGGAUUGGUGGGAACUCUUCUAAUGGAAAACCCGGUUGGUCAGAACGGACUCACAUAUCAAGGGCUUCUGCAUGAAACGGGGAAAGUGUUUGGACUCAGAAGCAGGCGGCUAAAAUUGUUCCUGGAUGAAGCGCUAACAGAAGGUAAGCAGAGGGAGCUGUCCUUAUGCAACUUUGCUUCAUGCUGUGAUAAGUCUCAUGCUGCUCUUAGUAUUUCUUGUUUUUUUUUAAAUAAAAAACCUCCUAGAUACUUUAAUAAAAUCUGUGUUAGAACAAAAAUAAAUAAAUAAAUAAAAAAUCCCAGCAUGGUAGAGAGAAGGCUCAGCUACAACCUUUUCUCAUUAUGUAAAUGUCCAAUGUGCACAGAAAGAUUUUGUGCAGAGGAGCAGUCAGUCAUGUCAGCCCCUGCUAGUGUUUCAAGCAGUACUGUCUUCACACAUCUUUUACGUACACUGGCCUAGUUCUCAUCGGGGUGAUAAACCAAUCUGUUAAGGCAGAGGUUUUCAGCCUUUUUGAGUGCAUGCCGCCUUUGACCAACUACAGUCUUUCUGCCGCUCUCCUGUGGGAUACCUGGUCAAACUUGUGUUGUUUCGUCAUUCCCUGCAAUCCUAACCAUGCUUGCUCGUAAGUAAGCCCUACUGAAUUCCUGCCCCCAGCAAAGUACGGGGCUGGGGUUGGAUCAAGUCACUUGUGGCCAAAGCAAGAAGUGACAAGUUCUUACCUAUUAACCUGCUCACUGGUAUCUCACCAUUAAAUGAAGUAUUUAACAGAAUCCCAGUUUGGAAAACUAGAACCUUAAGGCAGAGUUACCACCACAACAGCUGUUAAGACCAAGCACCAGCAGUGAAGCUUAGAAUUCUUCUUUAGCCUGUGGGAAGUGUGUCUUAUAAAUGUUCACAGUUGCCCAUUUGCAGUCCAAUCCUAUGUGGGUUUAUAAAAAUUAAGUCCCACUGAGCCCAACUAGACUUACUGCCUAGGAAGUUAUGGAUACACCAUUUAGAUUGGCAGCGUCCUCCCCUGCUUCCCCCACCAGCCCUUACAAACAGGUCACCUGUCUCUCUCUCAUGACAAGUGAAGGUUUGCUGAACUUCAGUGUCCCAACUCCAGGAGUGUGCCACUUUUUGGGUCCUUCCCCACCCCCUAACACCUUUCCCUUGAUGCCAGCAUUAGAAAUAGGUAGGAACCCUGCAAGGUCUCCCUGCCUAGGGAUCCAGAGCUAUUUCUCCGCAUGGUUCACUUCACCCUGCCCUGUGCCAACAUGUUUUCUCCCCAUUCACCACGGCUCCAUCACUGCCCCAUGAGGACUGGUCCUGAUUCCAAGCUAGAGCCACCCCAGAAAGUCAACAGACUAUAACCCUGAGUUCAAGGAGGGAGCCUGGCUUGCUGUGGCCACUGCAAACCAAUCAAGCCAUGCUAUUUUGACUUGACCAAUCCAUUUACUGCUUCUUACUUCCUCAAGUAAGUACUGCCCCGCAGCUGGUUUAACAGCUCCCUGCCCCAUAAUCAACCAGUCACCCCCUCUUCCUUUGCACAUGACAUGUAGAGAGCAAGGGGGCAGAACAAGGCGUGGCUCUGCAUGGGAGGGAAGAGUGUGAAAUGACAAGCCUUUUGACCAGUAAAUGACAAGUGCAGUUGCAUGGUAGGUGGUACCAACUGAGUAACAGCAGUGCCAACCAAUUGGAAAGAAGGAUAGUUUCCCUCCAAUAUCGUUCCCCAUUCCCCGGUGGCUGCCCGUGGCUUCCCCCACAACACCCAUGACCAUCAUUCAAGGUGCCACAGAUUGCCACAGUGCUUCGCUUGAAAACCACUGUGUUACGGGGAAAUAAUAAUAAUAAUAAUAAUAAUAAAUUUUAUUUAUAUCCCGCCCUCCCCAGCCAAAGCCAGGCUCAGGGCGGCUAACAACAAACAAAUAAUCAAACAAUCAAAUAAUCCAACAUUCUAAAACAUUUCAUUAUAAAAAUUAAUUAAAAUCAAAUUAAUGGCAACCGUUAAGCAAAGUUCUGUGCAGGUUGCCAGAGGAGGCUGGGCCCUGACCAAAGGCCUGGUGGAACAACUCUGUCUUGCAGGCCUUGCGGAAAGAUGUCAGGUCCCGCAGGGCCCUAGUCUCUUGUGACAGAGCGUUCCACCAGAUUGGAGCCGCAGCCGAGAAAGCCCUGGCUCUAGUUGAGGCCAGCCUAACCUCUCUGAGGCCUGGGACCUUCAGGAUGUUUUUAUUUGCAGACCGUAGGUUCCUCUAUGGGGCAUACCAGGAGAGGCGGUCCCGUAGGUACGAGGGUCCUAGGCCGUAUAGGGCUUUAAAGGUUAAAACCAGCACCUUAAACCUGAUCCUGUACUCCACCGGGAGCCAGUGCAGCUGGUAUAGUACCGGAUGAAUGUGAUCUCGCAGCGAAGACCCCAUAAGGAGUCUCGCCGUGGCAUUCUGCACCCGCUGGAGUUUCUGGGUCAGUCUCAAGGGCAGCCCCACGUAGAGCAAGUUACAAUAAUCCAGUCUGGAGGUGACCGUCGCGUGGAUCACAGUGGCUAGGUCAGGGCGAGAGAGAUAAGGGGCCAACUGCUUAGCUUGGCGGAGAUGAAAAAAUGCCGCCUUUGUUAUAGCUGUAAUCUGCGCCUCCAUAGAGAGGGAGGUAUCGAAGAUUACACCCAAACUCUUAACGGACGGUGCUGGCACUAACUGCACCUCGCAAGAGAUGGGAGUUGCCCCCAAUCCCAUAUCGUCCCGUCCCAGCCAGAGGACCUCUGUCUUCGAAGGAUUUAACUUCAACCGGCUUCCACGUAACCAUCCAGCCACAGCUUCCAAACAUCUGGUCAGUGUGUCUGGGGCCGAGUCAGGAUGGCCAUCCAUCAACAGAUAGAGUUGGGUGUCAUCGGCAUACUGAUGGCAACCCAGCCCAAAACUCCGGACAAGCUGGGCGAGGGCGCAUAAAGAUGUUAAAAAGCAUCGGGGAGAGUAUCGCACCCUGAGGCACUCCACACACCAAGGAGUGGCGGGAUGACAAUUCCCCCCCAAGCACCACCCUCUGUCCCCGACCGGAGAGAAACGAGCGCAGCCAUUGAAGGACUGUGCCCUGGAUCCCCACGUCGGCAAGGCGGUGGUCCAGGAGUUCGUGAUCAACCAUGUCGAAGGCUGCUGACAGGUCUAGAAGAAUCAGCAGCCCCGACCCGCCUCGAUCCAGCUGCCUGCGGAGAUCAUCUGUUAGGGCGACCAGAGCCGUCUCGGUCCCAUGACCAGCGCGGAAGCCAGACUGGAAUGGAUCCAGAGCCGAUGUUUCAUCCAGAAACCUACCAAAAACCUACCAAAAAAGUGCUGGGUUGUCAGGAUCCCAUGAUCGACCACGCCCCCCCCCCCCGGCGCGAUCGACCUGUUGGACAUCCCUGAUCUACAUACCGUAUUUUUCUCUCCAUAACACUCACUUUUUUUCUCCUAGAAAGUAAGGGGAAAUGUCUGUGCGUGUUAUGGAGCGAAUGCCUACGGAUGGCGGGGCGAUCUGCUGCAGUCGUGAGCAGAGGAUCCACAGUUCCCCUUCCUUCUCUCUUCUGUGGCUCGCUUUGAAACAGCAAAGCGGGAGAGGAGCCGCUUACACAGGUGUAAGCGGUUCCUGUCUGGUUGGCUGCUUUAAAUCAACCAUGCUCUCUGUCCCUCUCUCCUCCCCACUCAGCUCGCUAAAUAGCAACAAAGCUUUUCAGUGAGCCGAGCCGGGGAGGAGGGAGAGAAGCAGAGCCUGCUUCUUUUAAAGGAGCAAAGCGGGAGAGGAGAGGAGCCUUCUUCCCUUAUACCCCUCUUCUGCAUUAUUAGCAGCAUCCCUCUCCACACACCCCACGUGUGUUCCUUCUCCCCUUAAACCCCUCUCCUGCAUUAUUAGCAGCAUCCUUCUCCACACACCCCACGCGUGCUCCUUGUCCCUUGAGUGCUUUUCCUUCCCUCCCCACUUAAAACGUGGUUACAAAGCACAGAUCCACAUGGAUCCUCAGGAAUUUUGCACUGGGUCACCGCAAAUUCACCAUCAGAUCACAUAGCAUGUCCAUGGCUACAGCAUGCACCAAAAAACACACACGCACCCACUGUUUCAUGGCGCAAAAACGUGGUUACAAAGCAUGGAUCCACAUGGAUCCUCAGGAUUUUUGCAUUGGGCUACCCCAAACUCACCGCCAGAUCACAUGUCUGUGGCCACAGCAUGAACCACAAAAAUCAUACAUCCACUGUUUCGUUUAGAAUAUUUUUUUUCUUGUUUUCCUCCUCUAAAAACUAUGUGCGUGUUAUGGUCAGGUGCGUGUUAUAGAGCGAAAAAUACGGUAAUUACAAAGAAUAGCACAGUAGUCAUAAAAAUAAAUAAAACAUUUAAAACUACAUAACCAAACUGAACAAUUUACACAUAAAAAUACAAAAAGUUAAUAUCACUUAAUAUCAGUAACAACAGCAAAACUCCAAACAAAACUUUCCCCCAAAUACCCCAGUCCUUGCUGGGCAGCAGCCACAGCAGCAGUCCUUAUGAGGCCUGUCAGGCCCCUGUCCUAAUCAAAACAAAAUUAAGAUAUGAAAAUACAACAGGUGUCCCAGGGUCCCUUAGUGGUAUUGUGGAGACUGUUUUCUCAGAUAAAGUGGUUACUGUAUGCUUAUUUAAACACAUAAAAGCAUCUGAAAUUGAGACAUUUUAUCUCAUUAAACUUAAAGCAUUUGAGAAAGGCAUAAAACAAAACACAGCAACUUGUGUAAAUGGAAAAUGAGGCAGUACUUGAAAUCUUGAUGACCUGAGAAAACGUGAGAGGAAUUGAACAUUGCAUUUUAAUGCUAGAACAAAGUUGAUUUUCAUCUUCUGUCAGUGUUGCAGGGCAGAAAAAAGUUAUUACAGUAAAUGUUCCAUGAAGAUUGUCUGACAAUUAUCUCAGUAAAAUGACUGACUUGGUAAAAUAACUGACAAACACUAUGAUGUAUAGUAAUUAGAUAUUGUCCACUUGAAAUAUGUGUAUAUCUCAUUCAAGAAAAUAUCCUAUUCUUUUUUUAUUCCACUACUACUUGAGGAACUUUUGCUACAGUUAAGCAUGUCAGUUAAUUCAAUCAGGAACAUGACGUGAACUUUUUAAAAGUGUGCCGUACAUUUAGUAACAAGCACUUUAAAAAGUAAAAUGCAUUUGUCUUAACAGUAAGAGCUAGUGAUUUAUCAUAUUGAUGAGUGUGUGGAUAUUAAAAUCUAGCAUUAAAUUGGCAGUGGUUAUUUUGAGACUGCUGCCAGUGAUCUUGUUUGCAUGACGUGGGAAGCCAGACUGUGGCUUGGGAUUGUCCUUUGCUGCAGCUCAGUGUUAGGGAGCUGAGCCAUGAACCUGGGUUGGGACUACAUGCUAAGCCAAACCUUGGAGUAAAAAAGGCAGCGGGGAGGAGAAGCAAAGCAGUUGCAAGCUUAUCUUCAGGAAUCGGCAUAGUCAUGCCAUCGUUUGGUUUGCAAACCAGGCCAGUGUUAGACAUAACUUUUUAUUUACAUUGGUACCUCGGGUUACAUACGCUUCAGGUUACAGACUCCGCUAACCCAGAAAUAGUACCUCGGGUUAAGAACUUUGCUUCAGGAUGAGAAUAGAAAUUGUGCUCCGGCGGCGUGAUGGCAGCAGGAAGCCCCAUUAGCUAACGUGGUACUUCAGGUUAAGAACAGUUUCAGGUUAAGAAUGGACCUCCAGAAUGAAUUAAGUACUUAACCCGAGGUACCGUAAUGUAGUCCUCAGAAACUUAUGGAGGUGUCUAGGGGAGAAAUUGUUGUUGGCUUCAAGCGAGGUUUAUGGAUAAAAUGAAAUGGCAGAGCAUUUUGAGUGAUCCUUCACAAUGAUGGCACAGAUGGAUGUUGGCAACAAUAAUAACAACCAUAGAUUUAACUCGUAACUGCUGCUUGCCCCUACUUCAGCUGUCAAGCUGGAACAAGAGAUUACUUCCCCAUUUUCUUAUAUAUAAGGUAUGGUACUCUGCAGUCACAGAGAACCUGAGGCAGGGAUGAGGUGUUGUCUUGCUCUAUGUCAAGCAGCAUGAAUCUUGCUGCCUCUGUCAUUUCAGUUCCUGGCACAAACUAAGAGAGAAAGAAAGACUGUUGACACAUCAUGAUGUAUAUGCGUGAUCUGGGAUACUACUUUGUUAAAUGUGCAAGAGCUUCUGAAUGCACAGGUUAUGGGGUGGAGCCAAUAAGUGCAGUUUUGACUCGCUCUGUCUUCACUGUACAGAUGAUGUUUGUUUGAACAGAGCAUGUCAUUUUGCUCCAAGCAUCGAAGAAGGUUGGACCACUGAGUGAAAUUCCUGCUGUUUGUGCCUUUCUCCAAGGCCCAGCAUGAAAUGAGGCUUACCCCAUCUCAUCCCCUAUGUUCUUUGCAUAUAUUAGAAAAUUUAAGGGACUUUGGUGCUAAUUAUAGCCAGUCUUUCAUAGCAUCAUGUCUUUGGCAUUUUUUUCAUAGCAUCAGCAGUUGUGUUAACAGUUUGAGGUUUGACAGGAGAUUUACAACAAUUGCAGCAUCAUAUUUAAUGAAAACAGCAUAUCUCUUGAAAUUUGCAUUGCAAAAUAGAUUGGGGGGGAAUGAGUUGGGUGUGAAAUUCAGGCUCUUAUCACAACUACAUGGUUCCACUGAUUUUAUUUUUUAUUUUUUUCCAGUUUGUGCAGAGGCAUAAAUAGUCCAGUUCAACUGAGAGGCAAUAGUGCCUUAUCUAUCCUGGCAUAAGAUUUGUUGUAAAUUGAUAAAUAUCUGCAUACCAAAUGAGUGAGAUACGGACUUCUAUAGGUGGAGAGGAGGGUGUGAGACAGCAAACAUUUAUCAGCUCGGGAAUUUAAAUGCUAAUGGUAUUCAUGUGGCAGUCUGGUUGUAUGAAUCUUCUAUUACAGUCAGGUGGUGAUUUCUAAUCCUCUGAACAUGAUACUCCAGAGGCAGGUUUAAAAGAUGAUAAAUCUUAUCUGACACAAACUGUACACCACACUCUCAUUUCGGCAUGAGGCUAGCAAAUUAAUUUUUCAAAAAAGUGAGACUGCAGAAAUAACAAAAAGAAAGUGGCUCCACUUGUUUCUAGGGCCCAAAAGAGAGAGAGGGUUCUACCUGUUGGUCUAGUGCUGAGAAGGUCCAGGUUCUGACUUGUGGCCCUUAAGAAGGCAUGAACUCAUGAAAAGGGAUGAAUGGAAGCUUGCCCCAUACCUGGUAACAACAUUAACAUCUCUAGGAAGCUCUGGUGGUGCUGGAGGACUAGGUUUUCCUGUCUGUGACAUGCGAGUUGGAUCUAUAUGCUGUGUUGGACCUAAUAUGCUCUUCACCACAGAUAUCUUUCUGUGCUGCUGCUAUGAUAACAGGAGAAGCCGAGUGAUGUAAUUUAUCUGUUUAUAGAUGCUGUGUCUACCCAGGGUGACAGAACUCAUUAAAGCAUGCUGAAACCAAUGUCAGAAUGGCCAGCUUUGCUUUAUGAAGCAAUUGUGCACAUAUUGCAAUGGGAAUCAUUUACGGCUAUGAUUUGUUUGCUGCAGGCUUAUCUUGCGUACUGGCAUAUUGCUAACUACACUCUUUAAAUAAGUAAAUUCAGAGGCAGAUUUUAUGCUUCUACCUUCUGUAUCUUUCAGUUCAUUUUCUAUCAGUUUCAGCUGGACUGUUCUUUAGGGCUGGGCUAUAUCAGCUUUUCAACAUUGCAGUGUAUCACCAAGCCAAACAUCACGGUCUGGUGAUAUAUUGCAGGGUUGAAACAACAAGCUGCAUUGGCCUCAGCCCACCCCCCACCCCCAGCUGAGCAUUAAACUGCCCCUGCCCCCCAGUGGAGCAAGCCCCAUGCCUCUCUGGCUCCCGGGGCAGGUAUCAGGGCUCGCUCAGCUAGGGGAGCAGGAGCAGUUUAAAGAAGCCAAGGGAGGACUAAGCUGUAUCAGCCCUGCAAUACAGCUUGCUCCUCCCUCUGCGGUAUGAGAGGUAGAGCGAUGGCGGUUUCACCUGGCAGUAUAUCACAGGUGAAACAGUUGCUGCUCCUGAGUACCUCUGCUACCAGCAGCCCGAUGUUGAAAGCAGCGCUGGUAGCAGAGGGACUUGGGAGUGGGAGUGGUUUCACCUGCAAUAUACCACCGGCUGAAGCUGCCAUCACAAUACAUCGCCUAGGCCUACUGUUACUUGAGUCACCACCUGAAUUAUUUCCAUAACACAAAUUGAAAAACAUUAAAAGUAUAAUAUUUGAGCUAACAAGUGCUAUAUUUGAAGUGGCAUAUUCUUUAGCUUUUUAAGAGGAUUCCUAAUUUUGUUUUUUGGACUGCAAAAUGGAGAUGAGCUUUAGCUUAUAGAUCUCUUGUUUAAUUUUUCAGGUAAAUGAGCAGCCUACUGCAAAAUUUAGGUUGGGUCUUAAGCACACUGAGGUGCAACUCUACAGCUGGCCAAAGGCCAGGUGAGGCUCCAUAGGAAGUGCUGUGAGUGCCACAGCUGCCAUGAGGACUGACAACGUUGCCAUGGAAAGUAACCACAUCAGCCAGCCCAUUCACUCCACAUAAUCCCUUCUAUUCAGAGGUUACCAAUAAGGAAAGCAGACUCAAUGUUUCUGCUCAUAUGCCAUUAAGGUGACACAUAUAUCAGGCCUAUAACUGAUCCAGGUGGAUGCACCUGUUCGCUGUCUGGGUUUACCAGUACAUCUAUCUUGUAGAUUCCUGGUGACGCUUUCAGAGUAGCUUGAUGUCAAUGUUAAGAUAAAAAGGACUUGCUGUGACCCAGGCAUGUGUCUCUGACACCAUAGCAGAAUUGGAAAGGUAGGGAACAUUAAUAUAAAACCUGGUAAGGUACACAUAGAAGUCCUCAUUUUGAUUUUGAUUGACACCUAACAAAUAAAUUGUAACUCUUGUUCUAGAUGAUUGCAAAUCUAAUUCCAUAUUUUUCUUUGAUAUGAUCUUCAAUAUGAUAAAGCUUCAUUAAGAAAAAAACCGUUACUUUGUUGUAAUACAAAAACCUGAUUUAUUUUUAAAAAUGUAUGUUAUAUGAGAUGGAUUGUUUUUAUGCCCUGUGUAUGUUGCGACCCAGCCUGGCACCAUUAGGUCAUGAACGGUAGGAUGCAAAAUUUAAAAAUAAUGUUCAAUGUUCUCUUUUCUUUCAGAGAUUACAAGGAAUACCUCCAUGAAAACUUUAAAUACGAAGACGGUGUAUGUUCAUGCUGCACCAACAACAGCUGAAUGUUGAACAGUUUGGACUUUGUCAUGGAGAAACCUGAUUGGCAAUUGGGAUAGAAUCCCCAAAGUGUUUGAACAACAGGAGCGCUACAUGGAAUGUGUUUCUAUCAGUGCAUGUGUAAUAUGCUGCUUUAGGUUAAAAUACAGUGAUUUUUCAUUAUGUUAUGAGAUAUUUAAAAGCUAUGCAGAGUAAUACCCAGUCUCAAAUACUCAGAAGGAUCUAUGCAGUGGCCUGAAAGAAAUUGAGAUGAGUACCUCAGUAUUGCUGUUCUGUCUGUUCUUUAUAGAGAGGCUAUCUUCAGUUUUUCAAAUGUUUCUGUUUCUGCAACAUUCAUACUAUGCUAUGUUGGCUUGAACCCUAAUUAAAUAAGAGUAACCUGAUGUUUUUUCAUCAAUGCUGACAGGCUAUUCAUGAAGUAUGUAUUGACACACAUUCUCUAAUAUCCAUGAUUUUGAACAAUAAAUUGCUUUAUCUA